AUGAGCGCGGCCGUUGUUGCGGGGUGGGCUGUGUUCCCGGAAGCGGGUCGAAGGGAGCUCGGCGGUUCUUGCGCGCUUAGCCUUCUGAGGGGGUAAGUGGGAGAGGAGAGGCGGCUGAGGGCGGUUUGCCGCCGGGAGGGGAACCGGGCGGCUGAGGGCGGGCCCCCGGCACAAGGACCCGGCUGUGGGCGAGGAAAGAAGCGGCUCUUCCGCGGCUCUUGCCUCUGUUCAAUUCCCGAUUCCAAUGCUGGGAAGCGGCUGUUGACGUUUGGAUGGGGCGCGGCUUCCCUUCCCCGCGGAGGGAUGGAGGGCUCUUGAUUUAGGGCUGCCUCGGAGUGUUGGCCGCACUCGGAGCAGACCCGUUGGAAUGAAUGGGCGUGACAAACUUGGGUCCAUUCAUUCAUCAUAAUAAUAAUAAUAAAGGUAAAGGGACCUCUGACCAUUAGGUCCAGUCAUGGAUGACUCUGGGGUUGCGGCGCUCAUCUCACUUUAUUGGCCGAGGGAGCCAGCGUACAGCUUCCGGGUCAUCAUCAUCAUAAUAAUAAAUUUUAUUUAUAUCCCGCCCUCCCCAGCUGAAGCCGGGCUCAGAGCGGCUAACAACGGUAAAAUGGUAAAACAUUCUAAAAUCAUUUCAUUCUAAAAUUAAUUCCAAUCAAAUUAAUGACAACCAUUUGGGCUAGAAGUUCUGUGAGGAUUGCCAAAGGAGGGAGUCAGGCUAAUAAUAAUAAUAAUAAAUUUAUUAUAAUAAAAUCAUGUGGCCAGCUUCUGGCGAACCAGAGCAGCACAUGGAAACACCGUUUACCUUUCUGCUAGAGCGGUACCUAUUUAUCUACUUGCACUUUGACGUGCUUUCGAAUUGCUAGGUUGGCAGGAGCAGGGACCGAACAACAGGAGCUCACCCCGUCGAGGGGGGUUAGAACCGCUGACCUCCUGAUCAGCAAGACCUAGGCCCAAGUCCUGUGGUUUAACCCACAGCGCCACCCACGUCCCUUGACAAACUUGGGUACAUUCAUUCAUAAUAAUAAUAAUAAUAAUUUAUUAUUUAUACCCCGCCCUUCUGGCUGGGCUUCCCCAGCCACUCUGGGCGGCUCCCAACAAAAUAGAGUAAUGCAUCAAACAUUAAAAGCUACCCUAAACAGGGCUGCCUUCAAAUGUCUUCUAAAAGUCAGGUAGUUGUUGUUCUCUUUGAUAUCUGGUGGGAGGGCGUUCCAUAGGGCGGGUGCCACUACCGAGAAGGCCCUCUGCCCAGUUCCCUGUAACUUGGCUUCUCGCAGUGAGGGAACCGCCAGAAGGUCCUCGGCGCUGGACCUCAGCGUCUGGGUAGAACGAUGGGGGUGGAGACGCUCAGCAAGUCCAACCCCUCGAAAUGCAGGAUAUAUUCAGCUAAAGCAGUGGCUCCCAACCUUGGCUCGGGGGGCAGGGAGUGACUGCCUCCCCCCCCCCCUUGGCUAAGCUCAUGCUCCAGUUAACUCCUGUCUGUGUACCUUCUGCACACCCUCAGUCCAGUUUCCCUAUCUAAGCUGUGAGGCUCUUUCCUUUUGCUGUAGAUCAGCGGUUCCCAACCUUUUUUUUGCCCACCUAAAGGUAAAGGGAUCCCUGACCCGUCUUGAAUGACUCAGGUUGCUGUGCUCAUCUUGCUUUAUUGGCCGAGCGAGCCGGUGUACAGCUUCCGGGUCAUGUGGCCAGCAUGACCAAGCCGCUUACCUUCCCGCCAGAGCGGUACCUAUUUACUUGCACUUUGAUGUGCUUUUGAACUGCUAGGUUGGCAGGAGCAGGGACCAAGCAACGGGAGCUCACCCCGUCGCGGGGAUUCAAACCGCCGAUCUUCUGAUCGGCAAGCCCUAGGCUCUGUGGUUUAACCCACAGCGCCACCCGCGUCCCUUUGCCCCCCUAAGCAUCUCUAAAAUCCUGGUGCGCCCUCCUCCCACAUGACAUAUAAUUCUUAUUAUUCGGAAAGUGAACUCCGUGGAGGAAGCCUAAAAGGUCAUUAACUGUUAAUAACUCAUUCUCGAAUUGCCCCCCUUAAAAAUCAAAUUGCUCCCCCUGCUGGGAACCAUGGGGCUAAAGCAUCCAAUGACAGAUGGCCAUCCAACCUCUGCUUUAAAACCGCCAAGGAAGGAGAGUCCACCACCUCCCGAGGGAGUCCGUUCCACUGUCAAAAAGCUCUUAGCAUUAGAAAGUUUUCCUGUAUGUUUAGUCAGAAUCUCCAUUCUUGUAACUUGGUUCAAGUCCUGCAGGAGAAAACAAGCUUGCUCCAUUCCAUUGGGACCAAUUCUUGAAUAUCAUCAUUAUUUAUUAGGUGCCCUCUUGCACUCAAGUGCCUCAGAGCGACUUACGGAGCAAAAUGAAAUAAAUGGUUACAACUAAAUUGGAAUUGUAGGAUUGUAGAGCUGGAUGGGACUGCUAGGGUCAUUUAGUCCAACCUCCUACAAUGCAGGAAACUUUAGCCCAACGUGGGGCUCAUACCCACAACCCUGAGAUCAAGUAUUUCAUGCUCUACCAACUGAGCUUAUCUGGUUGUUAGGUCCAUUUAUGCCAAUGAGACCACCUUUCUGAGAAUUAUUAUUUUUGUUUCAUUUUUACAUUCAAGUGCCUCAAUGCAACUUACACAGUAAAGCAAAAUAGCAAGGAUGUUACACUUUGUUGAAUAGUGUACAACAAUCCUUAGUUCUCAAUGAGAUGUUGGACUUCACAGAUUGCAGAUGGGGGCUCAUCUGAGGGAGUCUUGUUCAGCAUCAAACAAAUGUAACAGAUCCCCCUGCCUGUUGAAAAGUAACUUUUUUGGGGAAAGAGUUGUGGACUUUCUCUCUCAUGCGUUCUCCCCCGCCCCCCGCCCCCUUGUGUGUAUUGACUUGCUUCAAUUUGUAUUUUCUCUGUACUGAAAAAAAAAGAGUCGUAAAUUGUUUUAUUGAUUUGAAGCACUUUUGUCCCUGCUGAUUAGCCAAAAAGGUGCUCAGAGCAGCUUAUGAAAACCUGUAGUAAGAUAUUUCUUACCGUUACAAUUGAAAAGACAUGGCAAACAAGAAAUAUGGGUUGGGGAAGGAAGAAGAAAAAAAAUAUAAACUUCAGUUCUGAAAACAACCAUUGGAAACACAGGUGUAUAUUCCCAGGAGUGCUGCUUGAGGUAUGGGAAAACGUCAUGCUGUUUUUCUACUUUGGGGAUAGUAAGUCACAUGACUUGGAAGAUCCAGGGUCAAUCGUUGUGUAGUACGGUUCACACUAAUUUUGGCCCAAUCACUGUCUUUUUGCCCAAACCACCUCUCAGGGUUGUAGUGAGGAUAAAACUGAAGGGCCACACACCACAUAUGUAACUUUGAUUUCCUGGGAGGAAGGGGGGAACUUCAGUUGUAACCAAGUGAUACAAGUUUAGCAAUCCUCGCUAAUGAUAACCCUUUUGACGUCUGCUGGGAGCUUCAUGUGUGCUGCCUUGAAUUCCGUAGGGAAAGAUGUGAUAGUGACGUUACAUAAAUAUUUUUUUAGUCCUUGACUUCAGCUUGAAGCAGUACACCUUAGGCUUUCUUUAUUAGUGUGGGCCAUUAUGUAGAACAGGCACCCCCAAACUCGGCCCUCCUGUGGUUUUGGGGCUACAACUCCCAUCAUCCCUAGCUAACAGGAACAGUGGUCAGGGAUGAUGGGAAUUGUAGUCCCAAAACAGCUGGAGGGCUGAGUUUGGGAUGCCUGAUGUAGAAGAAAUGUCCUUGUAUUUUGUGGUUUAUUUAUUUAUUUUAAAAAUGAAAAAUGCAAGAGGGAGGGAGUUGUCGCUUUAUUUCAGAUCAAGAUCCUCACAGGGCAAAUAGCAGCUGGGGGAGUAAUUUUGAUCAGCAAAACAGCACCACAAUAGUGCUGCCAUUGUGGACAAAUUGUGACCCCUCUAUGGUUCCUUUCAAUUUAUUCUUUAAAAAUGUAACCAUGGAUCUCCAUCAUAACAUACAGUUGGCCCUAAGGAAAGUCUAUGCUUAAAUUUGCACAACUGAGUGGAUUCCAACGUGGAUUUCAACAUGGGCUUGUGCAAGUACCUUUGAACAAUAAUAGCUCCACACAUUUUCUUUUAAGUCUGUCAGGAGUGUAAUCAACUUUUGAAUUUAGCAGCACCUUUAGCAGCUAUUUGGUCAGUAGCAAUCAGGUAAUAGUGUUUGUCUUCAAGUCUUUGAAACUGUCCACCUGCUGAUUCUGCGUACCAAAUAAGAGCAGAAGAGGAGAUUAGGAUUUCCACUCCACCCCCACCACAACUGCAGCUGCAAACCUUUCUUUAAUUCUUUACUGGGCCUGCAUCUUUAGGCAGAAGCCUGGCAUGAGAAAAUUAAGUUGGCAAAGAAGUUGUUCCUUGCUUUGAGGUAAAGUAAUGGGAAAAGCUUAAUCACAAUCCAUAUACAGUGGUACCUCGGGUUACAUACGCUUCAGUUACAUACGCUUCAGUUUACAGACCCCGGUAACCCAGAAAUAGUACCUCAGGUUAAGAACUUUGCUUCAGGAUGAGAACAGAAAUUGUAUUCCAGUGGCGCGGCGGCAGCAGGAGGCCCCAUUAGCUAAAGUGGUUAAGAACAGUUUCAGGUUAAGUACGGCCCUCCGGAACGAAUUAAGUACUUAACCCAAGGUAUCACUGUACUCUCCUAGACAAUCCUGUCUACUCACCUUUGAGUGUAAUGGGGCUUACCGUAUACCUUGGUAUAAGAUUAACCUCUACUAUUUCCAUGUUGAGCUGCACGUUAAAUGCACAGGAGGAGGGUUGGUGUAGAAAAGCAAGAAAGGAACGGCAAUCUUUUUUAUUCUUUUACAUUCGGCGAGAUGACUUUUCAGGGUUGCAUUGUAGCAUUGUGUGUUUAUUUUUCUGCAACUGUGAGGUUCAGAAACUUAAGUUCUGAAAAUGAAAUUGUGUUACACACCAAAACCCCAAACAAUCCCCAGCGCUUUACAGUUCUGUAAUGAAUGAGCUUUUCAUGAUGUGUGGGAACUCUGUGGAUGGAAGCUCUGUACUCAGGACUACCUGUCAGCAAAGGACUGAUUUGUUUGCAUGUUAUACCUUUUUAUUUUGCCUUUUAAAAAAUUCAUUUUCCCCAGGACAAUUUUUUUUAAAGGAGAAAUCUCUAUAUUAUGAUUUGCCCUUGCCCUUUCCACCAAACAUAGGGUGGAUAGAUGAAUGCCCCUUUGUUACCCAUUGUGUUGCUAAUACACACCCCUCAAAAUAUUUCUGCACGUCUGUGGUCCAAAAUAAUUUUUUUCUUACUCUUAGAACACUUUGCAGCAGUGACACUGAAAUGCUGCUCUUUCAGACAUCAUCUCCUUAAUUGGGAGUGCCUAAUCAGCUGAUAUGGGACACAGGUGGCGCUGUGGGUUAGACCACAGAGCCUAGGACUUGCCGAUCAGAAGGUCGGCAGUUUGAAUCCCCGCACCAGGGUGAGCUCCCAUUGCUUGGUCCCUGCUCCUGCCAACCUAGCAGUUCAAAAGCACGUCAACGUCCAAGUAGAUAAAUAGGUACCACUCCGGUGGGAAGGGAAAUGGUGUUUCUGUGCCACAUGAACCGGAAGCUGUGGACAAACUCCGGCUCUCUCAGCCAAUAAAGCGAGAUGAGUGCCACAACCCCAGAGUCGUCUGCAACAGAACUUAAUGGUCAGGGGUCCCUUUACCUUUAAUCAGCUGAUAACACCUCCAAGGACUGUUAUCUCUGGCUGCUGCAAAACCAGCUGAGUCUUCUCUUACUUUAUUUUGGUAUUUGCUAAGGUGUUAAAUGAGGCAUCAAACUACACUCUAUUCAUUUGUGAAUGUGCAUGCUCCUGUAUGUGCAAACACAUAUAGAAAACUAUUACAGGAUCACUCAGCGUACUUUUCAAUGGUUUGUGUAAACACAGGUAUACUAAAGUCCAUUGAUACUGUUGCCACUGUCCUAUAUGACAGGAGGCUUUCAUAUUGCAGAGUAUCAUUGCUUUAGAAAAUGGGAUAGGAACAUAGGAAAUUACCUUGUACCUGAUCAGGCCAUUGGGCCAUCUAGCUCCGUACCACCUCCAAUUGGCAGUGGCUUUCCAGGAUCUCAGUCACUUUAGGUCUGAUCCUUUUAAUUGUAGGUUUCAGGAAAUGAAUCUGUGGCAGUCUACCUGUGAGGUAUGUGUUCUACCACUGUGCUGCUUUGGUCCCUAUUAAAUGUUUGGCCCUUCUUUCAGAAGGCCAGAGUAUCAGGUUUAUUUGUAGAAAAAAUUAUUAAUUGUGACAUAAACCUACAGUAUUAUAAUAUUACAGUCAUUAAAAUAACAUGCUAAAAGUAUCUUGGUUUUGAAAAGUACAUAUGAGAGUUUGGUAUUCAAGUGUAUUAGAACCCAGGUUUCUAGUGUGGCAUCUCCCUCAAAAGUCUGUGCAAGAAAACAGUGCUCAGUUUAUUGCUCUGACACACUAUUACAUAUUUUUAAAAUGCCUUAGGCCAGAGGUGGAGAACUGUAGCCCUCCUGAUGUUGGUAGAUUCAACUCCCAUCAACCCCAGCCAGCAUGGCCAAUGAUCAGGGAUGAUAGUAGCUGUAAUUUGGAGGGUCACAGGUUCCACACAUCUUCCUUGAGCAAAUCUGUGCUGCCCGCAUUCUCCCCUAUUUCAGAAUAUUGUAGUGGAAUAGCUUAUGAUACCAUGUCUGUUCCAAAGCCAGUGAUUGAUAGAGUGCUGUCUUUCCUGCUGCUCUUGCCAAAAUCAGCAGCCCUUUAGGAAAUAAUUAAUUGAAGGUGCUGUGUUUUAGUACUGCAAACAAAACCAAUGGAGAUUCUGCACUCUUAAGAACAGGCUUGUGUUUUUCCUUGGGGACUUCUGUUCAGGUAUUCUAAAAUGUUUUCUUUUUGCUAAAUCUGUGUAGAACUAUGUAUAAUGUUGUUAGCACCUGGCCAUUUCACCCUGCAGAAGGCAAUUGAAAGCUGUUAAGUACAAUACUCAACAGUACUCCCAAGGAAAGUAUUACCGUGAAUGCAAAAUGGUCAGUGUUGACUAUAUUCAGAAAUAAGCUUUUAAACGUUAAUUUACUAAAUGCAAAACGGCUUUAUUUCAUUGUAAGCAAAUAAUGGUAAUAGAAAAUCCUUGAACAAUUCUCACUUCUGGUAAUGGAGUAAUCUGGUUUUGUGAGUGGUAGAAUCAGAUGAAUUUUACAGAGGUACCAGCUUAAUAGAUAUAACAGCCAGUUAGCAUCCUUGAGCGGGAUGCCCCUAGCAAUGGUUAGACUACUCCUACCUUGAUUGGAUUUGUAACAUGCUCUGUUAUGGAUACAGCCUCUGAGAAGUCUCUGGAAACUGUAGUUGGUCCAGAAUGUGGCAGCUAGGUUCAUGGUGGAAGCAUACUUGCAGCCAUGGGAGUCCACAGUAGGGGCAAGCCCUCCCCCAACCAUAAUUCCCAGCUUUCAUUAAAAGAACAUUGCAUUUCUACCAUUUGUAAAACCUGGGAUAUGAGACCAAAUGUACAGAUACUACUCCUUUUUUGUAAGAAAGUGACCUGUUACCUCAUCUCAGCACCUCCCCCAAAACAUUCCUGUGGAUUCCAAUGCUUGCAGGAGUGUUCGUAACCAUUUAGUUUCCAGGCACAGUUCCAGAUGUUUGUGGUCACGUUUAAAGCCCUAAAUUGCUUAAGUCCAGCCUAUCUAAAGGACCACUAGCUCUUGUAUCAUAGUGCCAGUCCCCUAAGAUCUGAUGAAGAUGCUCUACUAACAGUUAUUCAGGCAAAAGUGGGUUGGGAUAUGUGAGAGAGUCUUCAUUCGAAAACCUUGCAGCUUCUUCCUUGGCAUAUCUGCCUGUACCCCCUCCUCCCUUUUCACAAGUUAAGAAAUUUCUCUUCUAAACCUUGUUAGGUUUUUAGCAGCAGACCCCACUGUUUUACAGGGCAAUCAUAGCAUCAUAUAAUUGUAGAGUUGGAUGGGACCCAACUCCUGCAGUCCAGGAAUAUGCAGCUGUCUCAUAUGGGGAUUAUGCUCUAACCAACUGAUCUAUCCAGUUCUUCCUGUGCAUGUCUAAUUCUUGUGCUUGUCUACUCAGAAUAAGUUAAAUCUCAUUUACCCCAUGGUUGCUUGCUUCCACAUAAGUGCAUACAGUGGUGCAUCGGUUUACGAACUUGAUCCGUUCCAGAAGUCCGUUCUUAAACCGAAACUGUUCUUAAACCGAGGCAUGCUUUCCCUAAUGAGGCCUCCCACUGCCGGUGCCCUUCCACCAUUCGGAUUCCGUUCUUAGACCGAGGUAAAGUUUGCAAACCGGGACAGUACUUCCGGUUUUGCAGAGUUCGUAAACCAAAUCAUUUGUAAACAGGGCAGUUCUUAAACCGAGGUACCACUGUAUAGGGUUACAGUCUUAGUUUGCAAUAUUAGUUGUAGUUCCUCUCUUACUGUUUUUCAAAUAAAAUAUUGUCAAUGGGUAGUCUGUGCUAGUCCUACUCAGAAUUGACCCAUUAAAGCUAAUAGGUUUCCUUAUGAGUGGCACUUAGCUGAGUACAAGCCAUUGUGAGCAGUUUUUAAACACUGGAAGGCAGUACAAUGGUACCUCAGGUUAAAGACGCUUCAGGUUACAGACUCCGCUAACCCAGAAAUAGUACCUCGGGUUAAGAACUUUGCUUCAGGAUGAAAACAGAAAUCGCACGGUGGCGGAACGGCAGCAUCGGGAGGCCCCAUUAGCUAAAGUGGUGCUUCAGGUUAAGAACAGUUUCAGGUUAAGAACGGAUCUCCAGAACGGAUUAGGUUCUUAACCCGAGGUACCACUGUAUUCUACACUAUCUCAAACAAACCCUCUCCAAAAAUAAUAAUGGACAAUAUAAAACUAAACAGUUCCACUAGCAUGAGCAGUCCUAGCCGGCUGCACAACAGAACUUCCCCUCACUCUAUCUCCCAGAGUUCCCUUAUCAUUCCCUGGUCAUGAUGGUCAUUCAGAGAGGUCCUCCUGGUAUGAUUGCACAUUCAUGAGCUCCACCUGACAGCUACUCAGAAGAGAGCAUUUUCCAUAAUGGUGCCUACACUCUGGAACACGCUCCCUGUGGACAUUCAACAUGAGUUUAUCUUUGGUUUCUGACACACGUUAAAAACAUUUCAAAUUGAGGAAUUUGGAGAGGUGGCAGGUUUUAAGGUAAACAAGAAUAAAACUAAAAUGCUGGUUAAAAAUCUAACUAAGGAAGAAACGAAAGAUCUAGAACAAAAAGUGGAAAUCAUGGUGGUGAAAAAAGUGAAAUAUUUGGGAGUGUGGAUUACGGCAAAAACAUAAACCUAUAUAAAGAUAAUUAUGAAGUUACAUGGAAAAAAUAAAGAAAGAUCUGGAAAUAUGGGGAGGAUGAAAUUUUCCUUUUUAGGGAAGAUAGCAGUGGUUAAAAUGAACGUUUUGCCGAGGAUGUUGUUUUUAUUUCAAACUCUUCCAGUUAUUAAAGGUCUAAAACAAUGUAAAGAAUGGCAGAGAACCCUGAUGAAAUUCAUCUGGCAGGGGAAAAGACCAAGGAUUAAAAUGAAAAUACUAAUUGAUAAAAGGAAAGAGGAGGUUUGCCCUCCCAGAUUUGAGCCUAUAUUAUGAAGCAGCGUGCCUACUUUGGUUAAAAGAUUGGAUAUAAAAACAUUUCUUUUUAAAUAAGGCUUUGGGAAAUAGCAAUAUGGCCUGGUAUCUCAUUUUUGCUGCUCCGCACAUAUUUGAUUAUUACUUGUUUUGCUCUAUUGAUUGUAUUUUGACCUUCAUUUUUUGUUAAGUGUGUUGCAUACCACUUUUUGUUAGCCAUUUAUAAAUAAGUAUCUACAUAUUUUUUAUAUAUUAGGCUACAUGAACAUGGGUGCCAUAGCUAAUAGCCACCAUCCAAUAUGUAUAAUUAGUUGUAUGUGCCAAUGCCUUUUCGUGACAGCUAUAAAUCCUCAGGGCAUUAGCUCUCUCUGACCUUGAUUCUUCAAAGCUCUUUUGAAGUCAGUUUCCAUCUGCCGGUUGUAAGUAACCUUUGACUACAGUGAGAGUUAAAGAAUAAAUGUCUUCAGUCAGCCUUGGGUGCUGCGUGCGACAGCUUUAGAGGUAGCGGUUUUCUGCUGAUGUAUUUGUGAUGAUCAUUGUCUGACAAUACAACUGUACAUGCUGUCAGAGCUGGCCUUAAGAGAUACUUUGCUUCUGAAGCAAAAUAAUGACCCAUCGAGCCUUUUUGUGACAUACGGAAAUGGAGACCGGAGGCAUGGAAAUCUGGAAUCUAUCAUCUAACUAUUUUCACACUACUUUAUGGUGAGGUCUGCUCUGCAUGCUGGCUGGUUGUGAAAACUGACUAGAUAUACCAGCAGCAUCCAGCCUUCUGGUAUUCUUGGUAAAGUGUAUUCAGAUAGCUGCUGGUGUCAUCCAGUGGAGAGUCUUUACUGUGAGGCUAGUGUUUAACUCUUGCUGCAGCCUCUUUGUAUAUUCUUGGCCAUGUGGAGUUUGUGACCCUUAAAUGACAAUAAUAUUUUAAUUUAUUUAAAGUAUAUGUGACACGCCUUUCAUUGCAAGCCAUCCCAGGGUGGGUGGGUGGGGGAUGCAAUCAGCAAUUAAAAAACCUCCACAACCACAAUAAUAUAUAGAACUAUACAAUAAAAUGAGGACAGAUAAAGCAAAUCAGCCUCUUGGCAGUCUGUAGCCCGUGGUUCCCAAUUAACUAAGUACUGCAGACCCCCUUUUUUUAAAAGCCAAGCCAUGGACCCUCUACUUUUGAAAAUUUUGAUACCUCUAUGGUAGUUUUUUGUUACAUGAAUGGUGCCAUGGACCUCCAGGGGUCCGCGGAGCACCAAUUGGGAACCACUGGUCUACAGAACACAGCCAACUACAUUUUAGCACCCAGUCCAGGGAGUAACACAUUGUCAACACCUGAAUGAACAACCAUGAUUUUAGCUGGCACUGGAAAGCAAAAAGUCAGCUCCCGGUAGAUCAGAGAGAGGAAGGCAUUCCAUAAAUGGGGUGCCAGCUCAGAGAAAUCACUCUCCCAUGUCUCAGCAUAACAAAUCUCACCAGGCCACGAAGCACAAAGAAGGGUACCCACUGAUGGUUUUCAGACAGGUAAGCUGAUAAAGUAUGGGAUGUGGGUGGUGCUGUGGAUUAAACCACAGAGCCUAGGACUUGCCGAUCAGAAGGUCGGUGGUUCGAAUCCCCGCCAUGGGGUGAGCUCCUGUUGCUCAGUCCCUGCUCCUGCCAACCUAGCAGUUCAAAAGUACGUCAAAGUGCAAGUAGAUAAAUAGGUACCGCUCCGGUGGGAAGGCAAACGGCGUUUCCGUGUGCUGCUCUGGUUUGCCAGAAGCGGCUUAGUCAUGCUGGCCACAUGACCUGGAAGCUGUACGCUGGCUCCCUCGGCCAAUAAAGUGAGAUGAGCGCUGCAACCCCAGAGUCGGCCACGACUGGACCUAAUGGUCAGGGGUCCCUUUACCUUUAAGCUGAUAAAGGGACAGACUAUCCUUCAAGUAACUGAGUACCAAGCUGUAUUGGACUUCAUGUGCCAUCACAAUCACCUUAAAGCCAAUGUGCUGUAGUGGUUAAAAGUGUCAGAGUAGGGACCUGGGAGACCAGGGUUCCCCACUUGGUCCUUGGGUCAAUCACUGUCUUUCAGGCUACUCUACCACACAGGAUACGGGUGUCGCUGUGGUCUAAACCACUGAGCCUCUUGGGCUUGCUGAUCAGAACCGGCGGUUCGAAUCCCUGAGACAGGGUGAGCUCCCGUUGCUCUUUCCUAGCUCCUGCCAAUCUAGCAGUUUGAAAGCAGCGCUGUGGUGGGAAGGUAUGCGGCAUUUCUGUGUGCACUGGUUUCCGUCAUGGUGUUCCAUUGCUCUAGAAGCGGUUUAGUCAUGCUGUCCACAUAACCCAGAAAACUGUCUGCACACAAACGGUGGCUCCCUCAGCCUGAAAGCAAGAUGAGCGCUGCAACCCCAUAGUCUCCUUUGACUGGACUUAACCGUCCAGAGGUCCUUUAUCUUUUACCACACAGGGUUGUUGUGGGGAAAGAGGUGAGGUAUAAAUGUAAUAAAUAAAAUUGGUAGGAAUGACACAUGUCACAGUAAUUAAGUAAAUGAAUAAAGCAGCUUCUGUAUUACAUGAAAAUAGUUUAAAAAUGAUAUCAAUGCUAUUGCGACCCUAUUGCAAUAUCAAAUACGAUUAAAGGAACAUAAUUUUAAAAAAUGAUAUUGCAGUGGUAUCAAGAGCUAAUUAUAAUAUAAAAAUGAUUGGAAACUUCUGAAAUGUAGACAAGAGGGAAGGGACUUUGUUCACUGGUUGUGAUCUUAUGGCAGUGCUAGAGGAUUCUGAAGGCAAAUAUGUGCUUUUGGAAAGUUAAGUUUCUACCUUUAAAAGUAUUCAAUAUUUUAAAUAUUAAAAUGGACUGUACCGGAAGUAAAAGAAUGAAUUAUGUUUUACAUCAUUGUAACACCAAGAUUUAACAAUACCUGAGGAAUUUUCAAAUGACUACAUGAAGAAAAUGGCACAUUAAACUACAUGAUACAUCUGUUAUAAGUAAACUCACCUGGGCAUUGAGUGAAACAGGGUGGAUAUUGAAAAUCACUUUAAAAGUGAAUGUAUAUGCUUUAUAUGGUAUUAGGAUUCUAGUAAAAAUAAGUGAAUCCUCUUACAUUGUUGUAAAUGUUAUAUUACUUAUUUUGUUGACGUAGUUUAAAUAUAGUCGUUCCCAGUGUAAUGCAUUGUACCACAACAGCCUUCAUAAAUAGCACAACCCAUCAGAAGUAUCUUUAAUCUCAGUUGAAAUAUAGGGGAGUUGUCAAAGAACAGCACUAGGCUAAGGCAUAAUCCCUGUUUAUUUCAGUGAAUUGGACUCGGAACUGUGACAAGGUGUUUCUCAGAUAGUAUUCAAAAUUAGAUUAUUCCAGUUCCUCUGGCUCCUAUAUUUAUUCAAUCCAUGUUUUGUAUACUUAGACGAUAGGAAUUUUGCGGUAAGCUUAAGCCAAGUGGAAGCGCACGUGUUGUGUGCCCAUAAAAACAAGCAAGUGUUGUGAAUCAAAUGCACGUUAAAAUUUAAGUACGUGCCAAAGUUUAAUUUGUUUCCCAAGCUGUAGAACUAUACAAGCAGCAGUACUUUACAGGUGUGACUGGAUUUGGAGUUGUAAAUGAAUUGCUACACAUCUUUAGGGCUUAAUAAAUGGCUUUCUUAUUUAGUACAAAAGCAAGAGGGGGAAACAAGAAAUUAAUGCUGUUGGGUAACAGCUGAGAGAAUUGAUCAAUGUUUUACCUGGUAACUGUGAAAAGCGUUAAAUACUCAUGACUGCUGCUAUGAUUCCCCACCCCCUCCACUAUUCUCAAGCAUAACUCUUCUUCUGGCCAUCUGUUUCUGGCAUUGCAUAAUAAAGCUGCUCUUAAGCAUCUCCCCCAACCAUUGUGCAAUAUUUAUACCACACAGAAAGCAUAUGUGGUCAUUCCUCAACCAGGAGUAUUGUGCAAAAAACAACAACACUGAGUUUUGUUGUUGAAAUAUCCAUUUUUUGUGUUUUCAGAAUCACUUUAAAAGCUGACCAUUUUAAUGAAUCAGUGAGAAAUGAAAUGUUAUGCCAUAUACUAAAAUGUAAGCAGGACUAGUUGUCAAUAGUACAGUGGUACCUCAGGUUACAAACACCUCAGGUUACAAACACUUUGGGUUACAAAUUCUGCUAACCUGGAAGUAGUACCCCAGGUUAAGAACUUUGCCCCAGGAUGAGAACGGAAAUCACGCGCCGGUGGUGCGGCAGCAGCAGAAGGCCCCAUUAGUGAAAGCUUGUCUCAGGUUAAGAACGGUUUCAAGUUAAGAACGGACCUUAAGUUCGUAACCCGAGGUACCACUGUAAUUAAUUUGUAGUUGAAUUCUGGUAGCAUUAGAAUACUUAAAACCUGUAGACUUCAACCUGAUUAAACAUAGGGCCCAUCUUCAAUUCUAGCGUGUCACUUUGAGAUCCACUAUUUUCAAAGACAAAAGGUCUUAAUUCCUAGUCUCCUUAGCAAUACAGGAAACCCCCUUAUAGCAGACUACUUGCCCUUCUGCCUCUGUAUUUUCUACGGCCUCACCAGGGUCUCAGGUAGGGGGUCUUUCCAAUCAGCAGCUACUUGACCCCUGUUUCCAAGAAAGGACCACAGCUCAGCGGUAGAGUCCUUGCUUUGGGUUCUUGCAACUGGAAAUACCGGGGAUUGAUCCUGGCAUCGAAUGUAUGGGAAGCAUGUGCUCACUGCUGAGUUGUGAUCCCUUCUACAAAUACUUCUAUCUUAUCGCAAGUUUGAGGACUGCUGUCUUGAGAAUACAGUGGUACCUCGGGUUACAUACGCUUCAGGUUACAGACUCCGCUAACCCAGAAAGAGUACCACAGGUUAAGAACUUUGCUUCAGGAUGAGAACAGAAAUCGUGCUCUGGCGGCACGGCAGCAGCAGGAGGCCCCAUUAGCUAAAGUGGUGCUUCAGGUUAAGAACAGUUUCAGGUUAAGAACGGACCUCCAGAACGAAUUAAGUACUUAACCCGAGGUACCACUGUAUGCUGGAGUAGAUCAAAGACUCAUUCCCAAGUGUUUCCUGCAGCGUAAUAAGAAGCAUAAGAGCUCAGGAAGCUGCCUUAUACCAAGUUAGACCAAUUCUGCUUCAAGCAUGGCCUUCCCCAACCUGGUGCCCGCCUGAUGUUUGAACUACCCAUCCUAUCAUCCCUGAUUAUUAGUCGUGCUGACCAGGGUUGAUGGGAGCAGUAGACCUAGACAUCUGGAAGAUACCAGGCCGGGAAGGUGGACCUAAGCUCAGUAUUGUCUGCUCUGACUGCCAGUAGCUCUCCAGGGUCUUGAGCAGAGGUCAUUUCCAUCAUAUGCUAUGCUUUUAGCUCAGGGUUUCCCAAACCUGUGUCUCCAGCUGUUUUUAGACUACAGUCCCCAUCAUCCCUGACCACUGGUCCUGCUAGCUAGGGAUGAUGGGAGUUGUAGGCCAAAAACAGCUGGAGUCCCAAGUUUGAGGAAACCCUGCUUUUAGCUGGACAUGCCAAGUGAACCUGGGAUUUCUGCGCGCAGAGCAUGCCUUCUACCAAUAAGCUGUGGGCUCUCCCCUUUUCACUUUCUCUUCUAAAAAAUUAAUAAUUAACCAAUAGGGCAGGGGUCUGCAACCCGCGGCUCCAGAGCCGCAUGUGGCUCUUUUACACCUUUGCAGCGGCUCCGGGGCGGAUACUAGCGAGGGGAGGAGGCGCAUUGUGCGCCCCGACACUCCCCACUGUGGCGGGCGCUGUACUGGCUGUGACAUCGCAUGGGGGCGGUGCGUGCGUUAGUCACGCACUGUCCUGACGUCACCUUCCCGCCCGCCCGCCCGCUACAUUGUAAGGUGCAUGUACGCUGGUCACUGCAUUGAAAGGGGGCAUGUACGCUGGUCACUGUUUUGAAGGGGAGUGAAGAACACACACACACAAAAAGGUAACUUGUUAAUUUAACGUUUAUUUCUAUGAGGAGGAGUAAUUCUGAGGGGUCAAACAAAGAAAUAAUUUUAAAAAGUGACAAAAAAGUUAUUUUUAUAAUGACGAGUUUUGCGGUUCCCAGUUUUUUUUUCUUCGGAAACGGGUCCAAGUGGCUCUUUUUGUCUUAAAGGUUGCAGACCCCUGCAAUAGGGUAUUGUACGAUUUGGUUGAGGGUUGUACACCAACAUUAUGAAGGUCCAUACCUCGGUCACGGCGCACUAGGUGGACUGUUGCCAUGUGUUGGAGUGAGGAUGUAGCAAGGCAGAGGGCAGCAAGGGAAGCACCAGGAUGAUGGUGGUGGCAUUGAGUUCACAAGCACUUCCAUAUUGUGUACAAGUGCCGUAUCCUGACCACGCCUAAUAGCUGUAUACAUACCGUGUUUUGCAGUUAGAUAUUGCUUUGCUUAAUGCAAGGGUGAGGUUGUAUUCCACUUCCAUAGAUUGUUAGGCUCCCAGCUCCCAUCAGCCCUAACCAGCACGAUUGGUUGUCAUGGAUGAUGGGAGUUGUAGUUCAGCAACAGCUGGAGACCCUUAGAUUCCCCAGCGCUGGAUUUGCUGUAUCUUAAUUUCUUGCCUAUAAUGUUUGCACAGAACCAAUUGGUAUGGUGAGAAUUUGUGGUAUUCUUUGGAUCAUCUGUAGCGUUUGUCACGGACGCUAAGGCUGUCAGAAGGAGCAGAGGCUUUGUCCAGGCACCCUUCCAUCAUGUGUGGACAUAGCCAAGAACCACCCCCCCAGCAGUGUUUUAUAUUGUUCCUUAUAUUUCAUUUUAAUUGCUGUGAACGACACUAGAAGCCAAUUUUUGGGACUGGCAAAGGGGAUGAAAAGUGUUGCCAAGACCCUCAGCCCCUGUCCCUAUUACAUCUCCCUCAAUGUAUGUCUCUCUGCCGUCUUUGGCACACGUUCUUUUUUCAUGCCCAUAUAUUCAUCGCUUUCUCUCCCAACCCACCCACCUUUACAGACAGGGAAAUGGCUCAGUCUUGGCUCUUGAUCCCUCAGUCCCACAGAUUUCACUGUUGCCAUAGCCUUUUCUUCCCAAGCUCCCUUUAUCAUAGCUUGUGAAAGGCAUUCCUGUGUGUUCCAGUGUGUGCGCUCCAUGCCACAGUUGUGUACAUAAGGUUCAGAAAUAACUAUUUAAAGCAGAGUUUCCCAAACCUCUAAGUUCAUUGACCCCUUGAUGUGCUUACAAAGUUGUCCUGGACCCCAACCCAAAUUCUUAGGAAUGUACAUCAAAUAAAGUCAAGAAAUAUCAGUAUCUAGUCAUUUAUUAGUCAUUAGUUACCAUUACUAGGAAACAUAAAAUGUAAAAAGAAAAAGUCCUUAUUGAAUUCAUUGGUACCUCAGGUUACAUACGCUUCAGGUUACAGACUCCUCUAACCCAGAAAUAGUGCUUCAGGUUAAAAACUUUGCUUCAGGGUGAGAACAGAAAUUGUGCUCCGGCGGCGCAGCAGCAGGAGGCCCCAUUAGCUAAAGUGGUGCUUCAGGUUAAGAACAGUUUCAGGUUAAGAACAGACCUCCAGAACGAAUUAAGUACUUAACCUGAGAUACCACUGUACAGACAUUCUGCAUUGACAAGGGAAGUACACUCAAGUUAAAAACAAGCACAAAAUAGAUGAUUAAAAUUAGAAAAACAAUAAAACACAAGACAAAUGCAUUGAAUAAACAUAACUUUAGAAAUGAUGAGGACCAAGGCAGGUAAUUUACUGCGGAUAGUUUCUCCCAUAGCAUGCUGGAAAUUGCUCAAAAGCAUGGUCUUGCAUAGCAUAUUUGGCCCUACUGAAGUUGUUGGACUCUCAGCUUCCAACAACCCUAGAUGAUAUGGUCAGGGGUGAUGGGUUUUGUAGUGCAGCAGCAUCUGAAGGGUCGCACAUUUCCCAUGCCUGGUGUAAAACUACAGAACUAUGUGCAAGAAUGCAUACAUAUGUAUGUUAUUGCAUAAUAAUAAAAAGCCACCACAAUCUAUAAGUAUGGCACUAUUUAAAUAGGAACAUGUUUUAACAAUUCACAACAGUACCCACCCUACAGGCUAAAAAAAGAGGUGGGAUCACAAAUAAUCAAGAAAUAGAUAUACUGAGGUGUACUGCUGGCAGAGCAAGCCAACUAAGAAGUAAGUCCUACUGCAUUCAGUAUAGCUUACUCCCAGGUAAGUGGGGGUUAGGAUUGCAGCCUUGUGCUUUUCAUAUGAAGUGCAUUAUCAAAAUCAAAACAUCUCAGUGUCUCUUAAAUCUGAGAUCAGAAUUCCUUACUUUCCAGAACAAAUUUUGCAGCCCUCAAUAUGAUUGAAAAUAAUUUCUUUCAAGGAGAAAGCGUAUUUCUCUAUUGGGAUGUACAUAAGGAACUGCAACAAACCAGUUCAUGGAAAGGUAUACACAAAUUUGAUCUUUGUAAUUGUGCAGUAGAAACUACCAGGAAUGGGGAAAGCAGAUUUCAGGUAAAAGCCAAAAGGUACCUGAAAAUCCAAGCUGUGCUUGUUAAAGUAGGAACUCAUUCAGUUGACCAUACAGUGGUACCUCGGGUUACAUACGCUUCAGGUUACAUACGCUUCAGGUUACAGACUCCACUAAGCCAGAAAUAGUACCUAGGGUUAAGAAUUUUGCUUCAGGAUGAGAACAGAAAUCAUGCUCUGGCAGCGCAGGGGCACAGGAGGCCCCAUUAGCUAAAGUGGUGCUUCAGGUUAAGAACAGUUUCAGGUUAAGAACGGACCUCCGGAACGAAUUACGUACUUAACCCGAGGUACCACUGUAUUCAUCAUAUAACAAUAAAUGAUUCUUCAAUAUUGAUUUUGCACAACUGAGCUAUCUGGGAUGGUUCUUUUAAUCACAUGAACUCUCCUUGGUCCAUGUCCCUCUGGUAUACUCAAAAGAGUUGAAGUAGUUUUCUUCGUUUCAAGUAUUCAUUUUAGUAAGUAUGGGGAGCAAAAUAUUUAAAAAAUAUUUCAUUGCCUUCCUUUGAUUGUGUUAGUAAAGACGCAGUUGUGUGCAUCCCUCCCCAUCCCCUUUAUUUUCUCGUUGCAUCUUAAAAAUCAAAUGCAAACUUGUUCUUUGCUUUUACAUAAGCUCACCAAUGCACUUCUUUAUUCAAAGGCCGCUAAGUGAGUAUUUGUUGUUGUUGAACAACAAACUGGCAAAUCAAGGCUCUGAAAUAGAUUUCAAUUAUUAUAACAAUGUUAAGCUGUCAUGUUUUUAACAGAUCCAUAUAAAGUUAAUCACAUAGAAUAAAUAAAAUAUGGAACAAAGGGUGAUAACGAGAAGCAGCGAUGUGAGACAGGCAAAAUAUUGGAAAUGUCAGCUUUAAUGUGCCCAUCACUUUAUGAUUUAUAUCUCAUUCUACUCUGGUCUCUCUGUAGCUACUGCUGUAGAGGGAGCUUCAUUAAUAAUGACUUUAGAGGUUUGUAGUAAUAUUCAGCAAAUUGCAGCGGCUUGCAGAGGUGAGUGAAAAGACGCCGUUCCAUAUCAAAUUAUAAGGGGGUAAAAGGCAGUAAUGAUCAGGAUCUAGACACUCCGGUAAACUAAUAGAGCAGUGGUGGGGAAUCCAGGGCCCUCCAGGGGUUUGUGAACUAAAUCUCCAAUGAUCCCUGACCGUUGGCUAUGCUUGCCUGACGUGAUGGGAGUCCAGUGACACCUGCAGGACUGCAGGCCCCUGACCCUGGUAACAGGUUGUCAGUCUGCGUCGAUAUUGCUUGUUUCUCUGCUGCAGUUCGAGAUGCACAGAAAGGCUUUAGCUAAUUGCUUGAAGGCUAGUUUGUUGACGGCCUGUCUAGGCCUGUGCAUUUUGGAUAUAUGCUGUGACAGUAGGACCAUGUGUUUGCAUCCUUCUCACUCGUGUGCUGAAUAUGGCACACACAUAACUAGGGAGGGGGGAGAAAUUAUAUUCAGCUCACAUUUAAUGGUGAAAAUACCUAUUUCACACUUUCCAAAGCAAUACGCAUUGGCAUCUUUAGAAAUUUGCACUUCUCCAAAUUUUGCAAUGAAGUCAUCCAGCCAGGAAAUGUGUGUAAAAAUGCAUAUAUUAAGGUAAAGUAUGCAUGAAGAGGCAUGUAUUAGUGAAAGUCAUCUACAGAAAUGCAUUAUAUUCGGGGAAAUUGCUGUGAAAAAAAAUGUAUAUUAGGCAAAAUUGCUGUGUAUAUCAAGGUAAAUUCGGAUUAAAAUGCUGGUGAAUUUUUGUGAGGACUGGGGGUGGGGGGGAAAUGCUUCACAAGCUAAUGUGGAAACUGAAUUUAAGAGAGGAACAACUAGAAACUGAGAGAACCCAGAUUUGACAGAUACGCCCAUCCCUAUACAUGGCACAUGUAAACUAUAAAAAAAAGAGUUUUAAAAUUCACUUUUAAAUAUGCAGCCAUACCUCAGAAGUCGAACACCUUGUGAGUCAAACAUUUUGGCUCCCAAAUGCUGCAAACCCGGAAGUGAGUAUUCCGGUUUGUGAACGUUCUUUGGAUUUGGAACGUCGUACGUGGGUUCCAUGGCUUCCGAUUGGCUCCAGGAGCUUCCUGCAGCCAGUUGGAAGCUGCGCCUUGGUUUCCGAAUAUUUUGGAAGUCGAACGGACUUCCAGAAUGGAUUCCGUUCAACUUCCGAGGUACGACUAUAUAGACUGCCAGCUUUCACUCUUGCCUGCCUGUUUUUACUCAGAAUGCUGCUCUGUUUCUUGGUGUGUGUAUUUUUGACCUGCCUGCAAUGAUGACGAAGCCUUCAAAUAACCUAAUUGGUUAAGCAUUAAGUCUUUGGCUGCUGCUGCUCUCUCUGUUCAAAGCACAUUAAAGACCUGUGCUGAGACUAUUAACUAACGAAAGAUACUCACCACAGAUUCUUGGUGUUGAGAACAGACUACAGUUUUCUUCCUUUGUGCGAGUUGUGAUGGUCGCUUUAUGAAAAAUGUAUGUUUGCAUAAAGCAGCAUGAAUUCUUAAAGAAGACAAGCAGUGGAAUGUGUAAUGACUUGGGCUUGAUAAGUUGCAAUUUGUCCUGUGAAGAAUUCAAUCCAUUAUUUUAGUGCUGUAAGGCAAGUGCUUCCUAUUACGAUCAUUCCGCCUGGUACCCUUACGCACCGCAGUGGAAUAUAAGUGCCAGCCAUUGUGAAGCUUCUGGCCUGGCUUUUGCCCUUCAUAAAAUUCUGCGCCCUGGAGAACGUGUUUGCUCCUUGGGGAGCAAACAUAUUGGAGAGCAAUAUGGUUACUGUGUACACCAUUGCCAUCUCUGCAGCUCCAGAAUUCGAAAGCUGCAAGUUUAUAACUGCAAUCAUGGAUUGGGUCCAAAGGACCAUGAACAGAAGGAACAUAGCUGCAAGGGCUGUUUGCAGUAGCACGAUAGUUUGCAUAGUGCUCUUCGGAUGCUCACCCUCUUGCAAGCAGAGCACUGCCUCUGGAUUUUCACAUUUUCUUGUGCAAAGCUCUAGAGCAGGGGUAAUCAACGUGGUGAUCUCCAGGUGAUCUUGAACUACGACUAUCAUCAUCCCAUAUGAAGUUGACUCGGAAAUUACUACUAAUCCAGAAUGCGGCAGCUAGACUGGUGACUGGGAGCAGCCGCAGGGACCAUUAUCACGCCGGUCCUGAAAGACCUACAUUGGCUCCUGGUACGUUUCCAAGCACAAUUCGGAGUGUUGGCAUCGACCUUUGAAGCCCUCAACGGCCUCAGCCCUGUAUACCUGAAGGAGUGUCUCCACGCCCAUCGUUCAGCCCGUACACACAUCCAGCACCGAGGGCCUUCCAGCAGUUCCCUCUCUGCGAGAAGUGAAGCUACAGGGAACCAGGCAGAGGGCCUCCUUAUGCUGAGUGGUGCAGUUUAUCAAUAGACCUGAGAUUCUCCUGUACUUCCUUUGCUCAGGCACCAAUCUGUUUGAUGUUAGAAGAACAUAGGAAGCUGUCUUAUACCAAACCAGACAAUUGGUCUAUCUAAGCCUGGUAUCACCUGUCCUGAAUUGCAGCAGCAUUCCAGGGCCUCAGGCAGAGGUACCCUCCUAGUCCUACCUGAAAAUACCAGGGAUUGAAGUUGGAUCCUUCUGCAUAUAAAGAAGCAUAUGAACUGCCAUUAUGUUUAUGGUCCUUCAGAGAGGGGGGGGGAGAGAGAGAGAGACUGGUAUUUUGAUGCUUUCUUCCAUUGCUUUAGAUAAAGAGUGAAAAAAUAGCUGCAUUCGUCAAAACAAGUAAAAAAGCUGCUUGUACUUUUGACCUAGUUUCCUUUCUCUCCCCACCCCAUCCUUCGAGCCAGCUUUUUCUUUUGUCAACAAAAAUUGUGAUUUGUUUGGGAACAAGACAUCCGGUUCCUCUUUCUAGGAGUCUGACUGUCUCCCUGCAACUGUCUCUCUUCACUCUUUGGAGUCAAACAGGCUGGGUUGCUGCUUGAGGGCUGUACGAAUGACCUGUGGUUUCUGAAUCCCCAAUUGGUAAGUGAAAAAAGGAGAGAUGUGGCUGGAAUGAUUUUGGAUACAUAAAAAAAAAAGUGGUGAAAUCUGUCCCCGCUAGCUAUUAAAACUCAGUUGGACUGCUAUCUGCGUAUCUGAAAUAUUUAAGCCAUCUAUUCCUUCGGGAAGAGUUUUCAACGGCUAGAGUACUGCCAGAUCAAAAGUCCUGUAGUGAAAGGCAACAGAAAUAUGUUUUUCCCCCCUUCUCUUUGAUGUGGAUUGGCUGAAAAUUGCAGCUAAAAUUAUGGGCUGCAUCCUCCUCCUAUAGAUCCACCAUAUACUUGAGUUGUUGUUGUUUUCAUUCAGGCACCAAGGCAUUUUUGCAUUUGAUUUCCUAUAGCUACCAACUUCAUGAGUGGAAGAAAUUUAAGAUUAAGAUACAGAGCAGUAGUGGGAGUGCAAAUGAGCUUGGUUGUGCUCACAGUGACCCUUUCACCAUCUGCUCUUGUAAUCAGCCUGCAGUGAUCCUGCCGCAUUGUGUUGCCUUGUGCGGGUGGAGGUGGAAAAGCUGUAGCUCCGUGAGUGGUUGAUCAUUUGCUUUGUGUGUAGAAGGCCCCAGGUUCAAUCCCUGGCACCUGCAGUCAGAAGGAUCAUCUCGUAGCAGCACUACUAAGCAAGUUGGUGUUGCUUGAUGCAAGAUAGCUUCAUAUUAGAGGUAGCUCAGUGCUAGAGCAUCCACUUUGUGCUCAGAGCGCCUGGUUUCAACCCCCAGCAUCUCCAGGUAUGGCAGGAAAUGUGUAGGCAAUGCAGAGUUAGAUGGACCAAAUGGUCUGACUUGGUAUAAGAUAACUUCCUAUAUUCUAUUCCCCACCCCAAACCAGAUCUUCCCUUCUGGGUUCUUCCUCCACUUUGUGCAACACCGCUCUUGAAAUCUGCCUGUUCUUUCCAAGUGCAUCACCCUGAUAAAGUUACAAAUCACACCUUUGGGUAGAGCAAUUUCCCACCCACCUCUCCACUUCAUCCCCUUUCCUCUGCUUUCUUCUGUGCUGGUUGGCUGCUGGUUGUGCCUCAUUCAUCAUUCUCUGUGCCAAACCAUCAUUAUACGCCCCAGUGCCCAAACACCAUGCGAUCUAUUUUCUGCUGGAUGCUUUGCUGACUUAUUUGAAUAUACUGUGUGUGUGUGUGUGUGUGUGUGUGUAGUCAGGAUAUGGAAUAGUGUGUGAACGGGACCACACAGUUGCAGCCUUCGUGCUGCUGGGGGGUCACCGUCUGUAUAUGGCAGGACAGUACUGAAUCAGUGCAAAUAUUUAACUAAAUGAAAGGGGAAAAGAUUGGGGGGGGGCAAAAAGGUAAACUUAAAAAGCGGUGAGAAGAAUGCAGACUACUGUAGGAGGGUUUGAACAGGUGAUCAGGCUUGGAGGUCAUGAGCACAGCCAGAUCCCAGUUGCAUGAGGAUUGUGAAUUGCAACACCUGUGUAUGCCUGGAUGCAGCUUGCCGGUUUGGUGGGGUCCUUGCAGAGCUGAUCCAGCCAUUAGGCAGGGCAAGGCCACUGCCCCAGGUGGCACACCUGUGGAUGCCCUGCCACCUCUGGCAGAGAAGCUGGCACCAGAUUUUGCAGAGUUUAAGAGGUUUCCCUCCAAAUCAGCACAAUCUUUCCUGAAAUUGGCGCCAAGGGUGGCACAGCUUCUCUGCCAGCAGUGGAUAUGGCAGGGCACACAGUGGCGGCAGAAGCAGAUCGGUGGUGGCAGAAGCAACAGCAGGACAGCGUGGCACUUCCUAUUUCACCUCGAGUGGUGAAACAGGAUGCCUCUGCCCCUGGGUCCACGACUCUAAUGGUUUGUAUUAGGGUGAGGCAAGCUUGCUUUGUUAUUUUCUAUUUCGUACUCAAAUUCCCAAAGCUAUCUCUAUGCUGUUUAAGUCUUUUCUUAACUGUCUUCUAUUAUAAAUGCUUGUAUUUAUAACCUCCUUAAAGCAUUGCAUUUAUCCUGGUGUGGCUUCUUAAGUAAGUGUGGCUCCGAAUCUGAUACCUGGCUGCUUGGUUCUGUGCUGCCAAAUAAAGCGUAGACUUGGGGCUCAAAAGACAGUGAGUGGUUUAUUUGGCUCUUGUCUUUGUGAAUUCCAAGGACACCCAGAGAACAAUCUGAGUUCCCCCUAGCUCAGGUUGGGGGAUAGUAGGGAUGGAAGCAGUGCUAGCUGACAGGGUUGGCUUUUACCCUGGCCAGCGCUUAUCUAGAAUCCCCAACACCAAAGGAUCUCCAGUGGGCCGUUGGUUGUGGGGGAGGGUGUUGGUCCAGGUCUAAGAACACCCACCAGGAGAAUCUUUUGCAUGAUCCACCACCAGUGGUUAUGAAAGCAUCAACACCAAAAAGCUGAAAAGCAAUCUCCGGUAUCCCAGCAGUACAAACUUUGUAGGGAGUAAGAGUCUCGCUCUAGUUUUGAGCUCUUGAGAUGGUCGGUUUGUGCCAAGCAGCUUUUCUCGGAGCCUUGCGGCAGGCACCAGCUUGAUGCAAACAGCUGUUUUGGCUUUAAUACUGGAACCAAAUUAACUUCUACUUGCCGAAGUAAACUUCACCACUCAGUAGUGCAUUUUAAUCGGCAAACGGAGACGAAAAUCUCCCGUAAAGCAACCCUCAUGAGUCUUUGCAAGCCAUUAACUGUCAACAGUUUCUUUUGAUUGAGUAAUCCAAUUAAUUUGCUGGCAGGGUUCCCAACGAAAUGCUGUUGCUGCUUAUAGUUAUCUGACAUCUGUCCUUAAACUUGUUACAUCCACUUCCUUUGGUGGGAGAUUGGGGCUGGGGGUUGGGGUUGGGAGGGAGCGUUCCAUACAGGCCUCUGGAAUUUCCUGCUAAUUUUUAUCAAGAUGUCUUACGGAAGUAGGCUAACAAAUUUGUUGUGGCGUAAGUUUUUGUGGACUCGAGCCCCCUUUGUCAGAAGCAUGUGGUGAAAUCUUAGUUGGCAGGUAUAUAUACAGCAGAAAAUUGUAAGGUGAGAGUUGAAUUGCCAGGAGAUACUGAAAUCAGUCAUUAUUAGAGUUUAAAUGUGUGUUAAAUACCUUUACAGUAGCAGAUGGGUGAUAAUUGCUGAGAUGAUUACUAAUAUUUAUAGUGGGGCAAGGAACCAUUUUGAAGAAACAGUCAUAGAUAUCACAGAUAGCCUAGCAUUGGUAAACUAAUUAACAUAUGUAGAAUGAUUAAGAAACUAUUGUCUCUUUAAGUGGAAUUGAGUUUGCAAAAACCUGUGCCACAGUAAAUUUGUCUUUAAGGUGCCACAAGACUCUUUGGCUGUUUUUGCUGCAACAUUGCUAAUCUCUCUGGAAAUCUGGUAAAUGUUAACCUCUCAGCAUGCCAUGCUUCAACCAGAGAGGGCUGUAACUUGCUUUGGAAUUGUAAAUUUUGUUUUGAUGCCUUUUCGAAAUGCAUGUUUAUAGGAGUUUGGAGAGAAGCCGGGGAAUGACUUGUCAUGGAUGCUUCCUUGGCUGGCUUCCAAGGGGUGAGAGUGAUGAAACCAUGGUUCUUAAUUUUGGAACACUAAAACAAGACCCAUGUGUAUUCACAUUGCAGAAUGCCAUUCUGUUAAGAUAUUUUCUUAAUGCUUCAUGCCUUGUGUCAUUCAUCGGCUGGGGGUAUGCAAUGAACACAUUUUCAGCACAGCAAAUCAUCAGAUAUUUAAUACUGUGCUGUGUGUAUUGUUUGUGUGGUAUUUACAAUUUAGGGGCUCGAAACAUGGCAAGGCACCGUAUUUUUUGCUCUAUAAGACGCACCAGAUCACAAGAUGCACCUAGUUUUUGGAGGAGGAAAACAAGAAAAAAAAUAUUCUGAAUCUCAGAAGCCAGAACAGCAAGAGGGAUCGCUGUGCAGUGAAAGCAGUAAUCCCUCUUGGUGUUCUGGCUUCUGGGAUAGCCGCGCAGCCUGCAUUCGCUCCAUAAGACGCACAUACAUUUCCCCUUACUUUUUAGGAGGGAAAAAGUGAGUCUUAUAAAGCAAAAAAUACGGUAAUUUCCCUCUGCUGUGUUGCACAUUGCAGUCUUACCAUCGCUGCAUGGACCAGAGAGGGGCCAGAGAGAUGUCUUCACACAAUGCCCAUCACCUGAUUUGUUUCCACAUGCCGAACUCCAUUUCACCGAAGCUGUCAUCUGAGCAUGUCCAAUGCCUGUCCAGUGUACACGCCACAUCUUAACUGCAGCUCUUUCAAAUCAGACGGAAGCUGAUUUGAGGGAAAGUGCACCAGACUGGAGUAUUUCUCAAGAAGCUACAGGAUUCCUAUGGAUUGUGUCCUCAGCUUAAAACCAGAGGUGGGAGCAUAAUGAAGCCGGAUUAAGUGGUCGUGGGUACACAGCCUCUGUCACUUGCAUAACACUAACUAACACCCUCAGGAUUCUGGUGUUCACUUAAAAAUGCCUCUUCUCUUGUCUCUUAAGAUCUUUCAAGGAAAACUUGUUCCAUCUAAGGCACAGCAGGUGAAUCUGAGAUCCAGGACCUUCUCACACGUGGCACUUGCCCAAAGAGUCUCAGCUUUUAGACUUGCAAAAAAAAUACCUUCCCCCUUGCCCCAAGAUGGCUUUCAGCCGAUUAGAAUGCUAAUGUACAGAUUUCAGACUUACCAGUAGCUGAGCAGUUCCUGACCUGUCUGUCCUUAGUUGUUUUUUAAAUUUGCUAUAUCCAAUUACUAUGAUGUGAUAUUUAUGCUGAUUUUAUUAACUGCCCGAGGAGCUUCUGUUCAACUUUAGUACAAGUCUCCACUGUAUUAAAGAGUCAGCUGAUACUUUUUGUGAAAUAAUAGCUAUUGGCUAAGAUCAAGUGUAAGUGCUUUUUUGGGGGGAGGGGGGGUAAAUGCUUCAGGUCCAGCAUUUCUGCCAUUGAGUUGUGGGUCUGAUGUGGCCAUAGCUCAGUGGUACAGCACCUGCUUUUCAUGUAGAAAUACUUGGGUUAAAUUCCCAGUAUUUCCAGGUAGGGCUGGAAAAGGCUCCCUACCCGAAAUCCUGGAAAACCGCUGCAAAUAAGUGUAGAAAUACUGAACUAAAUGGACCAAUGAUUUGGCUCAGUUUCUGCCUUGAGACCAGCAAGCCUCCCAUGUAAAUGGGGACAGUGGCUGAUAUUGGGGCCUCAAAUUUCAGCAGAGCCCUGUGUGAUGCCAAAAUUCGGUGCCCCUCCACCUCUCACGCUGCGUUGUAAAUCAUAUUUUCGGCACCCCAGAGGUUUCACACUGGUUGCUCUCCCCUAAAUCCGCCUCUGAUGAGGAUUCUUUUGUUUCCAGUAGGAAAGAACAAGCUGCUUCAUUGACUGUUGUCUUCCGUUGGAACAUGUCAAUUAGCAAGAGAACAAAGUCCUCUUUAGUUUUCACACUGACACCACCUUACCCAGCAGUUGAGCAUUUCUGCUUCAUGGCUCCCCAGCGUAUUCUCAAAGGCCGUUUGAUAAAGGAAAUCGUGGCACUUGACAGCAGAGGGCAGUAGUUUGCAGAUGCUUGUUAUCUGCUACAUUUUGGCAGAAGCAAGGCCCAGAAGUGCCUUUUGCUGUUAAAAGUGGCAAAAAAGGAGAACUUUCUUGCAAAGUGCUUCAAGACUUCCAGCCUGUAUUUAAAAUAAUAAUAAUAAUAAUAAAUGAUUUCUCACAUCCUCUCUUUGUAGCAAAUGACUUCAGGUUUUAUGAUUUUCAAUGGCAGAAAAUAUUUCAUUAUUUGUUUACAAGUUGCAAUGCGAAGCGAAGCAAUAUACCAGAUGAUUAAACAGAAGAAUAGAAUAGAACGAGUCCUGGGUAGGUUGUGCUGCAGAGAAGAGGAAGAAGAAGAAGAAGAAGAAGAAGAAGAAGAAGAAGAAGAAGAGUUUAUUAUUUAUACCCCACCAAUCUGGCUGGGUUUCCCAGCCACUCUGGGCGGCUGUCAACAGAGCAUUAAAAACAUAAUAAAACUUCAAACAUUAAAAACUUCCCUAAACAGUGCUGUCUUCAGAUCGUCUUCUAAAAGUCAGAUAGUUGUUUAUUUCCCUGACAUCUGACGAGAGGGCGUUCCACAGAGCGGGCUCCACUACUGAGAAGGCCCUCUGCCUGGUUCCCUGUAACUUAACUUCUCGCAGCGAGGGAACCGUCAGAAAGCCCUUGGAGUUUGACCUGAGUGUCUGGGCAGAACAAUGGAGGUGGAGAUGCUUCUUCAGGUAUACUGGGCCGAGGCCGUUUAGGGCUUUAAAGGUCAGCACCAACACUUUGAAUAGUGCCCGGAAACGUUCUGGGAGCCAAUGUAGGUCUUUCAGACCGGUGUUAUGUGGUCUCGGCGGCCACUCCCAGUCACCAGUCUAGUUGCCGCAUUCUGGAUUAAUUGCAGUUUCCGAGUCACCUUCAAAGGUAGACCCACAUAGAGCACAUUGCAGUAGUCCAAGCGUAACUAGAGCGUGCACCACUUUGGCGAGACAGUCUGCAGGUAGGUAGGGUCUCAGCCUGCGUACCAGAUGGAGCUGAUAGACAAGCAGUGGGAAGGGGGUCUGGCAACUUGAAGAACCCUUAAGAACACGAGAAGAGCUUGCUGAAUCUGGCCAAAGUCUCAUGAAGCCCAGCAUCCUGUGCUCACAGCAGCCAGUCAGAUGCCUGUGGGAAACCUGCAAGCAGGACCCCGAACACAAGAGCUCCCUCCCUUCUUAUGGUUUUUCCAGCAACUGGUAUUCAUUACUGCCUCAGACUGUGGAGACAGAGCAUAGUCAUCAUAGCUGGUAGCCAUUGAUAGCCUUUUGUUGUUUAGUCAUUUCGUCGUGUCCAUGUGACCCCAUGGACCAGAGCACGCCAGGCACUCCUGUCUUCCACUGCCUCCCGCAGUUUGGUCAAACUCAUGCUGGUAGCUUCGAGAACACUAUCCAGCCAUCUCGUCCUCUGUCGUCCCCUUCUCCUUGUGCCCUCUUUCCCAACACCAGGGUCUUUUCCAGGGAGUCUUCUCAUGAGGUGGCCCAAGUAUUGGAGCCUCAGCUUCAGGAUCUGUCCUUCCAGUGAGCACUCAGGGCUGAUUUCCUUAAGAUUGGAGAGGUUUGAUCUUGCAGUCCAUGGGACUCUCAAGAGUCUCCUCCAGCACCAUAAUUCAAAAGCAUCAAUUCUUCAGCGAUCAGCCUUCUUUAUGGUCCAGCUCUCACUUCCAUAUAUCACUACUGGGAAAGCCAUAGCUUUAACUAUACGGACCUUUGUUGGCAAGAUGAUGUCUCUGCUUUUUAAGAUACUGUCUAGGUUUUCUCCCCAGAAGCAGGCGUCUUUUAAUUUCGUGGCUGCUGUCACCAUCUGCAGUGAUCAUGGAGCCCAAGAAAGUAAAAUCUCUCACUGCCCCCAUUUCUUCCCCUUCUAUUUGCCAGAAGGUGAUGGGACCAGUGGCCAUGAUCUUCGUUUUUUGAUAGCCUUAUGCUUCAUUAAUUUGUCUAAUCCUCCUCUAAAGCUAUCCUAGUUGGAUGCCAUCACUGUUCUUGAGUUUCAUGCUUUAAGUAUCUGCUGCCUGAAGAAUUGCUUUCUUUUAUCUGUCCUGAAUCUUCCAACAUUCAGCCCCAUUGUCCCAUGUUUUUCUUGAGUACCAGUCUCAUGAGAGAGGGAGAAAUAUUUUCUCUUCCCCCACGCCGUGCAUAAUUUUAUAACUUCCAUCAUAGCACCUCUUGCUCAUCUUUUCUGUAAACUUAAAAGUCCCAAAUGUUGCAGCCUUUCCUCAUAGAGGAGCUGCUCCAAUCCCCUUGAUCAUUUUGGUGGCCCAAUAAUGACUAAAUUAGAAAUAUGGCGGAGGGCAGCUGACUUCAUAUAUUUUUUAUGUUUUGUUUUCAGUGUUUGGUUUUACAGUGGUACCUCGGGUUAAGUACUUAAUUAAUUCCGGAGGUCCAUACUUAACCUGAAACUGUUCUUAACCUGAAGCACCACUUUAGCUAAUGGAGCCUCCUGCUGCUGCCGCGCCGCCGGAGCAUGAUUUCUGUUCUCAUCCUGAAGCAAAGUUCUUAACCUGAAGCACUAUUUCUGGGUUAGCGGAGUCUGUAACCUGAAGUGUAUGUAACCUGAGGUACCACUGUACAGUGGUAACUCGGAAGUCAAAUGGAAUCUGUUCCAGAAAUCCGUUCGACUUCCAAAACGUUCGGAAACCAAGGUGCGGCUUCCGAUUGGCUGCAGGAGCUCCUGCAGUCAAUCAGAAGCUGCAUCGGAUGUUCGGGUUCCAAAGAACAUUCACAAACCGGAACACUCACUUCCGGGUUUGCAGUGUCCGGGAUCCAAAAUGUUCGACUCGCAAGGCGUUCGGGAUCCAAGGUACGACCGUAUUGUCAUUUUUCAAACGAAUGUUUUGUUUUAUGUAAACCUCCUUAGAAGUUUUUCUUGAUGAAGUGGCAUGUAAAUAUUGUUGAACAAAAUCAAAUUUUUGGCAACUGAACAUUAUGGAACCUUGACAGUGGGUAGUGGACUUCUAUCAGUAUUGAGCUGAUCUGUGGCUUGACAGCAGCAAGCUGCUGGUUUGGCAGGCUUGAAUUAGUUUUAAGAUUUCAUAUGAACACUGCACAUGCAAUUCUGUUUUUAGUGGUAAAGAGCAAAAAAGGAAGGGGGGGAAACCCAGUGUGAAAUGCUGCAGAAAAUGGCUUCCUUCUGUUGGAAUUAAGAAUGUGGGAUAUUGUGGGAGGGUUUGGCGAGGUACUGUGAAAUGUAGGGCUUGAAUUAGAAGCGGAGCGUAGCGUGGAAAUGAGAAAAGAUCACUUUAUCUUGAACAAUGUUCCUGGGCUCAUAAAAAAUAAUUUAAUUUGUUUUCAAUAAAAACCCCUUGGUCAUCACUCACUGGGGCAAGGUUAAGUUAAUUAUUCAGCGCCGUUAUAGAGUUAAGGUAUUGAUCUGCCUUUCUGCUGCACCGCCAUCUCCACAUUCUGGAAAACCCUUAAUACAUGCAGGCUGUCUGUAGCAGUGAAACAUUUGGGAGUUCAGCUGCUGCCAUUGUAAUCACCGUUUUCAGUGGGGGGGGGGAGUAAGGCUACAUUGCGGUUUCAUUACCAGACACGGUCCCCAAAGUGGGACUUUCUAGAAAAUAUUUGAAAAGGUAAAAGAAUGUUUUUCGAGCCAUCCAAAUGUGACUGAAAUCUUUAAGCAGGCUGCAAAUGUAGGGAUUUUGUGUUAGGAAAUGCACACGAAGCAAAUAGGAAGCUGCCUUAAACCAGGUCAGACGAUUUGUCCAUUAAGCCCCAUAUUUUGUCUGCUUUGCCCUUGCAGCAGCAGUUCUUCAUGGUCUUGGGGAGAUGAUCUUCCCCGUCACCUUAUUGCAGGGGUCGGCAACCUUUUUAUACCCAUGGACACAUCUGGAUUUUUGAGCAAGCGUUGUGGACACCACCACCUCACUUCCCUCCUCCCCUUCAUCAAACUGCCCCCUCCCCUCAAGAAAGUGAGAGAAAGAGUGCAGAAACACACACAUGCACACAUACUCCGCCUCCCACACACACACCAAGGGAUCUGGGUAAAAGUCAGAUCGAAUCUGAGCCUUGACAAGCACAUAGAGCUGAAAGAGGAAGUGAGAAAGAGUGUCACUCUUGUAACUUCCUCCUUUGAUUCCAUGUGCUUCCCUUUUUUCUUUUGUUUUUUUGAUAACAAUUUAUUAAUUUUCCAAAAAUAGCAUAAAAUAAUAAAAAAUAAAAAAUUGAAGUAAAAUAAAAAACAGGGGAAAAGCAUAAGUAAAUUUUGCUUGACUUCCCUCCCCUCCCCCUCUUGGUUUGAUUGUUUAAUACUUGUUCAUGCAUGUCCAUAAAACCUUAUCGUAUUCUUCAUGAUCCAAUUUUAAACCUUCUUCAUCUUAAUACAAGUGACAUUUAAAAGUUAUACUAAUGUAAAAAUCUGUACACAAACCCUAUGUUUCAUCAACCUGAUGUCCUCCAGAUGUUUUGUUUAUUUAUUCAAUUUAUAUACCACUCUUUAUCAGAAGAUCCCCGGGCAUUGUACAACAUUAAGAAAACACAUUACGGAACAUCAGUGAAAGAAACAUAAUAAAAAACAUAAUAGCAGACAGCCUAAUAGUAAAAUAAUAAUAAUAAUAAUAAUAAUCCCCCACACUUUCACAGGUCAUAGAUUAUUUAAUAGCCAUAGGCCUGGGUAAAGAGGUUGUUUUUACCCUGGCGUGUAAAAACAUGUAGUGAUGGUGCCAGGCAAGCCUCUCUGGGGAGAGCAUACCACAGUCUGGGGUUUUAGACUACAACUCCCAUCAUUCCCAACUGGUACAGCUUCCUGGUCCUCCAUGGUUCGGAGGAGCCAGAACGAACCUCAGGCUCCCAUUCCUCUUUGCACAAGGUGAUUUGCUCCCAUUCUUCGUAGUUUCAAGAGAUGCAGUUUGUCAAGACGCUUGAAUCGGGCAAGCUAUCCUUUUUCUCUAGGGCAGAAUUGGAAACCGUGGCUUGAUCUGAGUUUUCCGUUUCGGUUUGGAAGUAAACCAUAGCUUGAACAAAAUUAGAAAAGGGGGAGGGAUUUGGAACAUGCCAGUGGACAAAAGAGUGCAUGAACGCAAGGUUCCAAAAUACGACUUGGAUGAUUAACUAAACCAGCCUUCCCAAUUCUGGUGCCGUCCCCGUGUUUUGGGCUUGCGACUCCCAUCAGCCCCGGCCAGCAUGGCCAAUGGCCAGGAAUGAUGGGGACUGUUUUUUGAAAGAACCAGAAGGCACCAGGUUAGAGAAAUCUGGUCUAAACCAAGCCUUUGCGUCUAGUUGCUUUUAGGUGUAUCAGUACAUUGCGGACGCCUAUUGAGCAUUUGUUCUGAUAGGUUUGCGAGGAGGUUAGAUGGUGUUGCACCAAAGCAAGCCCUACCUCUGGGUGCAUUUUGCCCUGCCCUCACUUACCGGUAUUUUAAAAAGCCCAAUUUUGGGGGGAAACAGGUUUGUUGCACCAGACCUCCCAGUCAACUACAAUUGUGUGACCGCAAUUUGCCUGUAUGGGAUUGCAUCCCACCCCAAAAUAGUAACCGUCUGCAAGCUUUCCUCCUCCGAACUUUAAAUUCCCAUUUAAAACCUAGGCAGCGUCUUUUCAGUGUCUCUUUGUAAAUUUCGAAGUCAGAUUGGUCCUUCAUUGCAUAUGUUUCAUUUGCAGGCUGCUGCAGUAUGACCCUUCACUGACCCUCUCCGGAAGAAGCACAACUUCUCCCCCUCAAUUACUCAUGUGCAUUCUGUUCUUUAAGUUUGACCCGCGACCUGUUUCCAAAAAUGCAUACAGGUAAUUUUCAACUCUGGUUAUAUUAGUCUCUUAUCUAAAUGUUUUGCUGCCAUAGCUGCUGGGAUAUGUAACACUAUUCAUGGGAUUGCUCGCUGUGCUGGCUUUGCUGUGCUGUUUGUGACCUUAAUCUAACCUCCUAUUUGUCUCCUAAAUGAAAAACCAAUGCCGUAAAGAAAACACCCCCUCCAUCCGCCUCUCCCUCUCCCUUUUUUUUCUGGCGCCUAGGAAAAGGUAGAAAUUGCAUUGUCGUUUGCACCUGUUUUCAUAUUUCCUAUAUUGCUGGAAUUUAUGUACAGUGGUACCUCGGGUUACAUACACUUCAGGUUACAUAUGCUUCAGGUUACACACUCCGCUAACCCAGAAAUAGUGCUUCAGGUUAAGAACUUUGCUUCAGGAUAAGAACAGAAAUCGGGCUCCGGCGGCGCGGCAGCAGCAGGAGGCCCCAUUAGCUAAAGUGGUGCUUCAGGUUAAGAACAGUUUCAGGUUAAGAACAGACCUCUGGAACGAAUUAAGUACUUAACCCGAGGUACCAAUGUAUAAGGUGGGGGGGGGGGUUACCCCUCCAUUAGAUAUCAUGCACAUGCAUCCCACUACCAAAAUCAGCACAAUCACUUUUGUGACUUGUCUCCACAAAACACUUCAUCACAGUUUCUUCCUAUUUACAGUGGACGCUCAGGUUGCAAACGUGAUUCGUGUGGGAAGCAUGUCCGCAACCCACAGCGCCACGUCUGCGCACGCGCGGGUCGCGAUUCGGCACUUCUGCACAUGCACAAGUGCCCAAACCCAAAAGUAACCCGUUCCGGUACUUCUGGGUUCGUCGCGGUACGCAACCCAAAAUCGCGCAACCCGAAGCGUCUGUAACCCGAGCUAUGACUGUAUUCAAAGGGCCUCUGCUGCCCAAUACCAAAUGUAACAAUUCACUGAUAAAUGUAUCUAUGUACUGGCUCACUGGGAAAACUUCAUAAAUUCAUAUAGACAUGUGAGCUCAGCUACUCUGAUCUGAGCUCUGCCUGAGCAAUAAUCCCUGGCAUCCUGAUACCUGAGUGCCAGAGGUAGCCAUUCCAGAAAUAACAAACCCAGGUGAAGACAAAAGAGUGUGAUUAACUUGGCUGUGAAACAGGGAAAUGUAGAUAUCUCUUCUGUUCCACUUGAUGGGUGUUUUGGAGGGCAAGGGGAGGAAUGGGGCAGGGUCCAGGAUGCUCAGAUUACUGCCACCAGACCUCUCCUUUCAUGAUGUAACCGUGAUGUAUUAGUGAUGUAGUUUGGGGGGUGUAACAUGGGGAUUAGCAGCUAAUAAAAGUUUGGGUUCUCUUUUGUACGGGGCUUCCAUCUUGUUUCACCUUGUGGCAGGUGGGAGUCCUGUCGUGACAGUCUUCAAUAAAGACCAAGUUACUGGCUGCUGUUUUGCUCUGAUAUUCCUGGCUGGUGUCCUUGUUUUUUGUCCAAGGGAGCCCUCGGAUUUCUCCAUUAACACCUAGUUAGGAGGUAGAGCUAGAGUCCUCUUCACAAAUUUAAUGUGCAUAUGCUCAGUGCCUCAUGGGUCAGCAGGAUUGCACCCACUCACCUCUGCCUGAUGACUCCUGAGCCUUCACAUGCCAAAUGUCACAUGUAGCGGUUGCAAAGCCCAAUGCAUUUAGGGCUCCUGUCACAGGAUUGUUUGUCACCAUCCAAUCCUCAUUUCCCCCCGCAGCGUCAGGCCUGCUGUACUGUACCCCAUAAGUCUUAUGCAAGAGGGGGAGCUGGCCUAUGCUGCCUCCCUGCAUAAGGAAAGCUGCUGGUUUGGGCCAAUGGCUCAUCUUGGUCAAGCAUCCUUUUCUCACAGUGGCCAACCAGAUUCCUAUGGGAAACCCGUAAGCAGGACCCAAGAACCCUUCCUGUGUUUUUUCAGCAACUGGUAUUCAGAAGCAUUAUUGCCUCCGAAGGUGGAGGCAGAGCAUAGCCCCCAUGGCUAGUAACCUUCAGUAGAUCCCUUCCUUCCAUUAAUUUGUCUAACCUCCUUUAAAGGACCCCUGACCAUUAGGUCCAGUCGUGACCGACUCUGGGGUUGCGCGCUCAUCUUGCUCUGUAGACCGAGGGAGCCGGCGUUUGUCCGCAGACAGCUUCUGUGUCAUGUGGCCAGCAUGACUAAGCUGCUUCUGGCGAACCAGAGUAGCGCACAGAAACGCCGUUUACCUUCCCGCCGGAGCGGUACCUAUUUAUCUACUUGCACUUUGAGGUGCUUUCGAACUGCUAGGUUGGCAGGAGCAGGGACUGAGCAACGGGAGCUCACCCCGUCAUGGGGAUUUGAACCGCCAUCCUUCUGAUAGGCAAGUCCUAGGCUCUGUGGUUUAACCCACAGUGCCACCCGCAUCCUAACCUUCUUUAAAAGCCCUCUAUUUCCAUAUCCCCUCUUACCUGAAUUUUUUCCCUAAACGGAAAAAGUCCCAAACACUGCAACCUUUCCUCAUAGGGGAAUUGCUCCAUCCCCUUGAGCAUUGCCCCUUUCUUAACGCUUUCCUGACUCUCUUUUGAUGUGAGCGUGACAAGGACUGUCAACACUAUCCUUGAUGCUUUGGCACCAUAGAUCUGUAUAACAGCAUUGUGAUACCGGCAGUUUUGUUUUUGGUUCCUUUCCUAAUAAUCCUCCCUAGCAUGGACUUUGCCUUAUCCACUGCUGCAACACACUGGGUCGACAUCUGCUACAAACCCAAGGUCUCAUUCCUAGUCCGUCACUGCCAGUUCAGACCCCAUGAGCAUAUAUGUGAAAUUAAAUUAGCCUGUGUUGGCUUCCUUUCCCACAAAGGAGGAGGAGCUAGAUGCCCUGCCUCAUUGAGCCACAGUCUCCUCCCCAUUCUCGCCACCUCCCAGCAGUAACCACAUUAUUUCCAUCACCCCCUUUUUGCCCACUGCCUUAGUAUUUUAAUGUUAAGAUGCAUUUUUGUUGUUGUUGUUAAAAUAAAUAAAUAAAAGUAUUAAGCACCAUCCUUCAUCAAUUUGUCAUGCACAUAGGAAAGAAGAAGAAAAAGAUACUGGCAUUGUAAACGACACUUGUAAGAUUAAUGAAGGAUGAAAUACUUGGGAACCAUACGAGAAUAAUAAAUACUAAAUAACAGAGACAGCAAGAAAAAUGACAAAUGUACAAGCAAAUCCUGAAUUUGCAGAAUAGAAAGAAACUUGGUCAAGGCUACAUCAGCAUGAUAAAUCACAGGGGGAGAACAAACCAAAGGGGCAGAACAAUACAGUUUGCAAAAUGACAUGUAACGUGAACAUCUCUUUAUUUAUUUGUUUUUUUAUUCUACUUGGGUUAAUCAUCAUAUUCACUAGAUCUAAAACUUGCACAAAAAAAGUGUGUACCACCUGUAAAAAUAGACAUUGAGCGCAGAGUACCAUUUUUCUUCCACUUACCGCUCAGUUGUAAAACAAGCCUAUGGGAUAAAAUGUAUUGACACACAUAUAAGAACACACUGGUUUGCAAGACCAUAUACUACGGUCAGGAUCUAUAGAGGCUGCGUGUGAUAGAAAUCAGAUGCAAGUACUAACCUGCUGUGAGAUUGAACCUUUGGAGCCAGAAUCUUAUUUGGGCAUAGGGCCAAAUAUAUGGCUCAGUGGUAGGACAUAACCUUUGCAUGCCAAAGGUCUCUGGUUCAGUCUCUGGCAAACCAAGUAGGGCUGGAAAAGACCCCUGUUGGAAACUCUGAGGUGCUACUGCCAGUCACCUUAGGUGAUGCUGAGCUACAUAGACCAGUGGUCUGACUUCCUGUGUUUCUUUGAUGACCAUGCCAGCAUCUCAUACUAAUGCAAUAUUAGGAAGUCCCCACCCAAAAGGGAAAAAUCAGGGCAGUGAGAAACCAUGCAGAUAGCUGGAGUUUGUGGUAGUGGACAGCUGGCUAUGUCUUGUAGCUAGGGUUUAGGCAGAGAUUCCUCCAAAAUCAGGUUUUUCCAAUAUACUUCUUCCGUAUUGUGUAUAAAUGUUUUCCAUUUAAACACACAUCUCUCUCUCUCUCACUCACUCUCACAUACAUAUAAAGAUUUAUAAAUCUCAUUUUUGAGAUACAAAUUGCUACUUUUUGUAAAUACAGGUUUUAGCUUUCAGAGCCAUAAUCUCAUAAUCUUUUUAUGGAACUGAAUUAUAUCACAGGAAAUUGCUUCAAUGGAAUGAUUUCUCAUGCUUCCAUCUCUCUCUGCCCCCACAUUAAGAAGUUACAUAAAUCUUAACACAGUUGAGGUUAUGUAGCUAUUUUUAGGGUCUUGUAUAAUUUAUUUGGAGAAGAGCACUUCUGCUGCUGUUCUCCAAUAUGGAGACUUUGAAAGAAAGAAGUAAGGUAUUCUAAUAAAGUAUGAAUUUAGAACCUUGCAUUCACACACCCAAUUUAAGAAGUUUAGUUUCUAAGUUGCAUUGUGGCUAGCAGACAUUCAGGAAUUAAACACAGACCCAGUGCAGAUUUAGCAGCCCUGUUUUGACUGUGGUCUUUGAGCUUCAGGCUCAUGGAUUCCCUCCCCUUGCCUACUUUAAUUUGCUCACUUAUGUCCUGUAUGCUUUUGAACCAGUAUUGGAAGCCACAGUUUGAAAUGGGGUCCGAAUUCAGGGUUGCCCAAACCAAAGUUUGUCCGAUUUGGCCAUUGCCACAAACUGUGGUUUGCUCAGUCCAGUAAAUAAGCGAGUGAACUGGAUGAAAGGAGGGAAGGAAGAGAAGGAACAUGCAAGCUUAAAGCUUAUUCAUAGCAACUAAACCAUGGCUUGGCCCUGAUGCCUGAACUGGGCCAUUACAUAUAAUAAACAAGUGGAAUUUCAGGUGAUUCCAAAGAGGUGCAGGGUGUCCCCCCACCAGUAUGCAAAGGUAGGUGUGGCCUUGUACAGUAGUAUCUCAGAAGUCAAACAGAAUCCAUUCCGGAAGUCCAUUCGACUUCCAAGACAUUCAAAAACCAAGGCGCAACUUCCGAUUGGCUGUAGGAAGGUCCUUCAGCCAAUCGGAAGCUGUGAAAGUCACGUUGGACACCUACUUCCGGGUUUGUGGCGUUUGGGAGCCAAAACGUUCGACUGGCGAGGCAUUCAGCUUCCAAGGUACAACUGUAUAUUGAAGUGUUCUAAUGAACCUGGCAAAUCUCGGUGCCAGUCUGAAGCACCAGCAAACAUCUUGUGCAUGUUGCCUGUACUUGGAAUUUUGCUUUACUUGCGUAAGCAGUUUUCUCCAGUUUUCCAUUCCACCAAAGCAUAGGUGGACAAAUCUUGCUAAUUCUAUAAUGACCGCUCGUGAGCAGUGCCUGUGGGCAAGUUUCUUCCUUUCUCCAUAGUGUAAGACAAACUCAUAUCAGUCAGAACCCUCCAAAAACAUUUCCCUUUGGAUGUAAUGCUUGGGGGAUGUGAAACUGCAGUAGCCCUUGAGUCUGUGAUUUGUGCAUUAUGAAACCAAGCAGUAAUUGAGAUUAAAGAUACUCCACUGAACGUAAAACUAGUUUAGAUCAUUGAUUAGAAGUGUGUAGCCAUUGUAGCCAAAGCCCUCUCUUCCUAUGAAUUAAUGUCAGCUUUUAUAGUCCCUUCUAGAUCAUCAAAAUUACUUCAUAAUGACCAAAUAUAUUAUAACUAAUUGGCUUAAGAAAGCAGACUGCUUCAGAGGUCACCCUUAAAUGUUGGUGUUUCUUGACUAACUUCUUGCAUUAAAUCUGAAUACCUUUUUAAUGUAUGCUUCAUUGCUCAAGUGGAUGAAAGAAGGAUCUUUCCUCUCAUUUAGCACCCAGCCAGUGUGUUGCUUUGGAACAUUGUGUUGGAGAAAGACUUAAGUUAGUCCCCAUUGAAGUCCCUUGGGGCACAUCCGCACCAUAUAUUUAAAGCACCGCUAUACCAUUUUAUCCCCUUUAGAUGCUGAGAGUUGUUAGGACACCCCUAUUCCCCUUGUGGAACUAGAAUUCCCAUAGUUCCCUGGGAAGAGGGAUUGUCUGAUGAACCACUCUGUGAGGGGAAUAGGGGGUCUCCCAACAACUCACAGGACCCUUAACAAGCGCAAGUUCCCAAGGCACUUGGAGGGAAGCAACAAUUUUUAAAUGAGUUUUAAAUGCAUGGCACAGAUAAAGCCCCAGUCAUUCCUAACUUGUCCCAUUCAUUUCAGAUAAUGUAUUCUGGAUACAACCUACUGUGUCUUUCAGAAAAAUUGCAAUCCUGAAACCUUCCUACGCAGGAUAAAAUAUUGCAUAUUUAAAUGAAAAAUAAAAAUGAAUGUUACCACUUGGUCGUAAAACUGGGAGUGGGCAAUAACUGCUAUCCACUUCUCCAAUUACAUGAAUGGUGCUCUGGUUUUCCGCCAAGCAGUCCUCCCACCUUUACAGGGCUGACUCAAGAUGCUUUGCUACCUAAGGGAGAGCAGCAAAAGGUGCAUAGUACCACCUGAACAUGCACAGAAUUGGCUUUAAAAGGGGUGGAGUGGGAAACUUGAGACCCACCAGAGGCUGUUGGACUCCCAACUUCCAUCAGACUCAGCCAGCAUGGUCAGUAGUGAGGGAAAGAUGAAAACUAAUCCAACAUGAAGACUGCAGGCUCCCUAUCCCUGCUUUUAAUUUCAUAUCAGUAGAUGGAGCAAACAGAAUCCUCAUUACCUUGCAGUCUGCCUUCUCUUCCCAAAGGACCUUAGAUACAAACUGGGACAUGGGUGGCACUAAUUAAAGUAAAUUUCCUAGGGAGGAUGAGAGACUAUGUUACCUUUGCAAGAUGUGUGAGGAACUUUUUUCUUCUUGUUGUCAGAUGCAGUUCCCAACGCUUGCAUUACACCACUGGUUUUUGGCACUGCAAAAUCCAUGCUGCCUUGUCCAAGGAGCAGACUCUGACAUGGGUGGUGCUGUAGUCUAAACCACUGAGCCUCUUGGGCUUGCCGAUCAGAAGCGGUUCGGCAGUUCGAAUCUGUGUGACAGUGUGAGCUCCCAUUGCUCUGUCCCAGCUCCUGACAACCCAGCAGUUCGAAAGCACGCCAGUGCAAGUAGAUAAAUAGGUACCACUGCAGCGGGAAGGUAAACAGCGUUUCCAUGCACUCUGGUUUCCAUCGUGGUGUUCUGUUGCGCCAGAAGCGGUUUAGUCCUGCUGGCCACAUGACCCGGAAGGCUGUCUGUGGACAGAUGCUGGCUCCCUCGGCCUUGGAAAGUGGGAUGAGUGCCACAACCCCAUAGUCGCCUUUGACUGGACUUAACUGUCCAGGGGUCCUUUACCUUUUACCUUUUAGAUACAAACUCCCCAAACCCAAAUAACUGAGGUGGGGCAGAGAUAACUAUUUCCUGUAAGGUAUAGUGCAUCCUCUGGGUUUACACGCUCUUCCCCGCUUUUUUGGCUGCAUCUACCUGUAAGUAAGUACUUGUGGUGCUUGAUCUGUCUGUGUUGGGGAGACUUAAAAAGAAUGACCUUGGAGAGGAGGGAGAGAGCUGUUGGUACAGCCACCACCACCACCCAACACACACAUCUGUUGAAUGUGGUGGCUGUUCCAAUUUGCCCAAUGAUAGGGCCAGUCCUCCAUCUUGGUAGGAGCUUCUGUAGUUCUGAUAGGCCUGACCAUCAGCUCCAAGCAAGGACUGAUGACCAUUUGGGGAAGAAAGACCAGAAGGUGGUGUUGCUAGUUAUGGUCAUGGGUGUUCCUAAGACUGGGCUAUGGGUGCCUUUGCAUGGCUGUGGCUAGAUUGGGAGAUGAUACACAGGAAGUAAAUCCCUGAGCUACAUGCUCAUCAUGGCACAUUACAAAAACUAUUUAUGUCAUCAGGCUGCUGCCGUUCCUGGCACACUGAAUUAUGUUGAUAGCUAAGAACAGGUCCCUAACUACAAGCCAAAGCUGUAUCUGUUUGUGCAUAAUAUAUUUAGAAGACCUUGAUGGUUGGUUCUGAUUAACUGCUAAUAUUGAGCAACAUGAUACAUAUUUCCAUUAUGCUUGAGGCUUAUCUGUAUAUAUUUAUACAAGGCAAAAUCACUGUAGAUGGGCUGUGAGAUUUUGGUGGUAGACUACACAAACACACACAAACAGAGAGAGAGAGAGAGAGACUUCUGAAAACUCUUUAAAUGAGAUUAUAGGGACUUUUUAUUAUGUUUUGUGCCUUUAUUCAAAGGAGUGGCUUGUGGCUUCCUGAACUUUUUAGAUCUGCUCCAUCAAUAACGGUGAGAAGCUGACUGCUCUUCCAGUGGGCAUUAGAAUGAACUCCAAAAGCAAAUACCCAAAGCAUCCUUCUUUGCUUUAGUAGUUGAGUGAAACUGGGAGCUCAAAGAGCUGAAAUAUAUGGAUUCUGUUCUCCUUGGAGGAUUGCUGCCCAUAUCGACUGCUCUUAUGUUAUCCUCUUCCUUGGUUUCUGAAUUCAAAAAAUUGUGUUUCUGUAUGUCUUCAAGAGAAAUGACCCUGCUGCCUGACUCUAGAUGUCUUAUGGGUUCAGAUGCAUAUUGAAUUGCCACACAACCUCUCCCAGUCUCUCUUCCUAUUAAAAGACCUCCUUUUAUUCACCAAGUGCUUAGGAGCGGAGUUGUGCCUGCUUAUAAGUCACAUCUUCCAACCCCCUAAUGCAAGGAUGGGGAACCCAUGGUGCUCCAGAUGCUGUUGGGCCUGAGCUCCCAUCAUCCGUGGACCACCAGGUGGUCAUGCAGGUCAGGACUGAUGGAGUUCAAGAACAUCUGGAGGUCACCAAGUUGGAGAAGACUGCCCUUGUCGAUACCUCUCUUGCUUCAGUUCUUGUUCCGUAGGGAAACUGCAUAAUGGGAGCUCAUAUGGUACAUUCAGCAAGAGUACAAUCUGUGUAUGUGGGUAGAUGAACUGCACACUCGUUUGGUUGUGUACAGGCAACAUUCAGCAUUUGUACAAAUCAACCAGUGCACACAAUCUUUCACGUGUGGUACAUGUGUGGAGAGAGCUUGCACCUGUGUUCCAUGUUAAUGAGCUAGUAGAAUAGCAUGGGGAGGUGGCAGUUCUGGGAGGAGAGGAGCCAAAUAGCAACAGAUCCCAGCUGAAUAGAUGGCUUUGCUGCUUCCCACCUGAAGCAGCUAGUUGGAAUGCCUGUCUUUCAAAUAAAUGCUAUCUUUACUCUGUCUCUUGUCUCUGUCUGUCUGUCUGUGUCUCUGUGUGUGCACACCUGCCUUUUAGUACUUACGCACUGAACACAGGCCAUUUCGUUUGUUAACAGGAAUAAUCAUUCAUUGUGUAGAACCAGUCAGCUAGCCAGAGGAUGAUAAAGGUGCUCCUAAAGAAUAAUCACUUAUUUAUACAGUGGUACCUUGGGUUAGGGACGCAGGUGGAGCUGUGGGUUAAACCACAGAGGCUAGGACUUGCCGAUCAGAAGGUUGGUGGUUCGAAUCCCCGCGACGGAGUGAGCUCUCAUUGCUCAGUCCCUUCUCCUGCCAACCUAGCAGUUCGAAAGCCCGUCAAAGUGCAAGUAGAUAAAUAGGUACUGCUCUGGCGGGAAGGUAAAUGACGUUUCCGUGCACUGCUCUGGUUCACCAGAAGCGGCUUAGUCAUGCUGGCCACAUGACCUGGAAGCGGUACGCUGGCUCCCAAUAAAGCGAGAUGAGUGCUGCAACCCCAGAGUCGGCCACGAUUGGACCUAAUGGUCAGGGGCCCCUUUACCUUUUACCUUGGGUUAAGAACUUAAUUCGUUCCGGAGGUCUGUUUUAACCUGAAACUGUUCUUAACCUGAAGCACCACUUUAGCUAAUGGGGCCUCCUGCUGCUGCUGUGCCACCAGAGCACAAUUUCUGUUCUCAUCCUGAAGCAAAGUUCUUAACCCGAGGUACUAUUUCUGGGUUAGCGGAGUCUGUAACCUGAAGUGUCUGUAACCCGAGGUACCACUGUAUAUUGCUCUUCCUGUAAAAUUCAAAAGUGGUAAAAUCUGACAAUCGAACCAGUAAAUCACAAAGCAAAAUUGGCUCCGUCCCCCUGCACCCACCCACUUGUAUUGCACCUGGAGACUUGACACACAAGCCAAGGGGCAACUUCUCCCCACCCACCACCCCGUCUUCCUCAAGUGUUGCCUCUGUUUCCAUCAUCAAAAUAUCUGUGGUCCAUGAUUGAUGACUCUUAAGAUUUUGGAUAAUGUUGGUUUGCAGCAGUAAGAGCUCUUUCAUUUAGGCUGCAUGGGUUCAAGUAUAGCUUGGCUUUUGUUUGCAAAGACUACCUGCAAUCCAUGUCAGCCAGUUGUCAAUGGAGCAAACUGUGUGAGCCUUAAAGAGCCCAGCAAGGAGGACAGGACUAGUUCACAUGUAGCACUAGGCCAUAGUUGAGUGUAUCGUGGAUGAGCCUUACUGAGCCCAAGCUAAGCAUCAGGUAUGUGCUCUCCCUUCCCCAGGAGGAGGAGAAUUUCUACCAAGUUCCUUUGCCAUUUCAAAGAAACUGGGCUUAACAUUAGUGCAAACCAGGCAUCCUGGCAUACAACAUGUUUGAUUGAGCAAGCCAGCUUCAUAACCUACGGUUUGCUUUGCUGGGUCUUACUAAGGCUUGUCUGCAUAGCAUGAAGCCAUGGUUAACAUUGCAUGUGAGGCAGUCCAUGUUGUCUUGUCCUUCCUCCAUGACUUUAUGGGUCAGCAGUGUUUCCCUCUUAUAAGAAGCUGUUGGACCAUUGCCAUGUGCAAUGUCUUUAGAUGGAAAUGCAGUGGGGUUUUAAUGUUGUUUAUUUUGCAUACAUUGGUACCUUGGUUCUCUAACUUAAUCAGUUCCAGAAGUCCGUUCCAAAACCAAGACGUUCCAAAACCAAGGCAUGUUUUCCCACAGAAGGUAAUGCAAAAUGGAUUAAUCCGUUCCAGACUUUUAAAAACAACUCCUAAAACAGCAGUUUAACAUGAAUUUUACUAAUUUUACUAACGAGGCCAUGGAUCCAUAAAACGAAAGCAAUAAACAAUGUACUUCAGUCCCACAAUCAAUCAAUCAGUAGCUGAACUGGGUUCCACACAGUCACAAAAACAACAAAAAAGAGCCGCAAAAACAAAAACGCAAAAUAAAUGGCAAAAACAGACAGACCUCAGCAUAACACUCAAAAUGGAAGUGUAACACUCAAAACGAACCAUGUUCAGCUUCCGAAAAAAGUUCGCAAACUGGAACACUUGCUUCUGGGUUUGCAGUGUUUGGGGUCCAGGUUGUUUGAGUACCAAGGCAUUUGAGAACCAAGGUACCACUGUAUUGGUGAAGGAUCCUCUAGGUGGGCCAACAAUGCUCCUAUGUCUAACACAGGGGUCUGCAACCUUUAAGACAAAAAGAGCCACUUGGACCCGUUUCCGAAGAAAAAAACACUGGGAGCCGCAAAACCAUUGUGACAUUUAAAGCAUGUGCGCCGCUGCCCUCCGAUCUGACAGCGGGCGGGAAGGUGACGUCGGGACGGUGCGUGACUAACGCACGCACCGCCCCCAUGCGACGUCACAGCCAGUACAGCGCCUGCCACAGUGGGGAGUGUCGGGGCGCACAAUGUGCCUCCUCCCCUCGCUAGUAUCCGCCCUGGAGCCACGGCAAAGGUGUAAAAGAGCCACAUGCAGCUCCGGAGCCACGGGUUGCAGACCCCUGGUCUAACAUUAUUCACAUUAUCCAUGGCAACCAUGCUUUCCUGUUCUCGUCCUCCAGGCUUAUCCUAGCAGCUAACAGAGAUGAAUUUUAUCACAGACCGUCAAAAUCAGCCGACUUCUGGGACGGCAGCAGUGAGAUCCUCAGCGGUAUGUAACAUUCUCCUUGAGUAAUUAUUCAUAUGUUGCAUUUAUGUACAUGGUCUCCCCUCUCCCCUUUCAUCCUCACAGCAACCCUGUGAGAUAGGCUAAGCAAAGCUAAGAGAUGGUGACUGUCCCAAGAUCACUCAGUGAGUUUCAAGGCUGAGCUGGGGGAUUUGAACCCAGGUCUCCCAGGUUCUAGUCCAAAACUUUAAUCACUAAACCAUGCUGAUGCUAAUUUUUCUCUCUCUUUGCUUUUGACUAUAAAUUUAUGUGAAGUGAGUUUUGGAAUGGGCACCUAUCAUCUGUAAGCUGGGCUGUGAUGUGAUAUUUCAGAUGCCUCUCAAAGACCCCUGCAUUCUUAUUACAGGCGAGGUCUUCGGAAAUGUUGCUUUUAUUGCUGGCGGUUGUGGUUGUGGUGGUUUGUCUUUGUUUUUACAACUUUCACAACAGUGUUUUAAUUUGACACCUGAAAUCGAGUGAUUUGUUUUUUGUUUUUUUUUAAUGAUAUUUAUUAAAGUUUCAAAAAAAGAUUACAUUGAUAAGAAAAAGAAAAAUUGAGAAAAGAAAAAUACAAAAUGCAAACAAAACAAUUAAAAACAAUUCCAUCUUUUCAUCUCUUAUCUUUCAUUUACUUGUUUCCCGGACCUCCUCAUGCCUCCCUUUUUUGCAUUCCAGUUCAAUUUAUUAGUUCAGCAAUUCCUUUCCCUCCUUGUUUUAUCCUAAUCUUUAAUCUUAAUAUAGUAUAACAUUAAGUUUUGACCUAUUGAAAAUCCAAUUUUUCCAUAUUCUUUUACCAUUACAGCUAGAAACCACUUAACUUCAAUCCAACAUCAUUCUAACAUUCAUUAAUUUUGCAAUAUUUCUGUAAAUAGUCUUUAAAUUUCUUCCAGUCUUCUUCCACCGACUCUUCUCCCUGGUCUCGGAUUCUGCCAGUCAUUUCCGCCAAUUCCAUGUAGUCCAUCAUUUUCAUCUGCCAUUUUCAUUGAAAUCGAGUGAUUUGAGCCAUAGUUAAAUCGUAACAGAAAUGCAUUUUGCUCUCCUAUAAAUGUGGUCCGAUAUCCCAUUUUUCAAGCCUGCAGUUUUGGCCAGGAGACAAGUGUCUUCAAAAAUAGUUUAAUAGCUUGGGGUUAAAGAGAAAGUGUGUUGUUCUUUGCCUUUUGUCAGUUUGCAAUUUACCGAAAGCGACUCUACCAACCUUCUACCUGGUGACUUUUUAAAAAGUUAACCAACCUUUUUGUUCACUUAAUGCUCUGCCUCUCUUUCAAAGAAAACCAAAAACAUAUUUUCUCUGCCUAGCCAAACUGAAGUAUAAGCCUCGCUAGGCACAUAAAUAAAAAUGAGACACAGGCAGGCAAAGCAUAGCUUUAAAAUCUUUUGACGGUGCAAAGAUUUUUCUUUUAUGCUUGAUGUUGUUGUCAUUGGCAGGAAGAAUUGUAAGGAUAAAUCACUCUCUCUGCACUGCAGUUCCUUUUACUUUCUGAAAGUCUCUCACUCAUUCCAAAUUCUUGCAGGGUAUGCUGCAAACUUCCCCACUCCCAUUUUUAUACAAAUGCAAAGGAUGGGUGUGUGUGGAGUGGUACACUUUGAUGCUGAAAUCUGAAUUUUAACCAGGCACCAGGCUGUAGCAAAGUGGGGAGAUGCUGAACCCACUUUUUGAUGUGUUGUUGUUGAUCCUGUUUAAGCUUUUCCCUGCCUAUUUUUCUUUUUCUUUUUUCUUCAUUUUUGAGGCAAUAGUGCCUUGAAAUAUUCUCAAGGGUGUUAGUGGUCUAGGUUUCAUUUCUUGUGUGAAUAACACCCUUUGAAUUAAUAACACCUGCCUUUUUUGUCUCAAAUAAAACCAGACAUACUGGGCCGGUGGGGGGCCGGUGUGGAAAGUAAGUGCAGUAAAAUGGUUUUGCAUCAUUUCUGCCUUUAUGCAGCCUUGUAUUUACUGUAUUUUUCGCUCUAUAGGACGCACCCAACCAUAGGACGCACCUUGUUUUAGAGGGGGAGAACAAGAAAAAAAAAUCUCCCCCUCUCUGCUCAGCGCCCCUUCAGUGAAGCGGCAGGAGAAACAGAGCCCCUUCCAUUUCUCCUCCCACUUGGCUGAAGGGGCGCUGCGCAGCUCUCCCUCUCUGCUGAAGCCGGGAGAGUCUUGCUCUCCCGGUUUCAGCAAAAGGAACCCGAAGCCUCCGGAGGCCUCAGGCAGCUAUCUCUGAAGCCUGAGUUCCCACUGCGCUCCGGAGGCUUCAGGUUCCUUUCGCUGGAGCAAGACUCUCCUGGCUUCAGCGAAAGGAACCUGAAGCCUGCGGAGUGCAGCGGGAACUUGUGCUGUGCUCCAAAGGCUUCAGGUGGCUAUCCCUGAAACCUGGAGAGCGAGAGGGGUCAGUGUGCACCGACCCCUCUCGCUCUCCAGUCUUCAGCGGAAGCAAUGCGAAGCCUCCGGAGCGUGGAGGGAACGCUCCAUCUGCGCUUCGGUGGCUUCGCGUUACUAUCGCUGAAGCCAAGGAGCCUGCAUUCGCUCCAUAGGACGCACACACAUUUCCCCUUAAUUUUUGGAGGGGAAAAGUUGCGUCCUAUAGAACAAAAAAUACGAUACUUGCCUGGUAGCCCAUAGGCAACAGGGAACUCCAUGCGGAUGAAUGAUCAGAGCUGGAAGAGGAAGGAGGGAAGAACGGAUCAUUCUAUGGGGGAACCCACUUUCCUCCACAACCAGCAUGGAAAUGCAGCAGGUUGGCAGAGGGCAGAGGGGAAGAUCAUUCUGACCUUCCUCUACCACUGGGAUGGGAAACCAUUGGGUGUCCAGAUGUUGCUGUUUCUGGGGGCCACAAUUUAAAAUGGAUAUUGACUAUCUGGAAUGUGUGCAGCGGAGGGCAGCUAAGGUGAUCAAGGGCCUGGAAACCAAACCUUAUGAGGAAUGGUUGAAGGAGUUGUGGUAUGUUUAGCCAGGAAAAGAAGAGACUGAGAGGAGACAGGAUUUGUUGUUCUUUUUUUUUCCCUUCUUUUUUUUUUAAAUAAUAUUUAUUAAUUUUCAACCGUUUAAACACAACAAAAUAGACAAAACAAAAAAGCAUAACAAAAUAAGACACAAACCAUUUAACACACAAAACAAUUUCAAUAUCUUAUCUUUCAUUCCCUUAUUUCCACGACCUCCUCACACCUCCCUUUUUGUAUUCCACUUCUGUUAAUUGUUCCAGCAAUUCCUUUCCAUCUUCCUCUCUUUCUAUCCUAUAAUUAUCUUAACAUAUUCUGACCAUAUUUUUCCCUUUAAUACUCUAUUAAUCUAUUUAUACUUAAUUCCUUAUAGCAUUUCUACUAGAGCCAUAUAACUUCAUUCCAACAUUUUUCUUACAUUCAUUAUUUUUACAGUAUUUCUAUAAAUAGUCUUAAACUUUUUCCAGUCUUCUUCCACCGACUCUUCUCCCUGGUCUCGGAUUUCUGCCAGUCGUUUCCGCCAAUUCCAUAUAGUCCAUCAACUUCAUCUGCCAUUCUUCCCAAAUAGAUAAAUCUUGUGUCUUCCAGUACUUCACAAUGAGUAUUCUUGCUGCUAUUGUUGCAUACGUGGAAAAAGUUUUAUCCUUCUUUAACACCAAUUGGCCGACCAUGCCCAGGAGAAAGGCCUCUGGCUUCUUCAAAAGGGUAUAUUUAAAUACCUUUUUCAUUUCGUUAUAAAUCAUCUCCCAAAGUGUCUUAAUCCUUGGGCAUGUCCACCAAAGGUGAACUCUAAUCCUCAAAUUCGUCUGUUUUUCUUUAAGUUCAGUCAUAGCAAGCAUCAACUUAUGUUCAUCAAAUUGCCUCUGUAGGGCUGGGGCUCUCUUUCUCUUUCUCUCCAGUUGUGUUACUUUACAUUCAGCAACAACAGCUUUUUCCCUGGCUUCCUCCGCAGUUUGCCGUAUCAAAGUAGGUUCCUGUAUCAAUUUCUGGGUGGUUUCUGUAUUGGUAUUGUUUAUACUUUCUGUAUUUAGGUUGAUGUUAGUGAUUGAAUCAUCCAUUUUCGCAUUUAUCGUGUCCAUUUUCCUGUUAAGCUGAUCCAAUGAGUCAUUUAUCUUAUAUAAUGCAGCCGCUAAAUCCUCUUCUGUCAACAUUCUUCUUGGUUUUAAAUAUGCUGGUACAAAGGCAGCAACAGAAGGAGCAGGGGGGGCUGAUGAUGGACCUCUUCUGGAUUGUUGCCAAGUCCUCCCAGACCUUAAUGUUUUGUCAGCAGUUGACUAGUCUGUUUUUCCUCUUCCAUUUACCAUAACACUUAAAAGAUUCAAGGUCAGUCCCAGAGUCUCACGGUUUUUAACUUGCAGCUGGAAAUUCCCUAGCCCAGCUCUUGUAAAACAACCGGUUUCAAAGGCUUCCACUAGGGGGAAACAGUUUCUAUUUGUAAUAGUCAAUAGUAUCCUCUUUUCAACAAUCCAAAAUUAGUUUCAAAUUAGUUUCAAUUUUCAGUUACUUUUACUCCUUUUUAAAGCAGCCAGAGACAGUAGAAACAAUGUAUUUCUCUUGUUUAACUAACUGUCAAUGAACGUUCUAAACACUGUCAAUGAACAUUCCAAAAGACGUCAGUCCUACUAGCAGCCCGUUUCCAGGGUCAGAGCGGCGGUGUUUUAAAUCUCUUCACUCUCUCCCACAGGCAUAAUCAAUCCGCAACUUCCCCCUCUCUUCUCCAGGAGACAGGAUUUGUUGUUGUUGUUUAGUUGUGCCCUACUCUUUGUGACCCCAUGGACCAGAGCACGCCAGGCACUCCUGUCUUCCACUGCCUCCCGCAGUUUGGUCAAACUCAUGCUGGUAGCUUCGAGAACACUGUCCAACCAUCUCGUCCUCUGUUGUCCCCUUCUCCUUGUGCCCUCCAUCUUUCCCAACAUCAGGGUCUUUUCCAGGGAGUCUUCUCUUCUCAUGAGGUGGCCAAAGUAUUGGAGCCUCAGCUUCAGGAUCUGUCCUUCCAGUGAGCACUCAGGGCUGAUUUCCUUCAGAAUGGAUAGGUUUGAUCUUCCUGCAGUCCAUGGGACUCUCAAGAGUCUCCUCCAGCACCAUAAUUCAAAAGCAUCAGUUCUUCGGCGAUCAUCCUUCUAUAGCUAUACUCAAAUAUCUAGAGGGUAGGACCCAAACCAGUGGAUUCAAAUUACAAGAAAGGAGAUUCCAACUAAACAUCAGGAAGAAGUUUCUGACAAUAAGAGCUGUUCAACAGUGGAACCAACUCCUUCCAGAAGUGGUGGGCUCUCUUUUAUUGGAGGUUUUUAAUCAGAGGCUGGGUGGCCGCCUGUCGUUGACGCUUUAGUUGAGAUUCCUGCAUUGCAGGGGGUUGGACUAGAGAACUCUUGGUGUCCCUUCCCACAGUUAUUUGUUUUUUUGUUUGUUUUUUUUAAAUAAUUUUUUAUUAAAGUUUUAAACAAACAAAAAAGAAAAACAACACACACAAAAAACAAUACAAAACUUAACAAUAAAAACACAAAACAUAACAAUUACAAACAAACUCUCUUUUCCAUUUCCAAUUUUAAAUUACUUAUUUUCUGGACUUCCUCAUACCUCCCUCUUUUGUAUUCCAAUCCACAUUAUUUGUCCAGCAGUUUCUUUUCCACUUUUUAAUCCCAAUCUUUAAUUUAAUAAAACGUUAAAAAUAUAACUACAACUUUUUAAACCUAAUCCUUGAUCUUAAUGUCAUAUAGCUUUAAAUUUUUCCCUUUUAUUAUCAAAUUUCCAUUUCUUUAAACAUCUUUAAUCUUGAUCUUUAAUCUUAAUCUAUCCUUAACUUUAACCUGUACAGCUGGAAACCACUUGUUUUCAGUCCAACAUCACUCUAACAUUCCUUAAUUUUGCAGUGUUUCUGAAGAUAGUCUUUGAAUUUCUUCCAGUCUUCCUCCAUCGACUCUUCUCCCUGGUCACGGAUUCUACCAGUCAUUUCCGCCAAUUCCAUAUAGUCCAUAAGUUUCAUCUGCCAUUCCUCCAGCGUGGGAAGUUCUUGUGUCUUCCAAUACUUUGCGAUGAGUAUUCUUGCUGCUGUUGUUGCAUACAUAAAGAAAGUUCUAUCCUUUUUUAACACCUUUUGGCCCACUAUGCCCAGCCUUCCCACAGUUAUUUGAUUCCAUGAACACCCAUCGCACCCAGUCAGCAUAACCAAUGGUCCAGGAUAAUGGGAGAUGUUUGCGAAAAGGCAGAACUCAAGGAGGGCUGAAAGCAGAGGCAGUGAGGAGUAUGGCUUGGGGGGAGGAGGUGUGACCUAAGAAGGGUCCCAAAGGCCUGACAGAGAGGCCUUGAAGGAUGCAUUUGGCCCCCAGGCCUGGGGUUCCUCACCCUUGGAUUAGAGCAGCCUUUCUUAACCCAGAUGUUGUUGGACUAAAACUCCCAUCAUCCGUAGGUAGCAGAUCCAGUGGGCAGUGAAGCUAGGGAGUUGUAGUCCAACACUAUAUAGGAAUCCACGGUUGAGAAAGGCUGGCUUAGAGUAUCAGACUAAGGCUGGGAAAAACUCCGGUUCAGAUCUCUGCUCAUCCAUUACUCUUCACUAGGUAACCUUGGGCCAGUCACUACUUUUCCGCCCUAACCUACCUCCUGGGACACUUUAAAACCCACUGAGAGCCAAAUCAGGCAGUGUUCUUCUAAGGAACACUCUCAACCCUGGAACUGGGCAUGUCCCUCCUGUUUUCACAUCUGAAAUGUUGAAGGAUAUGAAAGUAUGAAGCUCUUGAACAGAGACCAAAGACACCUUUUAGAUUUUUUAAAAAUGCUGCUUACUUUAUUACUUUUGUUACUGUGUAUUUUUAAAAUUUCAUAAAAUUUGCACACUGCUUGAAUGAAAAACAAACAAGCAAACCGCAAAAAGAUGAAAUGAUAAAAUGUUCAAUAAAAGCAAUGAAAAACAGUAAGUUGAAGCAUUCAAAAAAUUAAAAUCAGUGACAAACUGAAAACAGAUUAAAACACACAUUAACCAUUCUAAGUAUUUGGGUAGGUUUGUCUAAACAAAAAAAAUGUUUUUAGCAGGUUUGGAUAUGGAGGAAGGAAAAGAAGGCGGGACGUGGCUUGGAAUCAGCAAGAAAGGUAAAUUGGCAGCCCUGACGAACUACAUGCAGCCAAAGAUAGACAAGAAUGCAAAAGGAAGAGGUAUGUAUAUGGAAACGAGAGGGGACUGGGUUACAUGAACAUUCCUGGAAGUUCCCUUAAUAUGCAGAUUCUUCAGCUGUAAAUCCUGCAGUCGAAAGUGAAUCACACAAACUGCAGCAGCACUUCCCUUACUACAGUCAUAUAUUGUGUUGCGGUGUUUCCAAACCUAGAACAGCCAUGACUCAGUGGUAGAACACCUGCUUUGCACACAGAAGGUCCCAGCAUCUCCCGAUUAGACUGGGAGAGAGCCCCCAAUGAAAUCCUGGAGAGUUGCUGCCAGUCAGAGUCAACACUAUUGAGCUGAAUGGAUUCUGUGUAAGGCAACUUCCUGUGUUCCCUCUCCCUUACUAAACCAGAAUCUUCUCUUUCAACACCCUGCCCCUCCAGUAUAGAUCCAGAAGAUCUCUUUGUAUGGAGACAGAUUGUUGGUCUAGCUGGCCCUACUCACCAGUGGCGUAGCGUGGGGGGUGCAGGGGGGGCCGGCCGCACCGGGCGCAACAUCUGGGGGUUAGGGUUAGGGGGCGCAAAUCCACGGGUUAGGGGGCGCAAAUUACUUGCCUUGCCCCGGGUGCUGACAACCCACGCUACGCCACUGCUACUCACUGUCAAUGUCAGUAGCAAUUCUCCAGAGUCUGGGGCGGAGAUCUUUCCCAGGUCUCCCUUGCCAGGGGUGGCUUAACUGGAGAUGACAGAAAUUACACCUAGGAGCUGAUGCAUGCAGACCAUGUGCUCUGUACCACUGGUUCAUAUGCUCACUUCAAACUCAGUUCUUCUUUCCCUCCAUCUUCUAGUGUGUUUGGGGUACUCCCAUCACUGAUUAUAGGGAUGCACUCAUGGAGUAUUGCUGCCACAAGCAUUAUGGGCUAGCUUGCAGUGAAAAGUUGCUUUUCUUAUGCAUUUUUAGCUUGCAUUUUAUGGUUGUUCUCCCCCCCCCUCCAAUUAUUUUUAUUAGUUUUCCAAUGUUUUUUACAAAUCAAACCGAAUUACUUUAAUUUAAUACAAUUUCUUUUUUUAAAAAAAUCAGGUUCUCCGCUCCUGUUACAAACAUACGUCCAUCUUUUCCUCCUGUAGCCACAUCAUCUCUUCGUUAAUAUCCAUUUCAUCCUUCACUUGUUGUUGUCCAUUCUUACAGCCGACCAUCAUUGCCUCCUUACCAACAGUGCCUCGGUUAUUUCUUAAAAAUAUAAAAUCCAUUUCACUUGUGUAGUCCUUCAUAAUCAUUAUUGUCUCGGACCUGGUGUGCUGGGAGAGUUAAUUCUUAUCUUCCUUUGGUCAGUCUUUGCAGUGUUUACAAAGUCACAUUCCAAUUUCUGCUUGCAUUUUUAUGUUGCGAACCACACUGAAAUCUAUAGAUGAAAGGCAAUAUACUACUACUACUAAUACUAGGAUACACAUAUUUCAUGUUUGGAAAUGGCAUGCAUCAGCUCCCAGGGUUACAUCAAGUUAGUUGAAAGUGGUGCUGUUACUCUUAAAAACAACAAGAAGCCACAACAACAACAACAACAACACACAACUGCUUUAAAAAUUCUGCUCUAAAAACCUGCCUGCUACUUUGAAAAUAAUUUUAUUUCUAUAGGCCUAUGCUUCCAACUGUAGCCAGAAAAUGCUUAGAUAUGUUACAUAUUAAAGUGAUGGGCUUGUAAUUGCUAGGUUGCUUCUAUUGAUGAUAAUGCUAGUGUUCCAGCCAGCAGGGAUUUUGGUAGAACAAUUAAUAGCAUUUAACUGUCUUGGGAACCCAUUGUUUUGGAAUAAUUCAGUGGCCUCUGGAAAGCUGGGUUAUCCCUAUGUUUGGAUACCUAAAGCUUAAGCAGGAUUGAAGCUUCAGUUUAGGUAGUAUAGUGGUAUCACUUUUGUUUCCUGUUCAAAAGGCUUGAAACUAGGCAGAAACUGCUUCUUUGCAGGAGGAUCUGUAACUCAGUGGUACUGAAUCUGUUCUGAAUCUGGCAUUUCCAGUUACAAACCAGGUAAUAGGGAAAGCAUUUUCCUGAGCUCCUAGAGAACCACUGCCAGUUAGAAAUAGGGAAUAGUAGGAUUUGGGUUAGGGUGGUCCAAAGCAUGCCCCAAGCACUGCAUGCAACCCUCAAGACCUUCUUUUGCAGCCCUUGGCAACAUUUGACGGCCCUCCAAGCCCUUGCUCUGCCUUCCCAAAGCUGGGUAAGCGAGGUGCUGGGCUUUGUGAAAUAGGUGUGAGGCUUUGACAGGGUCCUAGAGUCCUUCUGUCUCCUUUACCAAGGCUAGUUAGCGGUUUCCCAGCUUUGGGAAAGUGGAGGCAAGGCUCCAGGAGCCGGCUAGAGCCUCUCGCCUCCCUUUGCCAGCUUUGGGAAGGCAGCACAAGGUCUGGACCAAAUUUUGGCCUCACUCCGCCAUGCGACAAGGCAGUGUAAUGUCCACAGAUUCUGUGUCAAAGUUGCGGCCCACUUGGUAUGAAAAGUUGGGCUGCCCUGAUUUAGUUGGACAUACAGGAUGGAAUUCAAUGUCUCAUGACUGUGACGGUUCCAUCAGGGCAAACCUUUCUGCUUCCUAGAUGGAACAAUCUUCGCUCUCCUCCCUCCAAGCACUGCUCUGGGAUGCUUCUGACACACACACACACCCAAACUGAUGGAGGGGGGCUCAGGAGGAAGAGGGAAGGGAACCCUAUUGCAUUAAUGGGUCUGGUUGCACUGGCUCCCACUAGUGCAACUAUUUAGUUGAAUUCGGUGCAUAGACUGAUCGGUAUUAGCCGGCUUCCAAUGUUCCUGCCAUACGUAACCAUGGCGGUAGGACUUAGAGAAUGUCAAGGCUUCUAACUUCUAACAUCAGAAGUGGCUGCUGGGUAAGGCCAAAGGCCCAUCUCAUCCAUCAACCUGUUCUCACAGUGACCAGCCCCCAAUGGAAGCCCACAAAGCAGGACUUCUGAUAGCAGGACAACUGAUAGGCUUGCCCUCCAUGAAUCUGUCUAACCAUCUUUUAAAGUCAACCAAGUUGGUGGCCAUCGCUACAUUUUGUGGGAGAGAAUUUAAUCAUUUAGCAAUGCUCUGUGUAAAGGGGUACUUACUCCUGGUUGUCCUGAAUCUUCCAAUACCCAGCUCCAUGAGACGCCCCCCAGUUCUACUCUUAAGAGAAAGGGAGAAAGUCUUUUCUCUAGCCACCAGUUCUCCAUUGCAAUUUUUGCAAGAUCACAUUAAAAAUGUGAUGUGUACCGAGAAUAGAGCAUAUCUUAAUUGCGUUUCUCAGCGUUUCUGCAUAUAUUAUGCCUGCCCACAUCCUGGGGAGCUGGGUUUAGCUCUGCGUUCCCAGCAUUGCUUGAAAUACUGUCUGAUGGACAAUAGAGCCAGACCACAGUCUGGUGAUGUAGUCUCCCCUCCAGGGUAGGCUGGAGCCUCUCUCUGUUUGGCUACGGAGUCAGCUAGCCACAGAGUGGGGAGGAACAGCAUUUGGGGGGUGGAAUAUAAAAGGAGUUUCUGAGGGAGAGGGGUAGACAAGGCUGGAUUUAAGAUGAGAGGUUAGGCUUGGUUUUGAGGAGGGGCAAAGGUUCAGGUUAAGAAAUAGGGUUUGGUUGGAGUUGGGAGUUAGGGAGUGAGUUCAGGAGAACUGGUUCUGAGGGAAGUUAAGCAUUCACACUGAGGAGGACUAACCAUAGCGAGAGGAUGGAGCCUCGCAGCUUGGAUAGGGAGACCGGGUUGAGGGUCUGGGGAAGGUAUACAGGCCGGAGUGUCCCGGAAGGGCUGAGUCUGAGCAGGGAGAGGUAGAUCUUGUGGGAAUACAGGCUACCUGGGUCUCAGUAGAGUCAGGAGGGAAGAGUUCUUCCAGGUACUGAAGACUCCCAAACCAGUAACAAGGGGUGAGGGGAUCCCCUGGGUCUGUAAUACCAUUUAGAAGACCUCAUGAACCAAAGGAUUAAGCUGUGAAGGAAUCUGUAUGGUGCUGAAAGUAUUUAAUUGUAAUAUCUAGGUAACAGAAACUGAGUUGAGCAUUUUACCCUCUAUUCUAGAAACCUGAACAUUUACCAUCUGAAGUGUAACACCUGAUUUUUAGUAACUGAAGAAGAGUUGUGCCAAUAGUAUUAUGUUUAAGCCUGAGACAUAAUUAAAUAAGUUAACUUCAACCUGAAAGAACGCAUUUCCUGACCCGCUUUGUUUCAUAAACUUCUUUUUAUUUAAUGAAAUGUUUCUUGUUUGUUUGAUCAGCUCCUGCCUGAGACUCUAAAUCAUUAAGUUUUCCCUCACACAAAUCCCCCGCCAGAUAAUCUGUGGUAAAUUGUAGAAAUUCAUGUAAUUGGUGUACUGUGAGGUGGGUGCACUAUAUUUAAUUGAGGGCAGUUAGCGGGAGAGGAUCCACCGCAUUAUUAAUUGGUGGUAUUAAGUGGUGGGUCUGCUACAGCAGAUUUGCAAUGAUCUUAAUUGUGUAGCAUUACUGACUUGCGGGAAAUAAAAGGAUGCUUUGAUGGGGUUGGUAUUAUUUGUGAAAUUUGUCUCAGAGGGGGGCAUAAAACAUUUGAAAAGCCUUUAAAAAAAAUUGAUCAUAUAAAGGUCGCUUAUUAACGGUGAGCCUGGUACACAAUUGAUCAAACUUACGUUAAUCUGUUUCCAUGCUAUGUCCUUGACUGCAGUGAGUCAGAAAUCUUAUUCAUUUCUGCCACUUGGUUGAGCUAGCCCAGUGAGGGGGGAAAUGUCCGUUUUCCUCAUUGGAAAGCAUUCUACCAGUAUCUAACCCCCCCCCCUUUUCUCCCACUUUGCAGGUGCCCUCGUGACAAAUUUUUUGACUUCAGAUCUGGACAGUUAUUCUUACUUGAAGAAAGUGGCCUUAGAAGGACACCUUUACAAUGGAUUUAAUUUACUAGCAGCAGACUUGAAGUAAGUAUAUAAAAACUUCACAGCUAAGGCAGCAAAGGGGGAGGAAAAAGCAAGGGCCAAUGGGGUGCAUAUAAUGGAUAGCACUAAAUAUUUGUAGCAUGGGUAUGUGUCAGAGCAAAGCCUAUUCUGUUCCCCCACCCCCCUUUUAAUGAAGAAAUUGUGUUCUUGUUGUCGUUGUUUUAUUAAGGAACAAAUUUAGGGUUGUAGCAGUCUUGAGUUGUACUCAUAGCAGCCCCAUUGAAACUGGUGGACAUGGCAGUCUUAAUUUUAAUGGGUUUACUCUGGGCAAUGAAUGUACAUUUUACCUUUAUUCAGUAGUCUAGUUUCUACACGCCCUCACAGACCACAUUCUGUCCUUCAUCCAGGCACGCCGGAGGCAUUAUCAGGACAUAGUCCAGCCAGGCAAAGACGUUAUGGGGUUAGAAACAGAGCCAGUGGGAGGUGUGGCCUGGGGAGAGAUCUGAGGGCCAGGUAGGGAGGCCUGGAGGGCCACAUUUGCCCUCUGAGCUUGAGGUUCCCUACCCACGCUACACUGCGGUUGUGGAGAAGGGAGACGGGAUUGCCAGGCAAGCUGCAUAGAUGACUAAAAGGAGUAGGCAUGGAUAAGGAAGGAAGCGCGGUGCCAUCUCACAGUUAUUACAAACUAAUGGCUGCAAUCUGCUCGCUUUGUUCACCUGGUCAGGCAUCUAGGGAGAACUGGAAUGAGAAAGGACCGAGAGGCAGAAACAGAUGUGGUGAUAAUGAUGAAGUCAAGGAUGUCGCUCCCUGGAAAUGUAAAAUGGCACAUCCCAGGUGUCAAGUGGGAACUGCCAAUAAUCCGAGUGGAUCUGAAGUCAAGCACACUUCAGGUGUCAUUUCAUAUGGUUCUGUAGAUCUUCGCGGGGCUUUCUGAAUUAGUCACAUAAUGAAUAUAGAAUGCGGUCCUGGGAGAAAGCAGAGACAGAGUGCUAGUGAGCUCUGCAGUACCUAGCAGAGCUCUAAUUAACCCAAGAGGGUGACCUCAACCUGGAUUUGAAGUAGCCUUUCUAGAAGGAGGCUUAAAGCGUUCCCCCACCCCACCCCGAUCUAUGAAAUCAUAGCAAUGAAGGAAAUUGCCCAUUGUUUGGAUGUAUAUUACGAACGGUACAGCUGCUUAGCUUUUUGGAUCCAGCAAACUAAGCACAUGCUUAAACCUUUUAUCAAUGUACCCUGUUUGUUCUACAUGCUUUUGUGGCACACUUAAUCAUGCAGAGUUGUGGUGGGACUGUCAUAUCCACCAGGCGUUUGUGUAGCCCUGAAAGGGAUGUAAGAAUCCCCUGCUAGAGCACAAAAACCUUGGGUCAGCAGAGGCUGGAUGACCAUCUAUCAGGGAUGCUGUGGUGGCACCGUGCACUGAGCAGGUGGGGUUGCAUUAGGUGGCCCCUAAGAUUCAUUCUAACUCUAAAAUGGUAUAAUUAAUGUCAUUCCCCGCUCACUGGGUUAACCUGCCGCUGAACCAAAUGGAGGGUGUUGCUAAGACUUUGCUGCCGCAAGCUUCAAAUUUAUGUGAAUUUUGUUUUCAUUUUGCUUGCCAACCCUGCCCCACGGUGCAGGCCAACAUAAAUCAUAUCAUUUUGUUUUCCUGUGGUGGAAUACAGAAACGGGAUUGGAUGCUGAAGUGUGUGCCGCUUGACGAUCCUUUUGGCCCUUUGCCGAUCUGUAAAUCAAUUAUUUCUGGGGCUCGGCCGCCCUUAGUUCAGCUCUGCUUUCAGCAUUCCUGUUGCCUACUGGGGCUGCCUCAGCCCAGCCGAGCUGCCUUCUGGUUAGCUUUCAAAUGCAGUAACUGGCCUUAUUAAAUGUAUUAUUAUUUAUUCAUUUAUGCCAGUUGCAUUGAAGGAUAGGUAGGCCUCAGCGGUAUUUUGUAAUGCUUCUUGAACAAGAUGCCAAAGAUGCUGAACUCCUCAGGAACCAAAGCAUUGUCUGUUAACGGUAUAGUUAGGAGUCUGUGGUGUAUACAGUGGUACCUCAGGUUAAGAACUUAAUCCGUUCUGGAGGUCCGUUCUUAACCUGAAACUAUUCUUAACCUGAAGCACCACUUUAGCUAAUGGGGCCUCCCGCUGCCGCCGUUCUGCCGCCGUGCAAUUUCUGUUCUCAUCCUGAAGCAAAGUUCUUAACCCGAGGUACUAUUUCUGGGUUAGCGGAGUCUGUAACCUGAAGCGUCUGUAACCUGAAGCGUCUGUAACCCAAGGUACCCCUGUAUCUGGGAUGAGGAACCUCAAGUCCAAGGCCCAAAUGCAGCCCUCCAGGCCUUUCUGUCUGGCCUUCAAGACAUUUCCCAGGCCACACCCUGUCCCUGCUUUUCACCCUCCUUGAGUGCUUUUGCAUGACAGGAAUGCAUUCUUGAACUGUGAUAAUGCCUCUUGCUUGCAUGGAUGGCUGAUUGAGAGAUGGGUGUAUAGCUUUGACUGUACAGAGUUAAGGGUCCCACUUGUUGCUCUGCUUGCUUUUGACUCUGGCCCUGCCCACCGCCGGCAUGCGCCCCCCUCCCCAAAAGUUGCUCCCCUGUUGUGCAUUUGCCAGUUCGUUCUUAUGUGUGUACAGUGCAUAGCUGACUACUUCAAAUACGCUAUAUGUAUUUUGACAAGAAGAGGAAGCUUCCCCUGGGCAGUAAUUACUUUCUAUAUCCAUUUCUUGACAGCUCAAUAGAGUGUAUCAAAGAUGGAUGGCUGCUAGCCAAAGAGGGGGGUAUUCAGAAUAUGCCAAACAAACCAUGUCCUCCUCCUGCUCUCCCUCCCCAAAAUAGCACUCUGGUUUCUCAGAAGUAGUUAUAAGAGUUCUUCCCCUCAAAUAGGUAGCCUUUGGACUCUCAGUGUUUUGCAGUAGGAUUUCAGGUGCAUACCAGAACUUCAGGCUUGUGCAAUUUCAGUGGAUUCAAAGGCUCUGUUGCCCUGGUGCGGCAAACCCACUUUUUUUGGUUUUUUUAAUGGGUGUUUUGCAAUUAGGAAAAUCCUCUGAAAAGUGUUGGAUGAAUGAAUGAUGAACAGUACAAGCAAAUCAGGAUGAAAUCAAGAUCCGAGUUCAUGACCGUAUAACCCCCCGCCCCCCACAACCAAAUUGGAACAGAUACUCAGUAAAGACCAGGCAUAGUCUAACCUCUGUGUAAGUUUUGUGCAAGCGAGUCAAUGCACGAGUCAAGGGUGAGCCUAUGUUUGAAUAAAACAUGAUUUGUGUUCCAGUGUGUUGUAAAUGCAUACUGUAGCUGUUAGUAAUCAAUAGGUUGGUGUUUGAGCAUUACCUGUAUUUAGUGGAGCUUUGACUAUACAAAGAUUACUAGUGAAACUGAGUUGGUGGGCAUGUGUUGUGACCUGCCGUGGGAUAGCUGACCGGUGAAUUCCAGGCUUACAAAUGGAAGGAGAAUAAUUUGUUUUCUCCAGACAACUUAAAAAAUGCUGGAGGUCUUGGCAGACCACAUAAUAACAUUUUUGUUUGUUUAUUCUACAAAUCAAAAUAUAUACGUAACUCAUAUUUGAAUAACUGUCAAGGUGCCUUAUAAUGCAAUGGAAGAAGGCAAAAAACCCACGAUCUUAUUCUUUCUUUAGCAUCAACAUCAAUAUCAUCACUGUAUUAUGAAAAUCGUGGGCUUUGGGCCAGGCUGCUAAGAAGGGCUCCUUUUAAACAUUUAAGGGGAAAUUAGUAGACUGCACCAGUGCAUGAAUAUCACAGGCCCUUGUUCAAAAUGGUUUUGAUUUCUGUCAUCAGAAAAAAUAAAUUGAGUGCAAGACCAAGUGCAGAUAUUUCUGACUGCUCCACAACCUUACUGUAGAUAAUGGAGCUUUUGCACCAUCGCAGCUUGAGAACCUUUGGCUUAGACAACGUGGCACCAGACAUUCUUGGACUGCAACUCCCAUCAUCCUUGACUGUUAGCCAUGAUGACUGGAGUUGGUGGCAGCUGUAGUUUGGUGGCAGCUGUAGUUCAACAGCAUUCAGAUGGCAACACGUUGGCUAACCCUGGCUUGAAGUAUAGCUUAGUUCAUGUGCGUUUUCUUUUCUUUAGAAGGACGGUCUCUGGUUCUGCCCCUUGAAAGCAGCAGUCACCCAUUCUUUUGGACAGAGUGGGGAAUGCCUGUUCUCCUUCGUCUUCCCAGUAGUAGCACUUGGCUUUGUUUGUUUGACUAGCACUGCAUUCCCUCCCCCUUAGUUCUGGAGUGCCGAUCUCUUCCAUAUGGCAACCUUACUCUGUUGUCUGGACCUGUGGCUUGUGAUGGAGCCAUGUUAAUCAUGAGCAUGGGUUUGAGAGAAUGCUUUUUAUAAAUGUCAUAGCUUGAAGGUCAGAACAAUCCGUAGUAGAAUCUUCUUCCCUGCUUCAAGUAAAGUGGACCAUUAGAAUUCAGCUGCAGACUGCCGCAAGUCGUGGUAGGUCAGGCAGAAGCUUUCAUUUAAAACAUUUCCUAGUGUCUCCUGCUUAGAGCGAUGAUCUUCAAAUCCCAGUGGAAUCGUAACUACUGUAGGGCAUCUUUGUGAUUUGCUAAUUUGCCCUUGGUCUCUCUGUAAUGAAGAUGAACACUCUCCUGGAACCAGGGGCUGGGGAGGACAUGCAGGGAGGGCAGACACCGUUCAGAAAUGGGGGCAGCCUUCUCUCCCUACAUGUUCAGGCGGUUUAGACCUCUUUCUGUUGCAAUCAUUCAGAGCCAGCCCUGACCAGAUCUUUGUGGUCUUGGUACGAUUAGCUCCUGCUCGUCCCUUCUCAAUGACAAAGCCACAAAUACCUGCUCUGUGCUCAAUCUGUUGGACAAGGUUGGGUAAUAAAUAGUCUUGUUUCUCUUUCCUUCCUUCCUUCCUCUUUCUUUCUUUCUUUCUUUCUUUCGCCUUCCUUCUUCCUUCUUUCUUUCUUCUUCUUCUUUCUUUCUUUGGAUUUUUUUUUUUAACAGCUUUCCUUUUUAUAAUUCAAGAAUAUUUGAGGUGGCUUAUAAAGGAAUGGCAAAACAGAACAGCAUUUUUAAAGAGCCUCUAAAAAUACAGUACAGCUUCUAAAAAUUCCCUUCCACUGCCCUGCCUUUUCCGAUGUCAGUGAGUACCUGAAACUGUCAUUUGCGGAGUCAACACCAUUGCUCCAUCUACCCGCCAUGCUGUCUACUCCAACUGGCAACAGUUCUCUUGAGCAGAAGCCCUUCUUCCACCCUGGCAAUGGGCAUCCUUCAAACUGGAAGAUGAUGGGGAUUAAUCCUGGGGAAGUCUUCGUUCAAAACAUGUGCUCUCCUGCUGAGCCACAUCUGUGUUCUCCCAUAAAUAGGAAAUUUCUGCCCAUUUUCAAAUGCUUAUGUUCUUUUCUUUCUUGCUUUUAGUUUGCUCCUGUUUCGAAGUCCAUUCUGCACUUUCUCUCCCCCCACUACUGUAACAAGUGAUAAGUAGAGUUCUCAUUACAUGGGGGCACAUGGUUAGAUCUCGCUUUCCUGGUUUCUUUAGUUUACCUUUUUCCAUUCUGCAGUGUGCCAACUCCAGUUUGGUUCAGCUAGCCCAAGAUGGGCCCUGUCCUCACAGAUUUUCCUUUGCUUCACUUAUAUGUCCAACUGUUUUCUCUGCUCUGCAAAGAGGGAAAGACAGCAAAGUAGGUAUAUAUUUAAAACGCAACGUAAAGGGACUGUUCCGAUUAGCUUGUGACCAUUUGACAAAAGUGGGUAGAAAUAUGUGAGCAGCUUCUGAAAGUGCUGCUCCCUUCCAUUGCCCUUGUGUUUUUUUGCGUGUUUUUUUUAUGAUGGCUGUAAAACAAUCCAGGCAAUGUGGUUGGCUUAUAUGCCAAAUAUUCACUGCGGCCAACAUUGGAUACGAUAAUCUCUGAAUUGCAAAAGCCUUCAGCGAUGUCUUGUGGAUAUUUCGCCCUUAGGCUUUGAUACUAGUGGCUACGUUGCCUGCAAGACACUCAGAAUUCCCUUUGGUAAUAAGAUUGAUCUUGAAACAUAAUUCCAAACAGUUUACACUGAAGCUAUAAAUUUCCGUGGCUGGCUCAUGUUGCUGUUUGUCUGCAGCGAAGUUAACAUCACUUGUUUUCAGAGGCUCUCUGCGGGUUGAUGUUGGGCUGGAUCCAGAGCUGCCCGUGAACAGCAGAAGGGCCUCUUCUGCGGGCAGAAGGGCCCUUUCUGACAUAGCGCAAGAUUCUUGCACAAGAAAGAAAGGACUGGGAAACCAGAGGUCGGCUUCUGUUUGUGCAAGGCAUCGCAGAAUCCCCUGUGCAUUACACAACUUGCCGCCAACACUACCCCUUGCACAAAGUGGAACAGUAGCUGCUCACCAGAACUUCUCCAUCUAAGGGCCUCUCUGGAUCCAAGCAGAGUAGAUUCUUCUAAAAACGUGGGAUUAAAAGAAAAGAAAGGAAAGGAAAGCUCUCUUAAAUGAAUAAAAAUACCUUGUCUUUCGUGCUAGCUCUUGCUUUUAAAAUAAAAUGCAUGUGAAUAAAAGCACGUAUAUCCUUCCUUUCUGUACUGCAAGAUAUCCAAGGCAGCUAACAACAAUAUAAUAGCUAUUGCAGGAAUAUAGGGUUGGGUCCAACUGUUUUUGAUAAGAGCAGACCCAGCUGAAAUCAAAUAAGCCAAAUUUAUCAUGUUUAUAAUAUUCUGUUGGGAGCUGACCAUAGUGGCUGGGGAAACCCAGCCAGAUGGGCAGGGUAUAAAUUAUUAUUAUUAUUAGUCUCCAUUGAUUUCAAUGGGUCUUUUCUGAGUAGAACAAACUUUGGAUGCUCCCCUCCAGUCACGAGAGUGGCAGUUCCUAUUCCUCAUGUCUGAGUCUGGCACUGCAACUUAUUUUUGAAGAUCAUGCUAAUAUGGGCAACAGCGAUGAAAAAUCAGAGCGGGUGGCAGUAUUUUGGGAAAAAGCUGACCUUCCAGCCCAGUUUUAGAGGACAGAAUGUGGCCCUUCUUUCCUGAGCUAGUUACAACAUUCCCUUCCUGGAAUGUGUGAGUACCAGCUUGUAUAUGUGUGUGUUUUCUAGCUGCUGAAGCUAUUUGCUAUUCAAAUCUGUCACGGUUUGAGGUAUGUGGAAUAGAGAGUGUACUUCUGGGGAAAUGUGGAAUGUUGGGGAAAUAAGCUACAGAUGUCCUGAAUUAACAAGGCUGUGCUUCAGAUGCAUCUCCCAUUGUCCUGCCCCCAACCCCCUAAACUCCAAGGAAUCUUAACUGCUGAAAUUCUCAAACCAGAACUUCAAGGCAAGUAUUAAUGUUGCUUUCACACUCAAGUCUGCUACUAAAGGAAGUCUCUGGUGACUACUUAAAUCAGCACAAGAUAGUCUUUUGCAGCAAUGCUUGGCUAAUAGAUACAUGUAAGAACUGGCUCUGGAUUAGCUUCUGGGGUGCCCCCUCACUCACUCAAAGACAGCUUUUUUAAUAUACUUCAUACAGGCUUGGCACAAAUAUCAGUCAGAUCAUGGUUUACAGAGCCUAACUGGUUUGAUGAGUCUAAAUUGACAAACUUUGGUUUGCGACGGGGCAGAACUCAGAUUAUAAAAUGAUGGUUUGAAUUUAAGCAAGCUGGUUUAUAUUACGUCUGACUCUGCAGAUAGCAAACUAGGCUUGAUGUUUUCCACAUACUUAGCUCUUUUUGAUUAUGUCUUUAGGAGCGUAUAGCCUUUCAAGGAGUUGAUCUACAUGGUCAAGUUGGGACAUUUUCUAUAGAGACUUCCUAGGCAGGUGCUGUUUGUGGCUAGAAUGUUGUACUGGAACCAGAGCCAGCGCUGUCCUGGAACCAACUAUCCAGUGCACUUGUUGCAACGUUAUUAUCUACCUAGGGAAGCUUGAAAAUGGAAGGAGCUAAAUCUCCACUUAAGAAAAAUCCUGAAUUUUGUAUAGUGUGCAACUAUCCCUGUUUGACCAGGAAUGGUCUUUGUUUUCAGGUACCUAAGCCUAAUCAGGUACAGUCUUUAUUUUUGCAUUUUGGGGGGAUUCUUGAAAAACAUUUUAACGUAAGUGAAUUGCUAGAGGACUUGUUCUUUAGGGUUCAUCUGCCUUACCGGGAUCUCUAGUAGUUUGGUGUUCUUCAGCUUUGGGUCCCCAGAUGUUGUGGGAUUACAACUCCCAUCAUCCCUGACCAUUGGCUAAGCUGGUUUGGGCUGAUGGGUGUUGCAGUCCAGCAAUGUGUGGGAACCAGAGUUGAAGAAUGCUGAAGUUGUAGGUGCAUUGUGUCUAGUGUCAACACAUUUGAAUGGACACAGUGACACACUGCAUUAUACAGCCUGCACAUUCACAUACCGCUGCUGCUGCUUAGUUUGAAUUGUUGAUAACCUAUUGUAAGGUAGUUGUGGUUUUCUAGUGUGUUCAGCUGAAAAAAGCAAAUACCAUAAUAGCUUGGAAGGAAGGCAGUAGCAGAUUAAAUUAACAUAGCAUGCAGAAAUCAAAGAAGACUCUUCAGCAAUGAGUAAUAACAAGGGCAAUUCAGACAAUGAUGAGUAUCUGGCGUGUUACAUACAUGACUCUUGCUUUAUUUCUUUUUUUGGGGGGGGGUGAAAUGGAAAGCACAUGACCAUUGGUGUUUUAGCACACAUUCCAUUAAACUGUUGUGCACUACUGCAAAUGCGUGAAAUAUUUGUGGAAGCCCAUAGCGGUAUUUGAAACUUGCUUGGUUGCUUGAAAAUAUGUUAAGUUCUUGCCACAAUCUUUAUUAAUAGAUUUCUCCUCUCUCGUCUCUCUCUUUUAAAAAAAACCAGCAAGAUACAUAGUUAAAAUCUAGAAGCCUGGAAACUACAAAACUCUUAUCCUGGAGGAGUUGUGGAAUAGUACAUGAGAUGAAUUUAUAUUGAGCAGAACAUCUGAUUGACUUGCCUUGGGAACGAGUCUGAUACGUUCGUUCUUUUUGCUGAAUUUUGCUUUCUUUCCUUAAAACAAAAAACUUUGGCUUUUUAGCGAUGCGUGACCAGCUUGGGUUUUGUAAGGAAUUGCUGGAAUGUAUGUCUUUGAGAAGGGUGGGGGAUAAAGAUCUAAGGUGAAACAUAGCAACAUGACUAAUGGGCGAUGCAUCAUCCACUUGGGGUUCUUUUGUGGGAGGGGGAGAUAUUUCAAGUGCAAAGGUGCUCCCUCCAUAGAAAGUAAAGCGGUAAAUCAGAGGUGUAUAUUUACCAUGCAAUUAUGAGGGCCGCGAAACGGUUGCAAAAGAGUGCAAAUCCUUCAUUUCUAAUGACAGACGUUGAUUUGUUUGGCACAACUAUUCCCUGCUGCUUUAGUUGUUUACUGCCUGUUCCAUGUGUGGCAUUAGAGCAUGGGUCGUCAAACUAAGGGCUGCGGGCCAGAUCAGGCCCAAUUGCCUUCUAGAUCCGGCACGCGGACGUUCCAGGAAUCGCUGCGUGGAUCGCCAGCACACACGUUCUUUCCCUCUCCCUCCCUCUCCCUCACACAGCGGCACUUUUCUCCUCAGGGAAGGAGCAAUCUUGUCCCACGCCGCUUGCCGUUGACGGCGGGAGUUGGCUCGCCCGCCUGCCCGCCUCAGUGGGCAUGUGACGCUGGCUGCCGACUGCUGCUGCGUUUUCCUACGGCGCCUCCUCCCUCUUUCAGUCUCCCCUUCCUUCCUUCUCCACACCCCUUUUCCAUGCCACUUCCUCGCAUGCUUUCUUCACUGCCUCCCUCCCUCCCUCCUUCAUUUCUCCCAUGGCGUUCAGGCGGGUUGUUGCGGCAGCUGUGGCCGCAGCUUGCGGGUUGGCGGGCGGCUCUGGCUUCUUCUCCGUGGUGCCUCUCAGGAAGUAGCAGCAGCAGGUGGUGGGUAAAAGCUCCAGCGAAGCCCCAGUUCCCCUACGUCCGUCCGCGGCUCCCCCUCCGGGGCUGCUGCUUCUGUCUUCACUGGCCAACACAGCCUCCUGCCUUGCCAUGGCGCCUGGCUGGCUGGAGAAGCCCAACUGCGGCUAAUGGGACGACAACAGGGACAGGUAAAGCGAAGCAUCUUCAGGCCUCUUGGCGGGCGGGUGAAAAUCGUUCAUCCCCCCCCCCAUAUAGUCCAGCCCUCCACAAGGUCUGAGGGUCAGUGGACCAGCCCCCUGCUGAAAUGUUUGCUGACCCCUGCAUUAGAGCCAUUGGGACUUGCGCUAGCAGAACAGGCUAUUCCUCUCCUCUCCUCUCACCUGCAGCCCCCUGUGCACUCUCAAAAUCAGCUCCAGAGGGUUCACAGACCCCCCCAGAGAAGAUUUUGGGGGUUGAAAGAGGCAGUGGAGGAAACAAACGUGAUGCUGUGCAAGUAAAACUCUGUUGGUGCUGCUUUGGUUACAACCCACAGUGCUUAGUACAGCCUUCCAGCAACCUGGUAUGCCCCCCACCCCAGAUGCAUUGGACUGCAGCUCUCAUCGUCUUUGGUUGUUGGUCAUACUGACGAUCAUCCCUGACUAUUGGGGGGCUGGUGGAGUUGCAUCCCAAUCCAUCUGGAUGGCGCCAGGUUGUAAAAAGCUGGUGGAGUAUAUUAGUCUGCUAUUGUAACACAAAGUCAAGAGCGAAGCAAGGACAGCAAUACGUCACUUGUUUGCAUUAAGCUAAAAAUUAGCAUGGCUUAACAUUGCGUUCAAACCAGACGGUGGUUUAAUUCAUGUUUAAUUUGCUGUGUAAAAUUGAUUUUUGUGUUUAAUAAAGAGAGAAAAGAAAGAAGGCCUGCCCCAGCGUUCCGACUAAUAGGGAUUGUGAUGGUCAAACUUCUGUUGACAGGGAAAUGUUGGAGGUUUCUUUUCAUUGAUGGCCCUUUACUGCACAUCCAGCUGUUACUUUGAAACUUGAAUGACAUUCGGAUGAAGAUAUUUUUGUGCGCUCGAUUCAGUUGACAACCAUGCUUCGAAACUCUUUAUGGGAUGACAGAAGGUAGCGCCCACCUAAUUGCUGGCAGUGGAGAGAGCUUGGAAGCGCCAGGGGCAGGCUCCCAUGGGAGGAAUCAUCUGAGCAUCCAGACAGGUUUCCACAAAAGGAAGCUAGUUGGGGGGGGCAGUGGUACUGUUGCCAGGUGCUGCCUGUUGAAAGGUGACUUAAGGCAGUGGUUUCCAAAUCCUGGAGCUCCUCCACAGUUGAAUCAGGUGUCUCUGCAAGAUCAGCAAGGCAAGCUUCUCUUCUCAGAUGGUGUCCCUUGUUGACAAUCUUUUCCUGCGAUGCACAGCUGCAAGGCAUGCUUGGGCACAUUUAUUUCGUCUAAGGGGGUUGGCUGUCGCCUCCUCUGAGCUGAGAGCAUACUCUAGCACAUGCUCUGAAAUCCUCUGGCAUGCACAUUUAUUCCUAGGCAAAGGGGGGGGGGGAAGGCCCUCUAAAGGCAGGAAGACUGAAAACCACAGGGUUAUGAUAUAUAGUCCCAUUCUCUAUCUUCCAUUGUUUGCCAGCCUUGUGCUUGUCUGAUAACCUCUUUUUGUUGUUGUUCAAAAGACUUUUUAAAAGGCUGUGUAUAUGAGAAAUAAGCAGAUUUUAAAAGCAGGGAAAGUGUUUAAAGUUUAUGGGCGAGCGAAGGGCUCAAAUGUUACUAGUAGCAUGAAUCUUAUUUUAGGGGGAAGUGGUGGAGAGUAUAGAGCAGGCAUAGGCAAACUCCGGCCCUCCAGAUGUUUGCGACUACAAUUCCCAUCAUCCCUAGCUAACAGGACCAGUGGUCAGGGAUGGUGGGAAUUGUAGUCCCAAACAUCUGGAGGGCCGGAGUUUGCCUAUGCCUGGUAUAGAGGGUUGUAUGCAACAGUAGUUCUACUCAGAGUAGAUCCAUUGAAAAGAAUGGGUAAGGCCCUUUCCCCCUGUGUCGCAGGGCCUGGUUGAAAAUCCAGCUCAAGCUGCUAUUGCCCUGGGGUGGGUAUUUUAGUAGGAUUGUGGCAGGCGAGUCCAGCCCUUGCUGUCUGGAUUGGGGGAGCCCAUGCCUGCUAUUUGAAACACACACUCAUAAAUGUGACCCUGCAUUUAAUGCAAUGUACUUUGUUUUCUUUAAGUUAUUUGUUUUAGAAUAUUUAUGUCCUGCUUUAUAGCAACAGGAGACUCUGAAUAGGUAAAAUGCAAGGGUACAAAACGAUAUCAUGACAUACGUAUAUGGAACAACAAAUACAAACUUUUGUUAACACAACGAGAAACAAUAUUAGGCUGAGAAGAUCGCACAUGGGUGAAGGGAAGUAACGGGAACAGGGGGAGGAAGGUAUAGGGCACCAUUUGGAAAACUGUUAAAGAUACAUAUGUGAUUUAAGAGGUUAAGAACAAGGAGUUAAAAGAAGGAGAUUAACAUGCAUGAAAAGCAAAGUCAUGUUCUUGUUUGUAUUAUGGUUUAUUUUGGUUGUAAAAUCCUCUGAUGUAAAUUUUUAAAAAACAAUAAAAAUUUUAAACUUCAAAGUGUUGUGCAAAAGGUUCUCGAACCAAGAUCAGACCCUGGUCUGGGAGAGGAACAGAAAUGACAUGGUGCCCAUGUAGAAUCAAGCUUAUUAGGGUAGUGUUUCAUGUCCCCAUCCUUGAUUCCAAGGGAGUGAAGCUGAGCAACUGGAUUUCACAGUGGUCCGUGAUGGAGGCAAGGCUUCCCUUGCUGGCAGUUGCCAGGCAACAGGUUGCACCGAAGUCUUCUGAGAUGAGGGAGUUGGGCUGCCUAGCUGGUUCAUGCUCAACCUGUGAUGGGAGCCAUGUUAGUUUGGUCCUGAACAAAAUAAGGAGGUAAGGAAGGUCUCUAUAACCAGAGAGAGAAGAUAUAUGUUUGCUUUCUUGCAGUACAGACAUCAGCCAAGACAAGAGCAUGAGUAAUUAUUGUGUUGAACCUUAGGAACACAGAGGCUUGAACUCUGUAGUGGUUAUAACUAAUAUUAAACGCUGGUAAAAUGACAACGAGGCAGCCGGCACCUAUGUUGAAAAUGCGGAGAAUUCAAUUAAUCUUCGUUGCAUUUUUCAGGUGGAUUAGAAUUUACAGUCUAUUCUGUGGUGAAGGCUAAGAGUGAAUGAAAAUAAAAUUAGAACACUAAUGUGAAGGAUGGGUUGUGCCUCAAAGUUUGCCAGCUUACGAUAUAAGCACUGUAAAUAACUGAACACCGAUAUUUUACAGUGUGGAUUUUCCUCCAUUGUGGGAUGGGAGAUGCACUCUGUGGGCCAAACUUUCCUGUGAUUUCCAAGGGAAGAGACAACGAAGAGUUGUAUACUCAACAGUGAAUGCAAUUGGCAAACCAAACAACACCUUGGAUAUUUCCACACCAGUUCAUGAUUUUUUUUUUAGUGUGGUGGUUAGAGUGUUGGACUAGGACCUAGGAGAGCAGGGUUCAAAUCCCCACACAGCCACAGAGCUCACCGGGCUGGUCACUAACCUACUUCACAAGCUUGUUGUGGGGAUUAAAUGACGGAUAAUAAUAAUAAAAAUAAAAUAAAAUUUUAUUUAUAUCCCGCCCUCCCCAGCCAAAGCCGGGCUCAGAGCGGCUAACAACAGUACAGUGAUACAACAUUCUAAAAUCAUUUCAUUAUAAGAUCAGUUCAAAUCAGAUUAAUGUCAACCAUUGGGCUAGAGUUCUGUGAGGAUUGCCAGAAGAGGGGGUCAGGCUGUGCCCUGGCCAAAGGCCUGGUGGAACAGCUCUGUCUUGCAGGCCCUGCGGAAAGAUGUCAAGUCCCGCAGGGCCCUAGUCUCUUGUGACAGAGCGUUCCACCAGAUCGGAGCCACAGCCGAAAAAGCCCUGGCUCUGGUUGAGGCCAGCCUAACCUCUCUGUGGCCCGGGACCUCCAAGAUGUUUUUGUUUGAAGACCGUAAGGUCCUCCGUGGGGCAUACCAGGAGAGGCUGUCCUGUAGGUCCAAGGGUCCUAGGCCGUAUAGGGCUUUAAAGGUUAAAACCAGCACCUUAAACCUGAUCCUGUACUCCACCAGGAGCCAGUGCAGCUGGUAUAGCACUGGGUGAAUGUGAUCCCACAGUGAGGACCCCGUAAGGAGUCUCACCACAGCAUUCUGCACCCGCUGGAGUUUCUGGGUCAGUCUCAAGGGCAGCCCCAGAACCAUGUACAUCACCUAGAGCUCCUUGGAGGAAAGGUGGGAAAUAAAUAAAUAACCAAAUGCACAUACUUUUGCAUGUAAUUUUGCCUAAUGUACACAUAUUUAUUUAUUUUUUGCAAGGCAAUUCCUCCAAAUAUAUUGCAUUUUCAUUUGCUUUCACUAGCACAUUCAUUUUUGUGGUGUUUCCCUUAACGCAAGCAAUUUUUGAGGGGAGGCCGGAGAGAGCCGCACCGUACGAUUCGGAGCAGUGCGAAUUUUAAAGUGGCAGCUUGUUUCUCAGUUCACAUACUGUUUUUGGAAAGCACAAAUUGCAUAAACUGAAUCGGAUCUGUCCCUUGUGCCGAGGCAGCAUUUUACUAUUAGCUAAGCUAACAACUGCUUUUCCGGGGGAGCUAUUUUAACUAAUAGCAAUGAGCUGUGUAGCAUAAGCCAUCUUUUGAAGCAUGCCUUGAAAGCAGAAAAGAGGGAGAGCACAAGAGGUCGAGUAAAUCCAGUGCUUCUGUUUCUUUCAUUUUCUUCCUUUUUUAUCUUGUUUUAAUCUCAAUCACCCUGUUGUUGAUGCCCUACAUAAAGUUGUUGUUGUGGGGUGGGUGCGAGUGUGUUUUAAGAGCUUUGGCUGCUUUAAAAAGGGAGGGCAACCCAUCUCAGUUUGUGUUAUAGCUGCAAAGUAUAGGAUAGGUUAUAAAUAGCUGAAUAAAGAACAAUUUCUGCUUGUUAGACUUUGUGCACCAGAUGCCAAUUUAUAUACCGGCAGCUUAAAUUCUCAACGCGUUACAUUUAGUUUUAAUGAGGUUGUACCCAGCCUGCUUUCGGUUUGCAAGGGCCUAUUGGGGUGUCUCCCCUGUUCUCGGACAAAAUGAAAUGCUGGGAAAUGGUUGCUCAUCUGCUGUGCAAACACUCCAUCCUAUGAUUAUAUAUGUGUGUACGUGAGUGCAUACAUGUAUGUGUGUGUGCUUAUCUAUAUGAUUUCCUACAGAAUUGUGUGCGUGUGUAUUAUUUUUUAUCUUAAACAGGAAAGAGCAGGGGGAAGAGAAUCCUGCAUAAAAGGGACAAGACAAUUCUGAAAGCUUGGAUAGAAUUAAAAUCUUGACUACAGAUGUACUUCAUUUGUCGCUGGAGAACUGCUUCUCCACCACCACCGUUGUAAAUAAUAAGUGAAUCGCUUGAGUGAAAUACUGCCUGAUAUGAUCUCAUCCUGACGUCCAGCCUAAUAAUCCCAGAGCAGUUUGAGGAAUUGCCUUUCUGUGCUGGCAGGAAGGGCUGAAGGAUGUAGAGAGUGAGCCAUCUAAUGGCAGCUCUGCAAUUCUUCCUUUGCUACUUCAUAAAAGAAAAAGAGGAAGAUGGGGGGGGAGAGAUCCUUAAAACUGUUGCCUUGUCCAAUUUCCUCCCCAGUCCACUCGAGUUUGACAUGCUACUAGCAGCAUCUGCUAGCUUAUUUCUAAAACUCACUAUCGAGAAAGAAAGCUAAAUCCCAUAAAUGCCUUCCUUGCUUGGAAGCCAGUUCAUCUCUUAGCAGCAAGGGCGUGGCUGCUCCCACACCAACUCUGGUAACAGCUGAAGGAAGCAAAUCACGCAGACCUUGAGGUAGAGAUAGAUGCAUCUUGUCAACUUUGUUUCUCAUUUUCCCAACCUUAUGUUCAGUUGGCCCCAUUCCCUCAGUGGUUUAUUUGUUUGUUUGUUUGUUUGUUUGUUUGUUUGUUUGUUUAGCUCAUGCCUGCUGUAUAUCCACAUAUCCACCUUUUGGCAUUAGUAGCCUUAUGCCAAGUCUACUUUUGGGAGAAAAGUUGUUUAGGCCAGCUGCUUUGUAAUCUGGUUUAGUCAAUUUCACAGUCCCAUUUUCUUGGAUAAAACUUGGGAGAAAUUUAGGAAUAUUGAACCCUUCCUUCCUUGUUAAAGGUAAAGGGUAAAGGGACCCCUGACCAUUAGGUCCAGUCGUGGCCGACUCUGGGGUUGCGGCACUUAUCUCGCUUUAUUGGCUGAGGGAGCCGGCGUACAGCUUCCGGGUCAUGUGGCCAGCAUUACUCUGGUGAACCAGAGCAGUGCACAGAAACGCCAUUUACCUUCCUGCCGGAGGGGUACCUAUUUAUCUACUUGCACUUUGACGUGCUUUCGAACUGCUAGGUGGGCAGGAGCAGGGACCGAGCAACGGGAGCUCACCCCAUCGUGGGGAUUCGAACCGGCGACCUUCUGAUCGGCAAGCCCUAGGCUCUGAGGUUUAACCCACAGCGCCACCCGCGUCCCUUCUCCCUCAUUACAAGCAUUCAUGUGAUCAUUCUGGCUCUGGCUCUUGGUCUCCCUGCCUUCCAUCGUCUCAGUCCGAGUUGGUCCAUCUCACUCUGUUUUGUCUGCACCAGCCUGCCUCAAGCCUGGUGCCCUCCAGAUGUUUUCAACUGCAACUCCCAUGUGCACCAGGCAACAUGGUCAUGCUGACUGCAAUUGAUGGGAGUUAUAGCCCCAAGCAUGUGAAAGGCACCAGGUGAGGAAGAGUGGUCUAAUCUGACAAAAAGUGGGUCUCCCGGUCCCAAGAAUUUUUCCCAGCCCUACCUGGGAAAUAAAUAAAACUUAAUGGAUUUUGGCAUGCAAAGCAUGAACUCUCCUACUAAACUGCAUCCCAUUUCUGUCCUUAACCUAUAUUGCAAUUUCCCCAUAGCGUUCAUGCUGUGGAUUGACAGCUUAAAAUCCAACAUUCUCCUAUUCUUUUCCUCUCCUCUAACUCUUUUUCUUUUGCAAGAGUAGAACUCUUGUUGUUUCCCUUUUAACUAGGGAUGUGCCUGCGUGAUUCAGGAUGUGGCCCUGGCUUGUGGCUUCUCUACUGUCCCCUGCUCAUAACAUACAGCAGUGAACUCAAGAUGAGGCCAUGCCAUGCGUUCACCUGCCCCUCCUGGUGGGGAAAGGGUGAAACAAGCAGUGUGUCAAUUCUAUUUUUGGUUGCUGGCCUGCAUGUUGUGUAACAUUUCUCAUCGCGGUCCCAGCCAGCAUGGCCAGUGGUCAGUGAAUUGUUAUCUGGCAAAAUCUAGAGGGAUGUAGGGUCCAUGUCUUCCCCACCAUAUUUGAGCUUGAUAAAUAUUGGAGAGCAAUUUGAUUUCUCAACACAGGGCUUUUUGUGUUAGAAAACUGAUAGCCUGUUUGCUCUGAUAUCCAAGUACUGCACACUUAGAGUUGUAUACAGCAUUAGUCAUUUUCGGAGUAGAUGCACUGAAAGGAAAGGAAAUUACUAUCUUAGAUCAUUUAAUUACAGUCUGAGUAAAUGCCAUGACCCCUGUAUCCAGGAGUGAUUUGGACACAAAGUUGAAGGCUGCAGGGGAACUGGAUGGGGAGCUAGUCUGGGUCAGGUAUCAGAGCUGACUGCAGAAGACAGGGAGGCUGUUGGGCUUGAGACAGUUGGACAAGAAUUCCCAGAGGAACCUCCCAGGCCAUCAAGGCCUAUAGGGACCCGGGACCCUCAUAGACAACUUCCCUUGAAGAACCAAAUGUAUCUCACUGCACAUCACCGGCCCAGCAGUGCUAGAAGUCCACCAGGAGGGGCGGCUCUGGAACAAAGGAGACUUGUCCAUCUUCAGUCCAGAAGGUUGCUUCUUUAAGGCUCUGAAGUUAUUUGGACUCAAGGGGGUGGAGCCUAGAGGAGGUUGUCUCCAGACACAAGAGGCCCAGUCUGCUCCCAGUCUUCGUCAGAGCAAGUUGGUCACUUACACCCAUCAGUGGUCCAGUAGCCAUGCCUCCCAUCUUGCCCCUUUCCAGGCAGGUUCUGCAUCAGACCAGAACACAACGGCAGAACUUAAGUUGGACAAAACCCAAACUGAACUAAGCUUUUGUUCAUUGGGGACUGACACGUUGUGUGUUUUGUGCUGUAAACUUGUACAUAUGCACAAUUGUUGGAUGGUGUGCUGUUGCCGUGAAGAUUGAAUUUUGCCUUCAACACGUAGGUGUAUGCUGAACUGUGCUGUACCCUGGGGGCUUCAUUACAUUCCACGCUUUGAUUCAUAUUUUCAGCAUCUGUGAAAAAUUUUUAAAACGUAAUUGGCUUUGUGUACCACUUUCCCAGUAGAAUAAAAGCAGCAAUGGUGUGGAUGGGAAAUAACUAAGAUGAAGUGGGAUGCGGGAGAGCUGUUUUGUGAUGGCUAGAUGUGAACGCACUCUUGAAAUGUCCUGUGGCUUGUUGCUGAAACAAACGUGUAUGAAGAAGUAAAAAAAGAGAGGGAAAAACCAAUCUCAAAUUGCUGUUGACUCAUCAGGGCAGACAUGAGUGGGGUCAGCGUAAGUCCUGACUACUGUGGUUCGGAUGCAUAUCUGAACUCACCAGGUUCUCAUCCAAGACAGGGUGGCGUUGUUCAGAAUUUAAUCAAAUGUGGGAGGAAGUGCUGGAAAGCUCUAUUGUAUUUCCCUUUGUUCAAAGUACGCGCGUGCGCGCACACACACACACACACACACACAGACUUGGAUCCAGAAAAGCACAAGUAGAGUUUGAAGGCACAUAGCAAGACUUCCUUGCACCCUUGGUUCUGCAGCCCCUUAUGCCUCUGGGGGAAAGAAUCAGCAAAAAUUGGCACACUUUGGUACACAUGAGCAGUGGCUCUCUGAAUAUUGUCCCUAGAUAACAAGCUUUUGCUUUGUUUUUGAACAACUCAAGGGGUUGUAUCCAGUGUUGCGACAAUUAAAAGCAACUUACUAGGUUACUUGUUCUGCUGGUGAAGUGUUUUGCACCAGUGGGUUGUUGUUGUUGUGCAAGGGAAUGCAUAAGCAGCAUGCUGGUAACUUUGUUGCACAAUAGAAUGCACAAUGGGUUGUGCAGUGGGUUUCUGCUAGUGCAACUGUUGCAUUGCAUUCCUCUGUUGCGUAGCAUGAAAACUCCUGUUGGAUACAGAUCUUUGUUUCCUUUUUCCUUUUGUAGCUCCUAUUAACCUUGUAAAAAAAUUCCUUUCUUUUCUUUUUCGUAGUUUGUGGGGGGGUGUUCCUUUUUAUUUUUCUCUUUAAACAGCCUUUUAAAUAGUGACUUGAUUAUUAUUAUUUUAAAUAAGUAAUUGACUGAUCCCUGAACUGAGGGUGGGCAGGGGGGGGGUGUCUCACUGUGGGGAGGGUUGCACGGAAUUUAAACUUAAUCAAAGAUAUGAGUUGCCAUUUUGCAAGGAAAACUCUUCUCUCCACCCCUAUUUUUAUCUUUUAGCACCACCAAAGGAGAUGUAAUUUGGUAUUACGGAAACAAAGGCGGCCCAGAACCUGUCUUCUUAAAUCCCGGUGGGUUAUAUCAAAAACUGUUGGAAUGUUGGUUUAUGUUACAGCAGUGGCAUGUGUUUGUGUGUGUUGUGUGUGUGCUUGCACAGUCUUUGUCCUGAAAAGCGGAAUCCCAUGAAAGAGAGCUACUGGAUCUUUGUAAGAGGAGUCUCAUUCAACGGUGCAUUGGCUACAUGUGGAGUAAACUGGCUUUAUAAAUAUCUCAAAUAAUAUUUUUUAAAAAAUACCGAUGAGUAGGGCGCUUAACUAAAACAUAGAAGGCUGUAGCCUGAGGGCUUGUUCUAAUAAUUACUUUGCCUACAGCAGCUUGCAGGGGAAUUCAGGAGUCAGGCAGUGCUGAGGCAUACUGGUGAUGUAGUAUAUCAUUUUGGAGGAUCUUCUUUCAACAUAACUUAGAACUAGAUACUUCUAGUGCUGGAAGGGACCUUGGACGUCUAUCUAGUCAAGGGAUGGGGAAUCUCCAGUCCAUGGGCCAAUCUUGGCUCAGGACAGGGAGGGACCUGUUUGGCCUGCAAGAACCCACACCCACCUGUCAAUCAGCAACAUCACUGGGGCAGGUUCGGCACUGGCAAAGCUGCAGGGAGCAGGAUUAAACCUUCCUCCCAUCAGCUGAUGAGCUGGGGAGUUUAGUCCUGCUGGGUGCUGAUUCCCUGCAGGGAACAUGCUGGUGAAGCAGAACCUCACUGCCAUGCAUCGACGUCCCAUAGCUCAGUUGGUUGGAACAUGGUGCCAAUAAUGCCAAGGUUGCAAGCUUGAUUCCCAUAUGGGACAGCUGCAUAUUCUUGCAUUGCCAGGGGUUGGACUAAAUGAUCCUUGUGGUCCCUUCCAACUCUAGAAUUCCAUGAUUCAUGACUUGGGGCUUUAUGUCAGGUUGACUGGUGGGAUUGACUCUUGUCACCAUGUCAAGGCCGGCCUGCAGGGUGGAAACAGAUAAAGAUCUGGCCCAUAAGAUUCCCCACCCCUGAUCUCAUCCAUACCCCACCCCAUUCAAUGCAGAAUCUACAGUGCAAGAUGCAGAGUCCAGCAUCUCUGACAGAUGGCCAUUCAGCCUUUGUUUAAAGGUCCCCAGAGAAAAGUGAACCAACUACCGUUUAAGACAGUGAUGGCCAAACUUGGCCCUCCAGCUGUUUUGGGACUACAGUUCCCAUCAUCCCUGACUAUUGGUCCUGCUAGCUAGGGAUGAUGGCACUUGUAGUCCCAAAACAGGUGGAGGGCCAAGUUUGGCAUCACUGGUUUAAGAUCCUCUGUCAAGCAGCUCUCACUAUUAGGAAAUUUCUCCUCCUGCCCAGCCAGAAUCUGCUUCCUUGCCAUUUCCACCCCUUGGUUCUAGACCUGCUCUCUGGAGCAACAGAGAUGAAGUCUGCUCCAUCUUCUAAACAACAAACCUAUAAGCUCGUUCCGCAUGUUCAUAUCCCACCAUCCCUCACUUGCAUUGCACAAAGCUGUUUUUUAAAAAUAAAAAUACAUGCUACUUAACUAAACGUAAUACAUAAAAUGUUAAAAUGGAUUAAGGCCAAACUUCAAUUGAAAAUGUCGUCUGGAAUUGGGGAGCCUCCAGUAGGUGCAGAAGUUCAACAGGGAUGGGGCUGUCUGACCUCAACAGGAAGAGAGUUCCACGAAUUUGGGCUCACAAGACUGAAUGCACAGCUCCUGCUGGAUACAAGCUGUUCAUCCAUGCCAUGAAGGACCUCUUAUGAGAGACUCUCCCCAAGACCUCAGUGAUCAGGCAGGGAUAUAAAAGUAUAAGCAGAGCAUUAGAAAGUUUGUAGGCAAAUAAAAUGGGGACACUGGCCACAUCUGCAUGCAGUGCAAAGCCAAAAAAAUUCAUGGCAUAAUAAGCCAGGAUAUGCAUGAGUUGUAUGCAGGGGCACGCAGCUGAUUUGCAGCCACAUUGCUCGGCAGUUAACCAUAGUUAACUGUGUGCAAGUCCAGAAACCAUGGUUAAUGGCUUCGGAACAAGCCAGAGUGUAAAGCCAGCUUCAAAGCAUAGCUUUGUAUCCUGAUUUCUUUUGAAGCUUGACAUUUACUAUUUCAUUACAUUUAUACACCAUUUGAGAAUAAAACAAUAAUCACAGGGAGGGAGGGACGGACGGGCUGCAAAGGAGCAUGGCAUCUCUGUACCUGGCAUUACAAAGGAACCUGGCAUCACUCAUAAGGUAAAGGUAAAGUGACCCCUGACCGUUAGGUCCAGACGUGGCCGACUCUGGGGUUGCGGCGCUCAUCUCGCUUUAUUGGCCAAGGGAGCCGGCGUACAGCUUCCGGGUCAUGUGGCCAGCAUGACUAAGCCGCUUCUGGCGAAUCAGAGCAGCACACAGAAACACCGUUUACCUUCCCGCCGGAGUGGUACCUAUUUAUCUACUUGCACUUUGACAUGUUUUCAAACUGCUAGGUUGGCAGGAGCAGGGACCGAGCAACGGGAGCUCACCCCGUCGUGGGGAUUCGAACUGCCGACCUUCUGAUCGGCAAGCCCUAGGCUCUGUGGUUUAACCCACAGCGCUACCCGUGUCCCAGGCAUCACUCAUAUCCUGGCUUAUUAAGGUAGUAAUUUUUACUUAGAACUACAUUCAUGGCCACUGUAUGACUUUCUUGGUAGAGGAAGAGCCACCUUAAUUUUGAAGCUGUUGUACUUUUUGUCUUCCACUCUUGUACAGUGGUUCCAACCCUACCCCCUCCUAGCCAGGCUGUUGCAUGAGUUUUCAGAAUGGAAGCAACCUAGCCGUUGACUUGAAAGGCUGCGCAUAGCUCAGUGGCAGAGCACAUGCUUUUCAUAUGGAAGGUCCCACGUUCAGUCUCUGCAUCAGCCUGAGACCUCAGCGAGGGCCCCCAGCAGUGUGAGAAGGAGGCGCAGUACAAGGCGGCUACUUAAGUCCGCAAGUUAAAAAUAAAUCCAGGGAGACCAAGGGGAUUUAAACCCUGUCUUUUCCCUUUAAUUAAAAGGGGGGUGUUGAGAAUUCUCGGCGCAUCUGACUUUGUUUUUGCAUGCCUUAAUGCCCCAUUAAGAGAUCAGUGAUCACUUAUUCACACCGCGCCACAAAGCUGUAAUGCAAGAAUUGGGUACCCAGAGGUACUGCUGCUGACAUCCCUGAUCUUUCUGCAUCAACGACGAGUUCAUUCUGUGCUAAAUGUGGCCUCCACGGGGAGAGUAGCUGAUGUUGGAGGGUUGUGGGAUAGAUCAUUAUAUUACACAGCUAGUGCUUAUUCUUCUGGAUUAUGGCCAGCAAAUGUAGGGCAGUGCUAGAGAGAGAGAGAGAUCUCUGCUGUCAACCAGUGUUGCUGUGCACCGUUAAGGACCCUAUUUGAGAGAUGUGCCGUAUGCGUUUAAAAGGGGAUAAAGUGCCUUUCAUUAAGCCAUAUAUGCAGCUCUUUCGGCGUGCCAAUGCCUUGCAAUCUUUCGUCUGAAGAAAGUGAGAUCCAGUCCGCUGUCAUCAUUGUGUAAGAACAUAGGAAGCUGUCUUAAACCAAGUCACACUGACAGGUCUGCUAGUUCUGUAUUACACUGAGUAGCAGGGGCUUUCCAUGGUUUCGGACAGGGGGUCUUCCCAAGCCCUACUGAAGGAUGCCAGAGAUUGAACCUGAGACAUUCUGCAAUCCACAAUCUACCACUGAGAUGCAGCUUCCCCCUGGUAUCCUGCAUCCUAUCCCUGGGGAUAAGCCAGAAUGUUAGCGAACUUUGGAGUUGUAUCCUUCCAAGUUAAAGUAGGCCGAUUGAAAUUAAUGAACCUAAAUCAGCCAUGUCCAUCAAUUCCAGUGGAGCAUGAGACUCUUCAUUUCAGCAUUGUGGGUUCAAGCCCCAUGCUGGGCAAAAGAUUCCUGCUUUGCAGGGGGUUGGACUAUUGUGGUGCCAACUCUACAAUUCUAUGGUUCUAUGGGUCUACUUUGAGUAGGACUGGCUUUGGAUGCAAGCUUUUUUCUUUAAGUUACGAGCAGAAACUGCCACAGAUGACUACAGCAGCAUAAAACCAGCCUGUGCGUUCCACGGCAUUGAUGUUACCCUAAACUAGGGUUAGCCAAUGUGGUGCCCUCCAGAACCACAAUUCCCAUCAUCUUUGACUAUUAUUGGCCUUGCUGCCUGGGAUGGGUAGGAGUCCAACAAAUUCUGGAGGGUACCACAUUGACUACCGUGCCCUAGAUGUAUACACUUCACUCUUCUUGUAAAUAAUACUCUAUUAUUACUAUGAUGCUGCUGAUUACAUAAUGUUCUUCCAUGUACGCACUUCAGGGCUACAUAGAUUGUCCUCCCCCCGAGCCACUUUUUUAUGCCAGGCCUGUGAGAUAUUUUAGAAUGAGCAAGUGUAGCUUAAAUUUGCUCACUUGGCAUGAUGGCAAAGCUCGCAGAGGAGUUUAUGAUUAUUGUCGUUAUUAUUUAUUACAGAUAACCCCCCAUUUACGCGUGUUCAAUAUGUGUGUGACCAUGCAUACACGCAUCGGCCCAAACCUGGAAGUGAUCCAAAAAUGCCAUAAAAGGGGGCGGGGGCAGGAGAGGGUGUUUGGGGGCUUUUUCAAAUAUACAUGAUUUCAUGUAUGCGUGCAGUGCCUCGGAAUGUAACCCCCGUGGAAAUGGGGAACUGUCUGUAAAUUUGCAUGCCACCCUUCAUCCGUAGAACUUGGGGCAUUGCACAACAUAAAAAUGCAAUAUGCAAAAAACACAAAAUACAUAAUAAAACCCAAAAAAACCCCAAUGAUUCCCGCCCGGCACAUUAAAAAGUAUAUUGGAUAUUUAUCAGCCAAAGGCCUGGCAGAAGAGGAACGUUUUGCCUGGCACCUAAAGAUAUGUAACAAAGGUGCCAGCCAACCGCAGAAAAGGCCCAUUCUCGUGUUGCCACCCUCUGGACGUCACGUGGACAUUUCCUGUUUCUUGGUAAAAUUCACAUGUGCUGCUUCUUUACCAGUAUCUGAACUGGUUCCUAGCUAUGAUUGGACGUUCUGGAGCAAUAGUUUUAUUGGUUUGGUUACACCAUCUAUACCAGGAUUUCCCAAGCAUGGGUCUCCAGAUGUUUGUGGACUACAAUUCCCAUCAUCCUUGACCACUGGUCCUGCUAGCUAUGGAUGGUGGGAGCUGUAGUCCAAAAAUAGCUGGAGACCCAUGCUUGGGAAACCCUGAUCUAUUCCAAGGCUUCAGGACCCUCUAAGAAGAAUUAAGAGUUGUGGUGUCAUUCAGUGGAACAAUCCAGGACCAGCUUAUGAAAGGCCUUUUUUCUCCCCCUCCUCUUAUUCUUCUUUACAGAGCAGCAGACAUUUGAACCCUGUUUAAUGUACAUCUCCCCAUAGAUAAAAGGAUGCUUAAAUCGCCUUUUAGCUGAUUGAAUGGUGGUAAUAAGGGUCUGCGGAUGAGUCUUUAGGCUAAUAAUGACUGAAGAGGACUCAUUAAUGAAGAGGGCUCACGCGGGACUGAUCCAGUUGAAAUCUGCAGGAAAAGAAGAUCUGUGAUGAGUUAUUUAGUCAAUUAUUGAGACUAAUCAGUUGGGUGUUUUGCAAGUUUCAUUAGAGUGUUCUUUAGGCAUGGUUUAACUAAUUUACAGAGUGACCCUUGGCACGCUGUUGCCCUCCCUUUCAGUGAGAUCCUCUUGUAAUGGGCUUUUGUUUUGCCAGUGGAGAGGUAGUUGCGAUAUUAAUUCCCCAUCCCCAACAACUGCCCGGGUAUGGUUAAUAUCUAGAAAUACACAGAGCCAUAUCAGCAGUGGAGGCUGAUCCAUUAAGGCAGUGGUGGCCAAACUUGGCCCUCCAGCUGUUUUGGGACUACAGUUCCCAUUGUUCCUGGCCACUGGUCCUGUUAGCUAGGGAUGGUGGGAGUUGUAGACCAAAAACAGCUGGAGGGCCAAGUUUGGCCACCACUGCAUUAAGGCAAAUGGGGCAGUGCCCCAGCCAGCCCCCACCUGCCUGCCGUCUCACUUACAACCAACUGCCUGUUGGCUUCCUCCUCCUCACUCUUGGUUUUGUCCUUGUAGAGGUCAGAAGGGGAGAGGAUGGGGACAAAAUCAGAGGUAAAUGGAUCCACCUGUCAUUGGCUCAAGUUCCAACUGUCUUUGGGUUUGGCUCCACCUGCCAUUGUCUUUUCUGCUGUGGCUCCCUUUUUGUGGGAUGCUCUCCCCAGAGAGGUUCAUCUGGGACCUUCAUUAUACACCUUUAAGCACCAAGAGAAAACAUUCCUCUUUAACAUCUUUAACAUGACAUCUAAUGCCCUUUUAAAAUGUGCUGUGUACGGGGCAAUUAUCGGGUUGUCUUUGUUUUUAUUAUGUACUUUGUGUUUUUUAUAUUGUAACUUUAUAUUGCGAACUGCCCUUAGAUCUACGGGUAUAGGCCAGUAUGCAAAUUUUAUUAAUAAUAAUAAUAAUAAUAAUAAUAAUGGUCUGUCUGCCUUCUGUCUGACCAGUACCCAAUGGGCCCCAUUCACCAUUACAUAGCAGUGUAAAAGAAUACAUCUAUGGUAGAGGCUGAGAUGGUCCUGCAUCUUUCAGGUCAAAGUCCAUUUUCUUGUUUGCAUUUUAUUUAAUACAUGGCUCUCCAACCCCACUGUAUUUCCAUUGGUUCAGGGCAUGCGACGUCACAGCAGCCUUUAUGAAAACAACCAAUAAAACACAGCUCAGGAAUACUGUGUCUGGUAAGGCAGCUACAAAUCUGCCCAUAAAAUAGGAAUAUUGUGCCCUGGUAAAAGCCUGCAGGUCUAUUGGUCUAGCAAGCACGCUGUGUAUUGAUGCACACCUUGUUCGACCAAGUGUUUCAAACAUACAGAGCUUUUAGAAAUGGUGACGAUUUUUAUUAUACAGUGCUAAGUAUCUAGAAUAUGCACUCGAGUCAUCCCAUCCCCCCCCCCAGCCCCAAUUUAUUUUACUGUCGAGGGAUAGGGUAGAUCUCCCCUUUUCCCUUGUGGGCUCAUAGUGUCUUAAGAGGACCCUUUCCAAAUGCUAACAUAAAAUAAGUAAUUACAUUGUUGGGUUGGAGGUAGGGAAAGGCCAAAUGAAAUAAACAUGAGAUUUUCCAGAUAUAGAAUCUAUUUUAAAACCACCUGCCCUAUGCCAUAUAUAGACAGCCCUGAGAGCUAUCAGGUGGGUAUAUAUGCUAAUAUUUAUAUAUUAAACAUUUAAUUUAUAUGUUAAUUUCCCCCUCCCCUUUAAUGCCAACGGUUGUAAGGCAGGGAAAUGCAAAUUUAAAUGAAAACAAAUCUAGGUAAUCACACAAUUCUGGGUUGAAAUUAACCUGGUUUUGAUUUGCAUUCUGUUGCAAACACUGACUUGGUCAGAGUUCAAAUUCUAUUGUUUAAGUCAUAACACAGGAUAAAAAGAGCACCACAUUGCAAAGUUCAAGUAAGCUGCUUGCAUUGCUAUGGCACGUGAUGCACUGACCUUGCAGAUUUGGAUCUGUUCAGUCUCCCUAGAUGGGAGACCACCUUUGAACCAAUCUAAGUGCCAAUAUGUUUAAAAAAAAAAAAGUGGGACAGAGGUGCAAUGAAACAAAUUAUGAUUUAGAACAAUCUGAACAAAGUGGAGCAAAAUGUUCCUACUCACUAGUUUAAAGCAUAACAUUUGGAUUGGAUGACAACUGGCUGUCACCAGCUUAUGCUUGAUCUUAAAGGUAAAGGUAAAGGGACCCCUGACCAUUAGGUCCAGUCGUGACCGACUCUGGGGUUGCUGUGCUCAUCUCGCUUUAUAGGCCGAGGGAGCCGGCGUACAGCUUCUGGGUCAUGUGGCCAGCAUGACUAAGCCACUUCUGGCGAAUCAGAGCAGCGCACAGAAACGCCAUUUACCUUCCCGCCGGAGCGGUACCUAUUUAUGUACUUGCACUUUGACGUGCUUUCGAACUGCUAGGUUGGCAGGAGCAGGGACCGAGAAAUGGGAGCUCACCCCGUAACGGGGAUUCAAACCGCCGACCUUCUGAUCGGCAAGUCCUAGGCUCUGAGGUUUAACCCACAGCGCCACCCACAUCCCGGUUUGAUCUUACAAACCAUGAUAGCAAAUAUAGCUACUCUGUAGGCACUGGACCUCUCUUGAUUUCUAUAAAGGGAAGCAAAUCUCAACAAAGGGUUGUAUCCAACAAAUAUCUAUCUACUCAGAAUAGGCCCACUGAACCUAAGGGGCCUGUGUUUGCCUUGCCUAUUAACUUCAUUGGGUCUGCUCUUGAGUUGAACUAACUUUGGAUACCACCCAAAAUUGGGGAAUUCCUUGAAGAACUUCCACAGGCAUCCAGCUCCUGAAUCAUCAUAUAACGGGCAGUACAAGCAACUUCCCAUUUACACAGGAGUUAUGUUCCCAAAGUGUAUAUUGGGAACACCAUUGAAAAAGCCUCUAAACUCCUCCUAAACCUCUGGAAAUCCUUGAAAAACCUUUUUUAAAAAACCCAACCAAACCACGACAGUUGCUCUCUCCAAACCUCCUUUCUCAAACUCCGGCUCUCCAAAGGCCUCAAAGGUUGGUGCACGACUCCUGGGAUUGCACUUGCAAAGUCUCAUGGGGUUGCUUGAUGUUGUGUUUGUGCCAUUUUGGCUGUUUUCAUGCUCUUUUAGGGCCAUUUUGGCGCCUUUCCGUGUCACUUCCUGGUGGAUGGCACGGUCAUGCAUGCCUUGAACGUGCAUAAAUGGGGAGUUUUCUGUAUAACAGAAAGUGCAAUGCUCUUGGUCCUUCCAUGAUGGCCUUAUAUAUGCAGACACACAGUGGUAACUUGGUUCUCAAACUUAAUCCGUUCCAGAAGUCUGUUCCAAAACCAAAGUGUUCCAAAACCAAGACGCCCUUUCCCAUAGAAAGUAAUGCAAAAUGAAUCAAUCUGUUCCAAACUUUUAAAAACAACCACUAAAACAGCAAUUUAACAUGAAUUUUACUAUCUAACCAGACCCUUGAUGCAUAAAAUGAAAGCAAUAAUCAGUGUACUGUACUAUAAAAUAAAUAAGACAGUAUUGCAGAUGAUAAAAAUUAUUAUUUUCUUACCUGCACUGAUGAUAGUCAUUGUUUGGAUGGGGGGUUUUAUCCAUUUCCACAGUCACACAAUCAAUCAAUCAGUAUCUGAACUGGGUUCCACACAGUCACAAAAACAAAUUAACCGAAAAAGCUUCAAAACCAAAAAUACAAAUAAAUAGCAAAAACAAAAGCACCGAACUUAAUCUGUUCCAGAAGUCCAUUUGACUUUCAAAAUGUUUGAAAACCAAGACGCAGCUUCUGAUUGGUGCAGGCGCCCCAGAAACAAUAGCGGACAACCACAUUGGACGUUCGGCUUCUGAAAAACGUUCGAAAACUGGAACACUUACUUCCGGGUUUUCGGCAUUUGGGAACCAAGGCAUUUGAAUAUCAAGGCGUUUGAGAACCAAGGUACCACUGUACUGCUCAAGAGUGGGCCUUCUUUUGUGUGUAGAGCAUGUCAUCUAAAGCAGCAAUUUUGAACAGUCCACUCGCAUAAUAACUGUGAAUGAGAGUUGGGGGUGAUUUGCUAUGGUGUGUCAGCUCCUCAUUUCAUUGUCAAAUGGGACAUACCAAGUCAGGCCGUUGGUUCAUCAACCCAGUGACUGGUAGCAGCUCCUCAGGAUUUCAGACAAGGGACAUUCUCAGUCCUACCAGGAGAUGCCCGGGACCUGAGACCACCUGCACUUAUUUCAGAUGCUGUAUUGCUGAGCUAUGACUGCAAAUAAAGAGUUCACCUUUCAUAAGCUUUUAUCACCUUUCCUCCCAUGCAGGGGUAUAUGGCUUGAGCAAUUCUUUGCUGGAUACACCAUGGAAGAAGCUUCAGUAUGGAAAGCAGCUUUUCACGGAUGUCAUCCGGCACAGCCAGGACCUUGUGAAGGAAGAUCUGGUGCAAGAGCUCAUUAAAGUGAUGAAUAACCAAGACCCGUAAGUCUGUGCCUUGGCUGUAACGUACAGCCAUUACCUAGGGAUCGGCAACUCUAAGCCUUUGCUUUGCCUGUAAAUAAGAAUGCUUGUGGGAAAAUGAUCGGUUUUUCGUCUUGUGCUUUUUAAUGCUUUCAGUCUUAAGUGUAUUGAACUAAAUUCCUUCUUAUGUACACGGUUGCUUGCAUUAGCGGAGAGAAAAAUAGGAAGCUUCGUGAUAAUGGUGCCAGGCAAUUGUUCCAUCUGGCUCAUUAUCUUCCACACCAGGGAUGGGUGGUUUUUGUGUGUGUAAAAGCAUAUUUACUUAUUUAUUUGCAAUAUUUAUUUGCAAUAUUUCCAGCCGGCUUUUCAUUACAGAAAAGACUCCCAAAGUAGGUUGCAGUCACAAUGCAUUUAUUUAUUUAUUUAUUUGUUUGUUUUAUUUAUUAUCUACUUCCCAUGAGGCAUCCCAAAGCAAUAUAUAGUAUAACAGAAACAUAUUCAAAACAAUUACAUGUAUAAAAACAGUUGAAACCAUUAUAUAUAUAUAGAGAGAGAGAGAGAGAGAUAAACAGUUUAAAGUAACAGCAGCACAUGCAUAAAAUCAGUUUAGCUUCAAUAUAGAUACCAGCUGGGAUAAAGGUUUGUUGGAAGAGGGUUGUCUUUUGCAAAAGCAGGGGGGGAAAUGGGGAAAGUGCCUCUUUGAUAUGUAAUGGGUGGGAGUUCUAAAGCAUCAGUGUUGCUACCACAUUAAAGGCCUGAUUCUGUCCAUCAUGCAGACUUGGCCUCCUGACGGAAUGCCCUCUCCUGCAGAACAAAGUGAUUGGUAGGGUAUGUAAGAGAGUAAGAAGACUACAUUUCAGGUAGCCGUUAAAACCUCAUAUAUUAAGAACCAACAAAUCUUAUAUAGGAGAACCAUCAAAAUAAAACAGAAGCCAAGCAAUAAAGUCAGUAAGCACCCAAGUAAUAGCUGGUGGGCAUCUCCUGUAAUUUGCCCUUGACGGCCUUUGUCCACUUGGUGCCCAUUACCCCUGACCAUUGGCCAUGAUGGCUUGCAGCUGAUGGGAGUUGCCGUCCAUCAACAUCUGGAGAGCACCAAGCCCAGGAAGGCUGUCCUUGUUGGUAUUUUGACAGCUUAUCACGUUACUGUGUGCUCUCGAGGUUUCGAUAUCUAUGGUGGGAAACAUGUGCUGGAAGGAGCAGAAGUUGUGCCACCUCCAUUUGGUUUGCUUUCUGUCUCCAGUCAGCUGCCAGAUCCCGCAAUUGAGGAUCAAGGAAAGGACUACAUCCUCCCCAUCUUGAACAAGUAUGCAGCUGUAUGCGUUCGCUGUCCCGAUUAUGGAACCAGGUAAGGGAGAACCCUUGCGCAAGAAAAUGUGGCUGUCCAUUACGUUUGGUUUAAAUGAUUUAGUGGUUCCCUCUAGAAGUAAUUGGUUGUGCUAUAGAGUCACUGAGUCUACAGCAAGUGAAUUUGCAGACUUGGGAGGCUUUUUAUACAAAUCUGCCCCAAACUUUAAUAUGUCAAAAUGGGGUGGGGGAGGAAGGAGUCCUUUGGGGGUUUGGGGGGGGGUUGGUAUAUUCUCCUUAUCCAUCACUUUGUAUUGGUAGGCGUUACAGGGAAUGGGUGGUGCUGUGGUCUAAACCACUGAGCCUCUUGGGCUUGCCGAUCGGAAGGUCGGCGGUUUGAAUCCCCACGACAGGGUGAGCUCCCGUUGCUCUGUCCCAGCUUCUGCCAACUUAGCAGUUCGAAAGUACGUCAAAGUUCAAGUAGAUAAAUAGGUACCACUUCGGCGGGAAGACAAAUGGUGUUUCCAUGCGCUCUGGCUUCCGUCACAGUGUUCCAUUGCUCCAGAAGCGGUUUAGUCCUGCUGGCCACAUGACCUGGAAAGCUGUCUGUGGACAAACAGUGGCUUCCUCGGCCUGAAAACGAGAUGAGCGCCGCAACCCCAUAGUCACCUUUGACUAGAGUUAACCGUCCAGGGGUCAUUUACUUUUACUUUUACCAUUGGUGGGCUUAGCAGUGCAGCAAAAGCAAAGAGCCUGAAUUUAGCAAUGUGACAACAGAAAAUUGAAUUAGUUUCGCUCCUUCCUUUUUGACCCCAACGACUUGCUGCUUGGUUCACUGUGCAAGGUGGGGAUUUUUUAUUUUUUCAAGAGCGAAGAAUUAGAAUCCCAGGAGUUGGUUACCUAGAAGCAUUCUUUAAAAAAAAAAAAAUUGUACAUUUUUCUUUUUCAUUCAUUACAUACAUUUCAUAUCCAUAACAUUUACUAUGCAUUCCUUCCUCCCUCCCCUCCUGGGCUUCCCCCAACUUCCGUUUCUGGUUUGUUUCUCCUUUCACCCACUUUGCUACCUCCUAAAAGAAAAAAAAAUACUAAUAACAUAUUUAUACAGUAACAUCAAACCUAAAAACAUAAAAAUAAAAAUUGAGUACAUCGUAUUAUUUCUUUGUCUACCUAGAAGCAUUCUUGAUGUUCUUAUUCCUUCCUCUUUAGGACAAAUACAGUUAUUCUCAUUGAUGCGGUAGGUCACGUCACCUUCACUGAGCGCACCAUGCUGAACGCAGACGUCGACCAGUGGAAAACGAGCACCUACCAGUUCAAACUGCAGAUUUGACAGCUCUCCAUGUGAAUGGGUCACACCAAAAAGGGGAGAAGGGGAGGUUGGCAAAGUGCAGUCUGUUGAGCUGUAGGGGUGUGGAAGGCCUUGGCUGCAGCUUUCAUACAGCAGAGGCUUGUUGAUGCUGCGUAGCACGCCCUAGCAACCACCAAAACCAUAUUUAUUUAUUUUUGCACAAAAUCCAAAACAGAAAAAUCUGAACAGGAAAAGCUGGGCUGUAUUUAAGAAGCAAACCACGUUUUGCACAAGUGUACAUGUUUGACUUUUGAAAGGGAUGCUGUUAGGUAACACAGUUACGUGGCAAAAGUAUUUAACUUGAGAAUCAUGUGUGUGGAAGGGGAUAAAUAGGAACUGUGGAUAAUCAUGGACAGCAUUUCCUUUUUGCUUGGUCAAAGGGGGAGGCAGAGUUGGUAAACUAAAAUGCAAAUCUGUAUAAAAAAAAAAAAAAGCACAAUUCGGAAUUGGUGAUAUCCUGCUAGUUUCAGUCCACUGGCAUUGGAGUACUCCUGCCCAUGCAGAGCUCAACUUUUGCAGGAACUCCCCAUUUUCUCAUUCUGUGUGUGCUUUUCCCACUGGGCAUUCAGAGUUGGCCUUAACAUUGAAGUGAAUGGGAUAGUCUCUGCUCCCACAAAAACCCUACCUAUAUGUUGACAUCCUGAUGGAACUUCUUUAGUAAGCCAGCCCCUGCCCCCCUCCCCCCGACUGCUAAAAUGAAUUAGCCUAGAAAGGUUAAAAUCAACACACUUUGAUUUUAACUCUUUUGUCAAGCAUUUCUAAGUUAAGCGUGUCUUUGUAAAAGAAAUCAAGCUGUGUCCUGUCUGCUUUUUAAGGCAGAUUAAAAAAGAAAAGAGUUGUGGGGAGAGCUGGAACCCCCUUUUCUCAUUAUAACUGAAUGUAUAAUUUUGCAGCCUUUGAUGUGUGAAUAUAUGUAUGUUUCAGUGUUGCAAUAUGUGUGAUUAUAGGCAACAUGGCAACUGCUCUCUCGAUCUUACGCUCUCCAAGAGAACAAAGCUAAGACUGGGUUUUCUUUUUAAUGUGAAUUUUGCUUUGCAUCUAACACUUGAGUGAUGUAACGCAGGAAGUCGAGCCUUGGGCUGCAAUUCUAGAGUACCCAUUUAGCUGGGAGCAAGCCCCAUGGAGCCAUAUGCGCGGCACUGCUAAUGCCUGCUUUGUGGGGUCCUGGGGAGGGCCUUAAAAAAUGGACUCUCAAUUGCCAUUCGUAAUUCUGCAACUUCAUAGUCUCCUUGUCUCCUCUACGCAGACACUCAAGUGCUGUUAAUUGUGCAUAUUUUCCAGUGCAAUCAUGUGCACUGGGAAUACUUACUACCCGGUCAGUGUAUACAGGAUUUAGUGGGAGGCUGGGUGAAUGGGGCAAUGCCCCACCAACCUCAGCCAGCCCCUGCCACCUGUUAGCUUCCUCCCCUUAGUCUCAGUGUUGCCCCUUGCAGACCUCGGCAGGGGAAAGGAUGGAGACGAUACCAGAAUUACAAUGGAGACAAAAGCAGAAUUAGUUGGCUGCACCUGCCAUUGGCUUUGGGUCCACCUCUGUCAGCCUCCCUGCCUUCCACCCUACCAGUCCCAAUGGGCAAUGGUAAUCUUGCAAACUGCAAUCCUGAGUGAGCUUUCUAGUGAGUGAAGCUCAUUGAACUUGGUUCCUCCAGAGCAAAUGCUAGAUUGCUUUUCAGUUAGACAGUACCAGGAGUUUGGAGGAGUCGCUUAAGUGAAGGAGUCUUAAGUCUUUGGUUAAGUUUUCUCUGCAUUUAAAUCAGCAGACAAGGCAUUAUAUGUAAGAAUGGAUUUGUAUUCAUCCCCCCCCCUUCUCCCUUCUGUCUCUUGUACAGCAUAUUAUUUCUGCAUUAGUAUUCCGCAAGUUGCAUAAGUGACUGAAGUUUUAGCUUUUCUUACACGUCCUGCAGAUUCCAUCAGCCGCUUCGCCUCUGUGUCGAGGGCUUCGAUAGCAACUUCAGGUGUGAGGCUUCUUGCAGCAUAGCCUGUAAUGCGUUGGGAAAUGUGUGGUUAGGAGAACGGCGACAGGAUCGCAGGGUGCUGUUCCCAGAUUGGGACAGGAGCAGUUAUAGGAACACAGGAAGCGACUUUACCCCAAGGCAAACCAUCAGUCCAUCAGACUCAGUUCUGUCCAUACUGACCAGCAGUGGCUGUUCAGGGUUUCAGGAGUGGGAUAUUCCCAGCCCUGCCUGGAGAUGCGAGGGGUUGAACCUGGAGCCUUCUGCAUGCAUGCAUACACACAAAGCAAAUCCUCUUCCACUGAGCUACAGCGGCUGAAUCCUCACUGAAGUAUGUGUGGGAAUGAGUUGUGUUGCAAGGUAACGAGUAAAAGAGAUGGGCUGGUCUGGGGGUGGGGGCAGGGAGCUUGCCAUAGGGAACAUUGAUAUUACCCCAUCAUUUCCCACAAUGCACAGGUAAUGUGAGAAUGUCACACAUGGGUGUGCACAUCCUUAAAGACCACCGCACUUGCAUCUUCAAAUACUAGCAUGGGAUGCCUGGACGCUAUCAAUUAAAGAUGCGCACACCCUUCGGAGGUGAGUGUAUGUUAAAUUCUCGCUUUGGCAAACACUAGCAGUGUGCCCAGAGCAGUCCUUGGAUGGCCUACAAACCCAAAAACCACUUCAGGGGAAGCGAAGAAGAAGCUGCCAUAGAGUUUUGGACUAGCAGCCUCUCCUACAAGCAAGCUUUAUGGACUGGGGGUUCGAAACAUAGGAAGCUGCCUUAUACAGAGUCAGACCGUUGUUCCCAGUAGCUCAGUGGUGUCUGCUGAUUAGUAGUGGCCCUUUAGGGGUUUCAGAUGCAGGAAAUUCCCAGUCCUGUCUGGAGACGAGGGGGAUUGAACCCGUGGCCUUCUGCAUGCAAACAAGCAGAACCACUGAGCUGUGACCCAUUGUCCUGCUAAUCUACACCUUCAUUACAGUUGCCUUUGCAUGUGGUUUGGGUUGCGUCUCUCUCCUUUGCUGGUACUGGUACGUGCAAAGCCAGUAGAAAUAAAUAAAUCAAACCCUUUUGCUUAAAUAUCUGGGAAUGUUAAAAGGGUUGAAUGCUGAAUAUUCAGUGGUGUCUGUAGCUGGGCCAUAUUGUGUAGGUAGACUCACAAAUGUGCUCUCCGAACUGAGUUCAGGUGUAUAAUCAUGCAUACAGUUCGCGUGUUUCAGAUCCUGGAGACUUUGCAUCUUGGUGAACUUUAGGGAAUAAGUGUUAACUUUCCAGCUUCCUUCUCACAACUGUUAAUAAGGCGAUUUCAGUUGUUUGGCAACUCCGACCUUCAGGAUGCAGGCUCAAGGUGAAGAAUGGGUGGCAACGCCUGGCAUUCACAAGCCAUUACUUCUGCCGAAAUAAAAAGUUCCACAUUUGAAAAGUGACGGUGUACCCAUUUUUCACAACAUGGAGAUCAUCUCGAUGGUGUCUUUGUAUAAAAAAUGCAGUGUUGUGUGCAGUAACAGUCCCUAUAUAACAUGCCCAAACAAGAAGACCCACAAAUAUAUGGCUAUACGUCUUAUACUAACAAACACUACAAACAGGACAAUACAUGAUAAUAAUAAAACAGCUAGUUACAGAUCCAAUUUGAUUAUUAAUUAUUUUUCAAAUACGCCCCAAUUAAUACGGGAUCUUUGGGAAAGGUUCUCAAAACAUUCUUGUGUAACAAGUGGUUCCUCUGGUUCCUCAUUAGUUGGUAAGGACUCAUUUAAUGGAUCAAUUUCCUUUUUGUCAAGAGACUAAAGUCUUGGAAAUGCAGAUUGGAUUUUUUAUGACACAAACAGGCCAUUCCCCUUUUCUUCCCAGGAAAAGACCAGAACUAAGUACAUAUUAAGCUUAUUCGUGAAUUUGUGGGUCUUGUUGGUUAUGCAGUGUGUGUGUGUUUUAAGGACACACAUACCAUGUGUGAGGCAUGUGCUAUCUUUCUGAAUGUACUUUGGAAUUUUUUAAUGCAGUAUGCACCUGGCGUUGCUUGGGAAACGCUGACACAGUCAGUUACUGCUGCUGUUUCCACUUUAGUACCUCCGUAUUUCGUCACGCCUUAAACAUCGCUCGGUGUAUUGGUACAAUAUUGUGUAUUGGCACUUGACGCUGCUGGCUCUUUUUAUUUCUUAAGUGUCGGUAGGAGGCCUACUGAUAACACACAGUACUGAGAAGGAAGGUGUGCAAGACGAGAGAUGUGACCUGCUUUUAAACCAUGAACGAAUAGAGCCUUGAAUGCACUCCAGAUGAACACACAGAUUUAGCGAAGGUACAGCUAAAUAAUUUGGGGCUUUUUCGUUGGGCUGGGGCAUGACCAAAGCAUGGAGGAGAUGGCUGCCAAUGGCUUCUAACCCUGACAGCUGUUAUAUGCCUCCAAGAUCAGGGGCAGUAAUGCUUCUGGAUACUAGUUGCUGGAAACGGCAAGCAGGGAUGGUGCUGCUGUGCUUAUGUCUUGCUUGUGGGUCUCCCACAGGAAUCUAGUUGGCCACUGUGAGAAUAGGACUAGGCUAGAUGGACCACUGAGAGCAGCAGGCUCUUCUCAUGUUCUUAAUGAUGGAGGUUUAUAGGCAUGCUUUGGAGAGUGUGGCUAGGAUUCCCCCCUCCUUCCCCCUCUUGUAAUUUGGGAUAAUCCCAUAACAGACCCUCCAAGUGUCCCUAUUUUCCAGGGACGUCCCUGAUUUAGAUCCCGGUUUCUGAUAUGAUCCCGGAAUAUCCCGCUUUCCCUUAAGACGUCCCUAUUUUCAUUGGAGAGAUGUUGGAGGGUACAGUGGUACCUCUGGUUACGUACUUAAUUCGUUCCGGAGAUCCGUUCUUAACCUGAAACUGUUCUUAACCUGAAGCACCACUUUAGCUAAUGGGGCCUCCCGCUGCCGCGCGAUUUCUGUUCUCAUCCUGAAGCAAAGUUCUUAACCCGAGGUACUAUUUCUGGGUUAGCGGAGUCUGUAACCUGAAGCAUAUGUAACCUGAAGCGUAUGUAACCCGAGGUACCACUGUAUGGAAUUAUACGACGCCCCAAGCCAUCUGGAGGCAAUCUUGUACAGUGGUACCCCGGGUUACAUACGCUUCAGGUUACAGACUCUGCUAGCCCAGAAAUAGUACCUCGAGUUAAGAACUUUGCUUCAGGAUGAGAACAGAAAUCGGGCUCCGGCGGCGCGGCAGCAGCAGGAGGCCCCUUUAGCUAAAGUGGUGCUUCAGGUUAAGAACAUUUUCAGGUUAAGAACGGACCUCCGGAACGAAUUAAGUACAUAACCCAAGGUACCACUGUUUAGACAAUCCUGUAUCAGGAACCCUGGGAACUGUAGUUUGUUAAGGGCGUUGGGAGUUGUUAGGGGACCUCUAUCCCCCCCCCAACAGCAGAGCUACAGUCUUGAGUGGUUUAACCCACUUCCUGGGAAGCACUGGGAAUUGUAGCUCUGUGAGGGGAAUAGCAGGGUCUCCUAACAAUUCUCACUGCCAUUGGCAAACUACAAUUCCUAUAAUUAUUUGUGGGAGGGAGCCAUGACUGUUUAAAGUGGUGUGAUACCACACAGACGGGACUCAGCUCUGCUUCGUCUUCUUGACAAAUCAUCAGAUAUUUGAAGAUAGCUGUUGUGUGUCCCCCGCCUCAACUUGGUGAAAGUUCACCAGGCAGAACAUACCCAGCUCUUUUGACCAUUCCUUGUAGCUAUUAGCAUUGAUUUCUGUGGGUCACUUAUGAGUAUCAGACACUUAGGGGUAUCACCUUAGUUUCCAGACCACCUCAUCAUCCAGGUUGCCUUCCUCUGGAUGUAUUCUUGUUAAUAAUGCCCUCAAAAUGUGAUGCACAGACACAGGACUGCAGCAAAGGAUAUUUCCCCGGAAACCUGGUUUUGAGUGUGCAAAUAGUUUUUUCGCAGGAGGCACAAUUAAAACUUUGAUGUUUGCACCACCAGGAGCUGCAGCCGUACCUGGUUUAGUUAGAACUUGGGCCUAGUAAAUGGAGGCAAAGUGACGUGUGAUCAAUGCAAGAUUUUUAUUCCUUUCUGUGCACCAAAAAAAUGCAAAUGAGAAAUGUGUCACAAGGCAAAACUUGCAGGAAAAAUAAUUUCUUUAUUUUUGUAUUUAAUGUAUUUAAAUACAUUAAAUAAAUAAUGUAUUUAAAAAUAAAUAAAUAGAGGCAGACUUAAGAAUAAAGCUUGCUGCGGUUUGGUGUGGCUUUGAAUGAUCUUGUAAAAGCCAUAACUCUGUGUGUGCUGAAGUGAUUAAGUUGUUUGGCCCAUUGAAGUAGAGUGAUUUUUUUUUAAAAAAAAGAAAAGAAUAUAAAUAUAUAAUUUCUGUUUUCUUUUAAAAAUUGUUUUAUAUUUUAUCACUUACACCUGUGUCCAAAUGCAAUCAAUAAACUUGUUUGACCAAUACUGUGUUGUAGCAUUACUGUCUCCAUGUGACAUUUAAAGAACAGGAUUCUGUGGAUCUUAAUGAGGACACGAUCCUUUGUGGACCUGUGCUGAUUUGGCACGUUAUAAAAUUGAGUAGUGAGGAAUGUAUGGGGUCAGAAGGAAUUUGCUCAAAAGUUACAGAAGGCCUCUAAGAGGUAGAGUGCAUGGCUUCUUGGUGGUGGCACCCAGCUGUGGAAUAGUUUUCCUAGACACAUUCUUUAUUGUCUUUUCAACACCAGGUAAAGGAUCUUACUGUUUACCCAGGUCUUUUAAAUGGCUAGCAUUUUUAAACAAAUGAAAUCUGGGCUUUAAUUGUUUAGGUUGCAUUUUAUGGUUUACUGUGUUAUAUUUGUUCCUGCCACAAAUGGUUUAUUAGUUUAAAUACAAACAUUGCCAAACUAAAGAUGCAUUUGCACAAUAAAAAAACACAAAAUAUUAAACUUAUUUAAGUUUAGAAUGUUAGAAUUAAAGAAAAGCACAUUUAUGCAUGAUGUUCUUACCGUGUUCCCAAUCAUAUAUCUGGUUCAGCAUUAUCUUGUGUUUUGUUACACCGAUACAUGAUAAAAGUACUCUUGUCUCUUAAC